AACAGCUUGAGCAGCUGCACCUGAAGACAAGGACUCCUCUGCAAAGCCUCUGCCGGCACUUUCUCUUUCUCCCCUCUUGCCCUCUCCUUUUUCUUUUUCUUUUUUUUCCCCUCUUGCUGUCCCUAAAUCUUUCUCUCUCUCUCUUUCUCUCUGGUCUCCACCCGCCUGAGUGCUGGGAUUGUUACCCGCUGAGCAUCAGCAAAGAAGAGCGAGUGAACCGGAGCAAAAGGGAAGGGAAGAGGAGGAGAGAGAAGGCACACGAGGACAGAAACAUGGGAAAGAAUUAUAAGGCAUGAGGUAGGAGAAGAGUUGACAACCAUAUUAUGAGUGCAAGUCGUGGAGAGAGGGAGCAGGAGAAAUUUACAAGAAAUGACAGGGAUGGAGAAGUAGAGAGUGUGAAAUAUGGGGAGGAGAGGCAGAGGAGGGAUUAAGAAGCCGGAAUGCGCUGACACUGGAGACCUGAGUUUCUGUUUGCUUUUGGCACAGCACGUCCUGUCACUCUACAGGUUUAUCUACACAUACACUUUGCCAGCACACACAUGCGCUCACACACACUGUUUGCUUUGGAGGAUGAUCCCAGGAGGCCACGCCAGGAGAGGAGAACACCUUCCAAGGAGUUAUUAACCCCCCACCCCUCACCCUCACCCUCUGCUUGCUUCCCAAAAGUGCCCUCCUUCCCUUCCUCCCUCCCUGCCUCUGGCCCACUCAGCCUACCUGCGCCAGUCACAACACGCUGGAGCUGGAGAGUCACAGUCACUCACUAAGAGCUCAGUAACCCUGGAUCGCCCACGGGGGACACAGCUGCACUCACACUGGCUGAGAAAGACUGAGGAGCUUUACUGACCCGCAGGAUGUCCAAAGCCUCUAGGCUGGCUCGCCCCCCUUCUUUAGGGGCCGGAUCCAAGCUGCCAUCGCCCAGGAAGGAAUGCCCUGGCACGGCGGCCACCACGGGUCGAGCCCGGGUGGUGAGCGUUGGGGAGAAGCUGAUGAGGGCAGGUAGUGAUGGUGUCCUCAGCAGACAGAAGUCUCUACCGGCCUCUUUGCCACAGGACAAAACACAGAGUGAGACUCGGACCCAGGCUGAGACUCAGGCCCUGAAGCAGAGUCCAGGUGAGAAGAGUGAGAACAUGGAGAUGGUUCAUCCCAAGAGCAGGAUCAGCCCACCUAAAGGAUCUCUGCACAGUAAGUAAUGAGCCAAACUGAACCUAAAUACCAGCGUGUUUCCAAUGGUUAUUCUUUAUUUCACUUUUUAAACUUUGAUCGUUGAUCAAAAGCUGCAGUUAUCAAUGAUUAUAAAGACAUCUUUAGAGUGUACAAGCAGAUUUCAUGUGUGUUCCAAAACUGGGUUGUCUUAAAUCUUCGCUCCUCCAUCUUUUUACCCCUCAUCAUUUGUUGGUCAGCUCAGCAUGCAGGGGAUUAGGCUUCCUCUGCUUGUUUUGGGUCCCAAUCAUUGUGCCGUGUACUGUAUGGAUUAGGUUUUCCCAGGUUAUCUUGGAUCUCCUUCCUGCCCUAGAGCGCAGGAUUAAACGCUCGGGUUAAGCAAUUGCAAUUAACCAGCGUUUUGACCCAAAAUAGCACCGUGGAUCAGCUUGUUGGAAGGCAUCUCAUGUUUUAUCCACCCUUGCUUAUUUCUGCUUUUGCAAAAUUAUACAUUUCCUAAAAAGGCUGAAAAAAAAAAACAUCUGGGGUAAAACCUGGUUGCUGCCUUCCGUUUUGUGCCUUGUGCUUCCAAAACCCAGCUGCACCGACGAAUGUGUCCCAUUAAAACGAAUGGGGAAGUGGUGAUUUCGGGAACAGUGGCGUCAUUGGGGUGAUUGCUGCCUUGCUUGAGAAGUGAGAAAUAAGUGCUCAUGGGAUUUCUAUCACUUUCUCACUGCCUCAGUCUCUAUGGGGGGUAGAUUAGGAAAUGGGGGGAAAGAGGUUUGGGAAAACUGGUCUUAUCAUCCCCCUUUGGCCUUCUCACCACAUUCCCAACUCUGCAGGGCGCCAUCCCCUCGUGGUUUCAUCAGGUCACCACACUCUCUAAGAGAAAACUUGACCAAGUCUGUGAACGAUGAGCUCUGUGCAUAUACAGUUAAGAGUUUGACUGACACACCAGACUUUUCUCCCCCUAGUUGUUGAGAUGUUUCCUGUCAGCCACCCUUAAAUCACACUUGACUGUUCAGUUUCUACUCAAAGACAUCAGAGUGGAAGUUUAAGGGGAGGCUUAAGUGUCUAGAUGUUGGGCUGAGUCAAGUGAGAGAGUGACAGAAAGAGGUCAGGAAUGUGAGCAGGGCAUGCUGGGAAAUCAACAGGUCCUGAGCUGUGUCUGUGUGCGAGUCCCUCCUUGCGCUAAAGACAGGUUAUGGGUUACAAGGGGGCAGGUUUGUACUGGAAACCAGAUGUUCUUGUCUGUGCUGCUUCCAGUCUCCUCUUUACACAAAUAAAAGCUCUUUCUGCUGAGAAAGAUUCACUCGGCCAUCUUCAGGGUCACUUCAUUCAGUUAUAAAUGUGGGCUGAAGCAACAUGAAUAGAGUGAAGUGGACCUUCCAUCUAUAAAAAGAACUUGACGCAGGACUUUCAUUGAAACAAACAUCUUUUGAAAGACACUCAAAGAGAUCAAACUCCUGGAUCUACAGUCUAGAUAUCUGCUUCUUCUCUUGUCCUCCUUUGCUCAUCACUUUUCUUGAUGUUUAUUGUUUCUUUGUCUUUCUUUGUCUCAGCAUUUUUCUCCUCUUACAGCAUUUGAAUCAGUUAUUAAAAGAUGCCAACAUCACCCGCUGAUACACAUUCGCGCAAACCCACAAAAGAGCAUUGCAUAGCAUAAAUGAAAGAUGUUUGUUUUCUCUGAGUUGGUUUCUUUCCUGGUGUGCAGUUCGAGUGUGAGUGAGGAAAGAGCUAGAACAAGUUUGCUACUUGUUAUGGACAGUAGCUUUGAAGUUCCUUGUUGGAAAAGAAGAGCUUUUUCAAGAAACUCACGAUAUGGUCUAGGUCCACAGCUCUUUGAUAUAUAUAACGUUUUAAUUUUUAUAUGCCAUGCACGGCCCUCACUCACGUUUUCCAUAUAGCCCUGCGCUGUUGAGAUAUUUGGAUUUUAAAAAUAGGCCAGCUCUGCUAAAUACCCUUUUCUACAGGAUGAUUUUAUUCCCCAUCCCUUUUUUUCCCGCAUAUAUAGACAAAAGUGGUUGAUGUAAGGGUUCAAACCAGGUUUCGGGUCUCCAUCUUCCCAGCUGAUGCCAGAUACAGGGCAUGACAGCAGCUAAAGCACAGGCCCACAGGCUCGGACAGAGCUGAUGCACACUGCACUGGCAGACGAUGAGAGCGUGUGACAGGUGACAUUUCCCUGUGUGAAAGCUUCAGAGCUGACUGCUGCUAGCCAAAGGGCCCAAUUUCAGUGUUAAAGUGGCAGCUUGCACCUGAAAGCAAAAUCUUUCUGACAUUUUCUGUCGACGGAAGAUGUAACAUGAGUCUCAAGUACAGGUUCAAAUGGAGCUUUCUUUUGAUACUAUAUGACAUUGCAUCAAACCACUGUUCAGCAACAUGUCGGCUCAUUCUUUUUGAGCAUCUUUCAUUCAAACUGUGGUGCUCUUUAAAUUUUCAGACACACUUCAAGGCAAGAGCACAUCGAUACCCAAACAUCACACCUAUGUUUGUUUUUAUGGUCAGCCUCCACCCUUUAGAGGAGACGGUGUACAAGAAUUUGAAGCCACACUGCAGGGAUUUUUAGCUAUCAGAAACAGGAGCACUACAAAGCCAAGCUCUGGCGUCUCCUGAUAAGACCUGGUUUGCAAAUUUGAUCACAGGAGUUAGAUGGGAUGAAGUCAUGUUCUUCUGUGCAUUUAAAACCCUAAACCUACAUGAGUGUACUUGUGUAUUUUGGCAUAAUGAGGUUGAUCAGUUAUGACGUAAUGGUAUUCACCCCAACUGUAGCCAUUAGUGAUAAUAAUUAAAUUAUAGUCAAUGCUUAAACACUCUUCAAUAAAACAGAAGAAAGUAUGAGGGCACAUAAAUACUUAGUGAAAUGUCCCACAAUAUUUAAUUAGAUUUAGAGAAAAUGUUUGCGUCCUCAAUGAGGCAAUUUUUGAUAAAGCAGAGAAACACAAACAUUUCAUCAACACACAUCAAACCAACACAGAAAAUUUUUCAAAAAAUUAGCCCAUUGCAUUUUUCAUUAGUAUCUUUAUUGAACACAAGCUGGAUCAAAAAGCAGCUGUCAGUGAAAUCCUUUCAGUCUGUGUAUAUCAUGUCUUGUUGUACUGUAUUUGUAUAGUACUGAAUCAUAUUGUAUUUGAUCAUAUCUGACCACACCAAGUCAUAUCAAAUUGUAUUAUAUCUGUUGACUUUGAUCAUAUUGUACCAUUUACCAAUGUUGUAUUGUAGCAUGUCAUCGCAUUUCAUCAAAUCACGUUUUAUGGCAGCAUAACUUAUUGUAUCAUUUUGCAUCAUAUCCCAUUGCCCUCAUUUUAUCAUACCUUGUUUUGUCGUGCAAUGUCGUAUCGUAUCAUAUUGUAUCAUAUCGUAUCAUAUAUCAUAUCAUAUUGUAUCAUAUCAUAUUGCAUCAUAUUGUAUCCUAUCGUAUUGUAUCGUAUCAUAUUGUAUCAUAGCCCAUCCUAUCGUAUCAAAUAAUAUCGUGUCAUAUCGUACCAUAUCAUAUCAUAUCAUAUCAUAUCAUAUCGUAUUGCAUCAUAUCGUGUUGUAUCAUAUCAUACCGUAUCAUAUCUUAUCAUAUCGUAUCGUAUCAUAUCAUAUUGUAUCAUAUCUUAUUAUAUCAUAUUGUAUCGUAUCGUAUCAUAUCGUAUCAUAUCGUAACACAUCUAUCUUAUUAUAUCACGUUAUAUGCACUACAUUGCAUCUUAUGGCUUGCAUUGCAUUGUGUUGCAUCACAUCGCCUUGUACCGUAUUUCAUUGUGUCAUAUAGUAUUGCAUGUCAUUGUAUUUUAUUGUACUGUUUUCUAAGUUUCUAUCACAAAGCCAGAUGUUUACACCAGGACAGACUAAGUCAAAACUACCCAGGCUUGUUCAGCUGUUUCAUGGAAACAUCUGGAGAGGUUAGAGACUUAACCUCACCCUGGUUCCUCUAUCAGUCCUUGCGAUCUUUAGACUCCCUUUGUGUCUAGAUCAACUUGAAAGUAUUUCACCUCUUGAGUAACCAUAUGGACUCUUUGAUCCCGUACCCCGUCGUGCAGGGAUUUGUUUUCGAGAUUCUCUCAAGAUAAAGUCACUGCACAGAUUUCUGGAUGACCUCAGCUUGCGUUGAUUGAGAAGGUGAGUCAGUAAGAGAAACAAAAUGCUUCGAGGGCUCUUUUUUUUUUUAUCACCCAUGCACAAACAUUUCUGUUGUUUCUUGCCUGAUUUGGUUUUGCAAGAUUUGUUACCACAUCAGUAUUUGCAGAGUUGCUUCAACUUGUUCUGAGUGUCAGAAGUGGUGAAGACAUUUGAGUACACAAGUUAACAUAUAUACUUCAAUCUAUUGGUAUCAGCAUAGACAGUGUGUUAAAGUGAAUCACUGGUGAGAUGCCUUAACUUGCUCGUGUGUGUUAGUUUGCUGCGAACACUUACUGUUGAACUCUAAGUAGUCUGAAUCCAUGACAGACUUUCUCACAGAUGCUGCUUUAGUCCUUUUGGGGAAAAAUGUUGAAGAAACAGCUUAGUGUGAUUGGAAUGAGUUGGCGGAUUGGGAUGUGAUCACCCGUUUCUUUGACACUGAAGCCAAGAGUGGGGAUUACAUUAAUUGCAGCCUCUCAUGACUCUUUAAACCCCUUGGUUCUCUUUCUGUUUUUUUCUUCUUCUUUGACAACUAUAGGGCGCACUGCAACAGUUAUUUAAGAUUACGAAACACUCCCUCUCUACAUCAAUAUGAAGCAUCAGAUUAUUCAGGAACCUAUUUUAAUGACCCUUCUUGUGUACAUAUCUGUGAUAUAUUUGUGCAGUGUCUUGAUAAGAUUUUUACUCUGCCAAAAGGAAAAUUUGAGAGACUAUCUUUGUGCCAUAGACUUACCUUUUUGUGUGAUCGAGCUGCCCAGUUUACCGCCAGAAGUAGGGGGUUGAUUUUCUAUCAAACUUCUAAUUUUGCUUUGAAUCAGGCAAUCACAGCCUUCCGCUGCAUGCAUUUGAAUUAUUUACUCGCUGUUAUUUCAUGGUGUUUUUGUCCUUUUUGUAUAUGAUGUUAAACUUUAGACACAAGAAAAAACUGUCAGACUCGAUCAAAAGUUUUUAAAAUAGAGUUACAUGAUCAGAAAAGGGGUACAUCGUUUAUUAUCCUUUCAGUUCCUCUGUCCUUUGUUGGGUUUAGAAAAUUAUUUUGUUCCUCUGAAACUUUUUAGGGACUUUUUCUUUAAAUAACAAACAGAGAGAGAAAAAAAACGCAUUGAUGUUUUCUCAGCUGUGGGAGACAACUCACCUUUGUCUGCGCCUUAUCAAUAAGUACCCAGUGACUGGGGAGAAGUCAGCUGAGUCAUUCAAAAAGAGUAGGUGAGUUAAUGGUGUGUUCAUGGACCCAGGGCUCUGUGCUCACAAAAUGAGUGGAUGUGACUCAUCCCUCAAACACAAACAGAUACUAAUCGGGCCACUGAGCAAGAAGAAAGAGCUUCAGUUUUGUGACUACUCAUGAGUGUGUGGUGUAAAUCCCCUGAUGUGUGUUUUUAGGCGAGUGGGGGGUGUUGUUUUAGCUUGGGGCAAUGUUGCUUCUUCCUGUUGCCUAAAAGCUGAGUCGCUUCCAGAGAGAGACAGUAGAGGGGAUUGGUAUAGUCUGCAUGUCAGAUUAAGGCUAAAACAAAAGCUUUAAUCUCUUUAAUGCCCACCCUGACUUCAAGUCCCAAGGUUUUCACUUGUUGGAGUCAACUGAUGUAAAUCUUUUGUGUGUUUACUCUCCACUGUGGCCUGUUAGUUUGGCUUGAUUUCACAGCAAAGUCUUCAAAGCUAAUACUGCAAAUGUGGCAUGAAAUUCCGUCAAACCUCACAUCUCACUUCCAGAUUGUGUUUUUAAUUUAAUGGUAUGCGUGCGUGUGUGUGUUUUUUAAGCCCAAAGCAGAAAUGUGGUUAAUUCACCCAACUGAGCGAUGUGAUCGGAUGCAAGGCCUCCCUCAGGGUUUCCUCUCUGAAAGUUGACAGAGGAAUCAAUAUCCCCACCUUCUCUCUUACACCCCUCUGACCUCCAGGCAACAAUGGGAUGUGGUUUGUUUAUGUGUGUGUUGGUUUGUUUUCUGUCUGUCUGUGCGGUCAUGAAUGAUUAUGCACACAAAUUGCUACAUGCACAAACUUUGGGAUACUCACCCACAUUAAUCUUUGUAAUUCAGCAGAUAGAAAACGAAACCUCCUGCUGUUUAUUCUUGUAGUUUUAGGGGAGUGGAUUUUUUAUUCAGAACUUUUCAAUUCAUAUUUAAUGUUGCUGCUGGAACCCACCUGUGAUUAUCUGUGAAAAGCAUAUUCGGUUGAGGUUAUUAAAACAAUAUUGUAGCAUACAGACAGGGAGAGUGCUUAUACUAGAGUUGAGUUCAGGGCUAAAGUGGAAUUAAAGAUGUCUGACACAUGGAGAAAUAUGUCAUUUUAUCAUUUUGUAUUAUUUAUGUUUUAUUCUAUUCUAUUGUGAUCUUAAAUAGAUGAGAUGAUUGAUAUCACUCCUGUGUCUUUGUGCUAAAUAUGGAGCUGAAUCCCGUAGCUGAAAAGCGUAACUAGCAUAAAGGCCCCACAUGAUAAAAAUAAAUCUGUCAACACCACUAAAUCUCAAAACUGUUACUCAUUUCUUCAGUGUGCACAGAAAAACAGACUGGACACGCUAGAAAAGCAGAGAGUGUAAAAGAAUGACAGCUUUACCCGUAGGUAACUGUUCCUUAUUGAGCAAAAAUAACUACCACGCUUUAGAGCUCAGAGAGGGCAAUAGACUGCUUAAGUUAGCCUGAGGUCAAGAGGCAGGGAUGAACAGCUCGUCUGAGUCUCCUUCAGUUUUAACAAACACAGCUGCCUUUAACAAGUAUUAAAGACACAGAUGGAUUAUAUUUAUCUUAUAGUUGAACGUCACAGCAUCUAUUUUCAGUAUUAAAGAGUCGUGAUGUUGAUUUCUUGGCAACAAGCAGCAACGCUUAUUGACACCCUUGUGCCUUGUCACAACAAAGUUGUAUUUGUAGAGCUGCAGGGUUUUAGUUUUAAAAUUUAGUUUAUAAAAAAUGAGACUUUUCCAGGCUUACAUGUCUGUGUUGAUGUACUUUCAACCUUUUGACAGAACUGGGCUGGCUGUUCUCUGGCUUUCAGUCUUAAUGCUAAAGCUAAGCUCUUUCCCUCCUGGUUUUAGCUCUGUAUGGCGCAGAGCUCUUAGUGAGCUGACAUGAGAGUGAGUUUGCCCUUUUGAUAUAGGCUUCCCCCAGUGUUUAACCUUUUACAGCAGGUCCUAAUUGCAGUUUAAUAGUUUUAAUAUCACAGCCACAUUGCUUCUUUCCAUUCUCUUUGUAUUCCUUUGUAUUCCUAGGUCUCAGACAAAGUAGAGAUUUGACUUUCCAUCAGGGAACGGAUUUUCCUUCCUUGUAUUGUCACACUCUCAGAGACGGAGACAAGGCUGAGACAAUGUUUUCUUUACCGCAAGCCACAGCAGGCAUAAAAGUGAAGCUGUGAAACCCUGGGUUAGGGAAGUUCAGGACCUUCUGACCUCUGGCUGACACUUUUGAGCUGCAUAUCUUUAUACAAACCAUAUCUUAGAUAAGAAGAGAAAUUUAUCACCCACCCAAAAAUGUGUACAAAGAUUUGAGAUAAACCACAUCCUUUUUAAGGGUGUUCCCAUGUGGGUUAUUGUGUGCUUUGUAUCAUCUGUUUCAAAAGAAAUCCGACUGUGACUUUUUCUUCAUGGUGGUAUUCCAGAGGGACUCGUCACCGUGCAGCAGUAUUCAUGUUUAAAACCCCUGACAAGGAUAUAAAUUGAACUUCUGGGUUAUUUCUUGAAAGAGGUUUGGCUUGUGGUCAGGAAAAGGAACUUAAAGGAACCCAAAACGUCACUAUUCAUUGUUGAAGACAGAAAACACAGCCUGUGUGUUUACUUCUGGGUUGAUCCUUGAACUUUGUACGGGACAACACAUCCGUCAUAUCCUCACUAUUCAGCAUUACCCUUAGUUUUUUCCUGUUCUCUUCUUUGCGGCUUUGCCUCAAACCUAUGAAUAUCUGAAAACUAAGCAAAAAGAGCUUGUAUUCCUCAUUUUUGAUCCAACUAUUUAACUCAACAUGCAAGCGUACAAAUACUCUCUAAUAUCUAAUUCUUAUCUUGAAGCCAGCUUGUGUCAGAAACCCAUGUUGCCAAGCCUCAUUCGGAGACAGAUUUCUAAGCCCAGCAUCCUGUAGUCAAGUAUCAGUUUCAGCCUGUGAAGGCUGUAAAAUUCUCAGUGGCCUUUUUAAUGCUGUGAUGCAAUUACAUGCAGAAAAUAAAAGACUGGAAAUAAGUUCCCCGACGCCAGGAAAGGGAGUUUGUGGUUCCAACAGGAGCAACACAUUACCCUUGUGUUUUAGCCAAGGCACCAGCUCGUAAAGAUUAUUGACGAUCUUCAGCAUGUGAUAGUAGAGCUGAGCCGGAUGAGGCAGUAUUAAAUCUCACUGAUGUAUUGGUCUUUUUCUUUCUCUCUUUCUCUGCCUCUCUCUGACUGGGGACACAGAGGAAGACAGAUAAAGAAGAAGUCAAGAGUUUUGUAGAAAUAUAGACUUCAUCUAUACUUUGCUUUUGUAUCUCUAUAUAGUUUUUAUCUCUUUCUUCAGACUUGUAACUGCAGGUUAGAGGCAGCGCUGUUAACUGCAGACAGGUGCAAGUAUAAACAGGCAUUUAAUGAGGGUGUAUGAGGAAUGUAACUUGGAAAAAAAAUGUUUACCUGCAGUCUGUAGUUACCUGUGUUGUUAUGGAUGUUCUAUGGACCCUUCUGACAGUGUCUGUAUCCCAGCAGCAGCUAAGCUUUUCACAAUAAUGAGCUCCAUUUUAUGUUUACCAUACCUGCUGCAAAGCUGAGAUAAUAGAGGCGACACUGUGAGCAUCUCUUUUGGCAGGGUUUCUCCAAGUUUUGCAAAAUCGACACAACAUGUAAAAAGCAACAGUUGCUGUGAGGAGGGGUUCUCUCUUUUUCAGUGUCUGUCUAAAUAUGAAACUGAUAACUCGGGUAUUCCACUCAGUGGGAGGAACAUGUCAACUCUGACGGUAUUUGUUCAGCCCCAGACACCAUUUAUUUGAAAAAGCAAACUGCUCCACUUUCUCCACAUGCUCAGUAGCCUGUGUUUGGCUUUCCUUGUAAAAGUGCAUGGCAAGAUUUUUCUGUCAGUAAAGAGUCAAGAUUUGUUUUCAUUGCCAUUGUGAUAUGUGGUAUUUUUGUGGUAUUUUACAGUUAUGUAAGGGGAAAAUGUUUGAAGAUAAGAAUCCAUUUGUCCUGCUCAGCCUGUCAGCAUCCCAAUUUGUCAGCUAUCUGCCCACUACGCAUUAUUUUGUUUAUUACCUGGCAACCAACUUUAGAGCUGCCAAGUUGACUAAAAAGUUGAUAGAAAACUUAUUGCAGAGAUUUAAAUAUGACUAAUUCAAACUGAUUAGAAGUCCCUCCAUAGCCACAUUCAGCAAUGUCUCCAUGGUUACUAAUUUAUUUCAGGGCCUUAAUGAGAUGAAUCAACAUAUAAAAAAUGCAGUAUGGGUCAUUCCAUGUCAAUUCAACCAAGAAUCUCCACUCACAUCACAGAUUUCGAUGAAAUUUGGUGGAGUGAUUGGCCUUUGGGAGAAACUGUCAGAGCUCAAAUAUUUUUGUUCAAAGCCAUCUAAUUAGUGAGAAAGGGGCUAACGAAUUUUUGGCUAAUUAGCAUGACAUGCGUUACAAAAGUGUUCAUAUCUUUGGAAGUAUGGCACCUAGAGAGCUGAUUCAGGUGUCAUUUUAAAGCUCUCUUCAAGUUUAAUCUUUUUGUUAUGAGUGGUACGUUUGUUUUUGAGUGGAGAUUCUUGGUUGAAUUGACAUGGAAUGACCCAUAUGUAUUAUGCUGUGUCCCAGUUGUACUCGAAAGUCGUGAUUUCCGAGCUCCGAGUCGGAAAUUCAUCUGGAACGCCCUUCUGAAGUUGGAUUUCCAAAAAGUUGGACGAUCCUCACCAACCCCGACUUGACGACAAUGUCAUAAUCCAAGAUAGCAGCGCAGUGCAUCAACAGUAAAGAGUAACAACAACUGACAACAGCUGACAGUUUUAAACAGAAAACCAAGAUGGACACCAACGGUUAGCCAUUGUUAGCUUUUGUUUACAAUUGACAGCUGUCGUUAGCAACUGUCAGUCAUUUGUUUGUUUAUUUGGAUCCCCAUUAGCUGUCACCCUAGGCACCCGCUACUCUUCCUGGGGUCCACACAAAAUAAAAAUAAAUACAACAAUGGACUUAAAUAUAAACACUUUUACGAGCAAAAUAAAUAUAAACCAGUAUCUAAACAAAAAGACACUUAAAGGCUAAUCCGUCACCAUUGAGAAACACAAAAUUUGCAGAAUGAUCCAUGCAAAAAGCAUCUCAGAUUCAAUCGAUAUAUGACAUGAGAAAAUAUGUAGCCUACAUACUACUUUAUCUUGUUCUUAGUGCACACAAACACUUCCUUGUACUCAAAUUAAAGUUUUCCUGUCUGGAGUAAAGGCUGUUUAACUAAUACUUUGAAUUUAUUAAUGUUUGUGGUAAGCUUGAUCUGUUUUGGCAGUGAGUUCCAUACUUUCAUACCUCUAUAGAUAACAGUUUUUUUAUGGCAUUUGUUCGCACUCUAGGUAAGGUAAAAUUUCCCAUAGUCAUUGUUAGCAGUUGUCAGCGGUUGUUAGUUAUGGUUAGAGCUUUCACUGUUACUCCUUACUGUUGAUGCAUUGUGCUGCGAUCUUGGAUUGUGAUGUUGUCGUCAAGUCGGGGUAGGUGAGGAUUGUCCGACUUUCUGAGUCAGAAAUUGUUAGAAUAAUGUGCAUAAAUGUAUAUAGAAGUUAUCAUUAUUCCUCAUAUUCUUAUGUAAGAGUUUAUACUACAAGUAUAAACUGCUUUGACAUCUUUUUAUACAUUAUAUAAGAGUAUUUUUAUCAUAUAAAGAGUGUUUCCUAACUUCUCUCUCCAAUAGCUUUACUACACAGACAUCAAUGUUUCUUUCAGUUUUCUGUGAACUCGUUUCUCCUAUCAGCAGGUGUGUGUGAUGUAUCCUCCACUAUGAAUCGUGGGAAGGAAAUAAGGGGAGGACACGCUUAUCAGAAGGAGCUCGUUAGAUGCCGCCUUGACCUUCACAUAUUCACAAGUUGUUCAUUAUUAUGCUUUAUGAGAGUGCUUACGUUGCUACACAUAUUUUUCCCCACCUUUUAGAAACAUUGUGUAACCAGGGACAACCCUAAAUAAAAGAGACUGGGCGGAAAUACCUUUCAGAGUGGUUUCGAGAUGGUACCUGAAGCUAUCUCGGUCCAUUCUCCUCGAGUAUAUACCAUUGUCUUUCUCUUCUUUAUAUGUUAUCAGGUAAAUGUUGCAGGUUUUAGACCUAACAGAAAUCCAACUUCAGGGGGCAUUUCAGAUGAAUUUCCGACUUGAAGCUCGAAAAUUCCGAUUUCCGAGUACAACUGGGAUGCAGCAUUAUUUUGGAACAUUUAUCUGCAUUUUGCCUUUAAUAUCUACUUAGGAGCAGUUCCCCUUCUAUGGAGUCCUUUAUUUUACACUACCAUGUUUCUACAGAAGCUCAGAACAGACAAACUAGUUGCAUGCAGGAUUGUGGACUCAGUGAGUAGCUGCACAAUAUGCACUUGAUGGAAAAAAAACAGUGAUUUUAGAUGUGUGCAAAAUAAUUUAUAAUGGUAGUAUUUCAUGAUAAUACUUGACAAACAGUGAAGCAGCAGCACACAGAGGGCUUCUUCAUAAAGAGUACAGUACUGAUAUCAGACCAUAAUAGCCACACAUGCUUUCUGACUGCGUCUAAACCAAAAAUAAUUGAGUGUAUGUACCUCAGCAGAACAGACGCGUAUUGUGUGGUAAUUGUCAUGCGCCUGGCAGCGCCUGAUUGUCUGCUAACGUAUUGACAGUGAGAUACAGAGAACAAGCUGGGCCUUCUUUGCAGCCAUUAAGAUCACUGUGAUCCCUCAGCACUGGGAUAUAAAUUCCUAGUUGUUAGAGCAAAAUAAUCAUAUAUCAGAAAUCUACUUUUUAUUUAUUUUGACUCAGACUUUGGUAUUUUUCUUUCACAUCCCUUAAACAUUUCUGUCUUUUCAAUCAGGCUGUUUUGAAACUUCCAAAAGGGCUGAAAUCCACACCAGAUACUAAGGAUUCUGCUUUUUAAUGUUUUAUGCUUUAGACUGACAAUCCUGUGCAAUGUUCUCAAGAGCAGAGCUGUGAACCAUAGAGCAUGUGUGCUCCAAAAAGUAAGAUUAAUUCCUGCAGCACUGCUCUGUGUCGUUGUAUAGCAAGUAGAAAUAAAACAGACAUCCUGUUCACAUAUGGAGUCCUUCUUUCAAAGUUUUGAUAGUGAGCAGGUUUCCCACCACCUCACGACACUUCAGUCUGUGUCAUCAGGAAAAGUGUGGUUGCUUUCUUCCUGUUUAGAAAGUUCAAUAGCUCUGAGCGUGUAGCGCCCCCAGCUGUACAGCCUGCAGGAUUUCAGUUGAAACUUGCCUCAGUUUGCCCACAGUGGAGAUCCAGUCAUUAUGUCGGUUUAUCCCUCUCAAGAGUUUGAUUUGACGUUUAUUCAAUUGAUUCCUGCUUGUUAAAUUACACUAUGACUAAGAAACUUCCCUCUUUUUGCCAGCUUCCUUUCCUCCAAAGUAUGAAACACUGGGAUGGGUUUGACAGCCGCCCUGUGCCUCUGAGCACCUUUGGUGCAUUCUUACGGCAUUAUACACUUUAAAAAAUUGAACCGGGGAUCAAACACACCCCUCCCUCCACCCCCUCUCUCUCUCUCUCUCUCUUAAAUCCAGGGAUUUUUUUCAAAAGGGGAAUAAUACGGUUUGGCUGUGUGAUGAAGUCAUUGGUAAGACAUGCAGCCUUUCCAGCUGCAGCUAAAGCUAUCAGGGGACUGACACAGCAGUUUAGCUUUAGCGAGGAGAGAAUGAGGGGGAUUUCUGUUAAACGGAUGUUGGCUGCUACAGUUUCCGCUUCACUCAAAACUCACAAUUUUGCUGCUCUAGAUUGAUCUAAACUCACUUUUUAUGUUUGAGUUGAAUUAUCUUGUCCUAUGAUAGUUAUCAGAGUUUUAUCUCUUGAAUCAAAUCAAAAAGCGUGGAAUUGUUAUUAGUUUUAGAGCAGUGGAAGCAAAUUUAACAGAGCAUUCAGGAUGCAAAGAUUUAAUCCCUUUAUUUCCACACUUGUGACAGAAAAGAGAAAGCGUGCAAAUACAUUUUAAAUCUGAUUAUUUUUAUUGUGCAGAAGUCAAUUGUUUGCAUCUAUUAUUUGCUGAAUCUGUUUCUAAGCUGCUAUUGUCUCCUUGAAUUAUACCAACCAAAUAACCAUUCAGCCAUGAUUCUUUGCAGCCAAAGGCUCUACAAGACGCCCAGCAGGGGAAUGAAGAUUGGUUGUAAUAGGCAUCAGAAAGUCUUAUCUAACAUCCUUGGUUAUGUAAUGUUUGAUUGCUUAUGACAAGAGAGACUGGAGAAGGAGACAAUGUAAGGCAGAGCCGGCAGGACCCACUGUCGAGUUAUACAACCGAGGGGGGAAACAACGAGAGAAAUCAAAUUUGAUCGCUGUGGAAACGGGGGCAAUGUGUAUUUUUGGGAUGGAAUGAAAGCCUUGUAGUACUCGGAUUUGAUAUGUUUCAUCUGUGUCCCAGCUUGGCAGCGUCACAAGUUCACAAAUACAUCAGCACAUGCACAGGUGUAUUCUAACCAGGACAGAUAAUGCGCCGCACUUCCUGAGUGAUGCUGUUUACACUGUGUGGAUGUGCGUCCGUCCCUGCAGGCUUGUUGUUUUUAGAGAACAGAUGCUGAGCUGCUGCUCUGAUGACCCCAUGCUGUCCAGCUUUAUCCUCUCCUCCAGGCUCUGAAGAGUUGCUUUCUUCUGUUAAGAUUGUAGAAAACACAGUAACAUGCUGGUUAAUCCAAUGAUCCACUACCAAAGCAAAUUAGCUCAACUGUUUUGAGUAUGUUAUUAGUGGGGCAGGGAGUUUGUCAAAAUGUCAGCAGGAACUGCUUCAGGGCGGCUCUGGCUCAGUGGUACAGUGAGUCAUCUCUCAAUCAGAAGUUUGGUAAUCGGAACAAUUGGUGUAGAAGUACAUCUCUGCUUUCUUUUUCUAACUUCUCUACCCAGUGCAUCCUCAUCCCAAGUCAUUAAAACACCCAAACUUUUUAAAUUCACGUGUUUGGCCUCUUACUUAUACACAGCAAGUGUCCUCUGGUAUUGAUAGCAGAAGCACAAGGCUGAAUUUAAUUUCGCAUUGGUAAAUUUUGCAGUAAAUGUUCUUUCUCCCAUGGUCUCAAAGUCUGAAAGAAGAUCAAAGAGGCUCAGAAUCCAAGAUCCUUGAAGUUCAGCGUUAAGUUUCAACAGUCAGCGAUGAUUUUGGGCGCCAUCUGAUCCACAGGUUUUAGUCUACUAUCUUUAAUCAAGUGUAGAGUCAAUCCAGCCUGAAAUCUACCAGGAGGUUUAUGCUCUCAUCUGCACAGAAGCUCUAUAAGGAUAUAGAAUUCAUUUUCAAAUGGGACCUGGCACCUGCCCACAGCACCAAAACUAACAGAAACAUGAAAUGUUUAACUUUGAUUCAAAAAGUGAAACUUCCGCAUAUUCUUGAAUUAACUCACACAAAGGAAAAAAAAUGAACUUUUUUAAAGACCCACUCCGAUAAAAAUCACGUUUUUCUUGUUGUCUACGUGUUAAUGUGUCAUUUUUCGAAUGCUACAGGACACAUCAUGAGAAAACUAAGUGCAAAAUUACAUUUCUGAGUAUUUCUGCAUUUAAAUCGCUGCUAAUUUCUGGCAGACCUAAACGGCAGGUUCAGAUACAGUGAAAUUUCAUACAUCACCAAUCCAAGCUCCGCCCCCGGAGCCCCGCUAUGCAAGCCAGACUCGAAGGAAUAGAGAGAACAAGUGUGGAAAAGCGUGUGUGUUAGCGGAUUGAAAUGAUCGUAAGAAAGCUAAUUAUAAUAUUAGCUUUCAUUGUGUUCCUAAAGACAUUGGUGUCAGAGAGCUAAAUAGUUCCUAUGUUACCUGCUACUUCUACGACACUGGCAAUGUUAGGCUGCAAGCUAACACAAGGAGAAGUGUGCAGAGAAGCGCUGUCUCCGCCCACGACCUAGAGGUGAAUUGCUAAUGAGCUCUGGAGCCCUUAAAAAUGGCAGAGGUAACACGAUUUGGGCUAAAAACUUCAUAAUCACAACUCAAAGACAACUGAUGACACUUUUUAUACUAAGUAGUAAAAAAAGAAAUGAUCGGAGUGGGACUUUAAGGACAUUCAGUUUUUUUCAGUGGCGCACCCAAAUGUGUGCCCUUGGUUUUCUGGAGCCAGUGGACACUGCAGAAACUUUAUUUCAUUAUGAUAAACUACAAGAACAAUAACUUAAAUUAUGCUUCCACUACUUUUAAGUUUCUGUCAUAUUUUUUAUGCACUUUAUUGCACUUUUUUUGCACUUUAAAGUGAAUCAUGUUGACUUAAUUAAUUGUUAAGUAAAGUUUAAUUUGUUUGUGAAACAUUCAGAUAAUACGUAGACACAGUUGAUGCAGAUAUUUAAGAGUGAAACUAUUCCGCUCAGAGCAGUGUGGCUUCUAUUUAGUGAAUCUACAGCAGAUGUAUGAAUUUCUUCACACUGUCCAUAUGGAGACUUAGAAUUGCUGUUAUCGUUAAAACAAAGCAGUCAGAUGUAAUUUCUUUCUUACUCUUUCAUCCUUGGCUCUCUCUCCACUCUCUUGGAGACUGAAUUUUUAAUUGUGAUAGGGACCAAAUGUUUCCUCACACUGCAUAUUUCAUAGCACAUUUGUUUGUUGUUAUGUGAUCCCCUGAAAUCCUUUGACAGGCAAACAGGGAGUGCGGCUCUUAGCGAGUCAUGGAGGGUGUGCUAAGUUGCUGAUUGAAGCCCUCAGUUCACAUUGUGACAGCCGGCAGUUAAUGCGAUGUGCAACCAGCAAACAUCAAUUAUUCAUUGUUGAAACAUUUUUCCAGGGUAGCAAUAAAGGGUGCUUUUAUCGAUAGGCAAAUUAUGUUAAACUUUAGGGCUGCUUUGUCUACAAAUUCCUUGCAGACAUGUUUUGCAUAAUAAAUAUUUUGGAAAGCAGAUGCAGACUGCAGCCUGCUAUAAAACUGUUUCUUAUGGAGAAAGCAUAGUUGUUGAUUUUUGUUUUGGAUUACAUAAACCAGCUGAUAAAUAAUUUAGCUUCAUUAUUUUUUUGGCCUGUCUGAAUGCAUUUUAUUAAUACCAAUAAUUCUUGUUUUGCACCACAAGACCCUUAAGUGCACUUAUGGGUCAAAUGCAAUUAAGUUUAAUGUUUUGUAAUGGUGAUGUUUCUAUGACAACUAAAACAUGUAUUUACAGUGAUUGGUAGCAGAGCAGCGGGUGGAUCUAUUUUAAAGUAUUGCAUAGAAGAUGAGGGUUAAGAGAGGCAGAGGUGGAGUGAUCGACUCAUGUGGAUCCAGGUGAAAGAGAAGAAGAGUCUGACCGUACAGGUUCACCGCUCAAACCAAAUCAAACACAUGAGCGCUUUAGUGCAAAGAGGGCAGGUUUGUGCCCUGACAAAUCUAGACCCAGCUGUUACAGGCAAAACCGAGAGGAUGUGAGGCCUGAGGGUUCAAAGGUGGUAGACAGGUUCAAAAUCAAUCCAUAUACGCCCCAGGUUUGAACUACCGUUGUGCAGUGAUUUAAUCCAAGAACUACCAGGAAUACAGAUAACCACCAUAGAAAACACCUCUGAAGUACUAUAGUUCUAUCAAACCUGCAUUAUCUGCUGCUGUUUGUCCCUAUUCACCACUCUCUCUGCAUCAAUUUUGUGUUUUGACUGGUGCUUUAACACCAAAGAGUCCAGUCCUGUUCAAGGUUUCUGCCUGUUAGAGGGACAUUUUUCUUUUACACUGGUAGUCUCUGUAACAAAAAGAAAAGUUUGGGUCUUCUCUUUUAGUAGAGGUUGGAGACAAUCUGAGCUGUGAUUUUGUUCUACAAGAAUCAAAAGUGUUGGUUUAUUAAGGGUGUCUAAUAUGAAGAGUUGCUGAUGCUGAUGAGAAGAAGUACUUUUGUCUGUUUAGUUAGUAUUUUAUUUUUGACCUUCAUGAGACGAGAGGAUAGUGGAUAGAGUCAAAGACAGGAAGAUUAGAGGGGAGGGCCAAAACUAGGAGGCCAAGCCAGGGCCACUGUUUCAGGGUCUGUAUUUAAAUCACUGAGAUUCCCAAAUUAUGUUUUUCAUAGAAAAUGUUUAUGGGUGACUCAAGGAGUGUCUGUAGCCAUGUUUACAUGGGCAAAAUUUUAGAUGAAAAUGUUGAGGGAUCAGAUAAUCUGAAUCCACAGUUUAUAUGGGUUCAAAAUCAAAUAAUCUGAUCAUGACGUCCGUAUACAUGCAACAAGCUUCAGAAUAUAAGGAGAAGACAGAGGAAGACGAAGAGUUGUAUUUAUGCCUGUGCUGUCAACAAACCAACCACUGCGCUAGUGGCUCACUCCAUCCAAUUUAGGAGUUUUCCCCCCUGUUAAAUGUUGUCACUAGAUGGCGCCCUUGCAUACCUAUUUUACUGUUCUGUAAAAGGUUGCAGAUGUGACAUUAUUACGCUGUAUUUAUGCCUUGUUGUGUUACUGUAGGAGCAGACGCGGUACCUGCGGUUGUGUUUUAUGCCAGAGUGUUAAUAAUGGGAGUCGCGAUCGGAAUAAGUGUUUACAUGGACGCGUUUCGGAAUAAUGAUCGGCAUAAACCACCCCUCUUGAUCGGAAUACAAUCUCUUUCCGAAAGAGCGAAUUGGAUCAGAAUGUUCCGAUCAACAUGUUUACAUGACACAUUUUAUUCAGAUCGGGCAUUUAUUCCGAUUAUUUGUGCCCAUGUUAACGCAACUAGUGAGAACCACAAACACUUCAGUAUGUAGGCUUGCAAUAAGCUGCAGAUGAGUGUUGAUUCUUACUGGGAUCAGCAGCAUUUGCCAUUCAUUCUCAUAUGCACAUAAACAUAGACAGCAGAGUUUUUCUUCCAAACCUUACUUGCACUUUUUCCUGCCAGCUCCUUCCAAAAAUUUGCAUAUGGGGGUGAGCAGAUAUGAGGUUGUUAAAGAUGAGCGAAAAUGCAGCGAAUGUAUCUAUUUAGUGUUUCCUACAUUUGUGGUCUGAAAGUAAGCACUACAUAAGUUUUCAAACUUUAAAAUGCCCUUGGUGUUUUUUUUUUAUCCUUCAAAUCCACUAUAUGUAAGUUUGUUUUGGGUUUUUCUUUUGAAUAUUUGAAGCUUUACUUUGCAGUCUUUGGACUGUAGGAAUAUAAACUGAUGACACCCUGCAUAUAACAACAAAAGACGUUCAUUCCUGUAAAACCUAGACAUGAUUUUCAUUACUAGUAGAGAUUAAAUGCUGGAAUUCAGAUAUAAACAUGCACCCUACUGAUGAAUAAGAAGAAAAGACAUUUCACACAUCAGUCUGUGAAGGAUAAAGAUAAGUCUUUAAGACUUAGCAUUGUGUUGAAAGAAGGCGAUGUAAUGUCAAAGCUUUCCCUCUCCUUCUGCUCCUCCUAAACUCUAUUCUUGUUGUAACUGACAACUUUACUCAAGGUCAUCGUGAAAGCGGCAGCAGCUUUUCUCUGGUUUGCUUCAGUAAAAUAUGUUUUUAUUCUCCAUAGUUUCAGAUGAUCUUACCAUCACAGAUGCUCUUUUUAAAAAAUAAAAUCUCCUUCGGUCUCUCUGGCUCUGAAUCUGUCUCCCUGCCUCUGUUUUGUUAUUGUCUGAUACCUCUGCUGACCCCCUCUUCCUGCCUGUCAUGUCUCUUUCUAUAUUUCUGUAUAAGCCUGAUAUCAGGACUGAUCAGCCCUGACCGGCCUUCACUACAGACAGAUGACGUAAUCUGUCUAACCACAUCUUCUCGGAUGCUGCUACUUGUAGCCCGAUUUGUAUGUGUGUGUGUGUUUGCGUGUGUGUCCGUCCACAAAGAGGCAGAGAGCGCAGCAGUCAGGCAGGCAGGCAGGCGGGCGAACAGAAACACAGUCAUGUGACUCUCUGACCCUCUGUGCCAUGUUCUCUGUGAGUUAUGUCUCAUUGUUCCUUUCUGUCAACGCAGCAGCCGGCCUCAUAGUGCCACAAUCACUCCUCUGGUCCGGGUCUCAUCUCACACCUCUCACUCCUCAUCCUCGUUACCUCAGGCUGUUAUUAAUUUAUUUAAUCAAUACUUGUUUAACUUCUCUUCCACUGAAAUCCUAAAUGGCAGGCAGAUAAACGAAGCUGUUACAUCAAAUUAUGAGCACUAGUUGACUCAGGUGUGUUUGUGACAGGAUUAAAGUGAUGCAAUAUUUGAAUAAUAUUAGCACACCCUCAGAUCUUUUCAUGCACAUUUGAGGAGUUGGAUGCAGACUCAGAGUUCACACUGGACCAGCAGCUCCAUUGUGCCCACUGGUGGAACUCUCUAGCCUCCCCUGUAAGAGAAUCUGGCUUUGAAAUAAAGAGAAGCAGCUCUCCAGGGUUUUGGAUAAUCUGAGAAUAAAAAUGCCAAGGACCAUGAGCAGGAGUGGGAUCUACAUGGACAGCAGCCAAGGCCUUUACUAGUGCCUUUUACUUAUUUACAGACUUUUUUGCAUACUGUUUCACUUUGGUUGAAAGUUGUUCUGCAAACCAAAUCCUCAGGUGUGCAAGCAAGACUCUGACUCAGCAAAGUGACUCUUCAGCACUACUGAAUGCAGUAGCUGAUUUCUACACUUCUUCAGAGGCUGUCGUUUUAAUGUUUAAACACGUUUCUUAUCAACAGUUUUACUCAUAAUGAAUGAAAGCUAUGAUAUAGCAUUAUUUUGAUACAACUUUAUAGUUAUUUAUAAAAUACAUAGACUAUCGUUUUACUGUCAGUGCUGUCGCUGCAGAGCGUGCAUCCACUUGGCACAUUACAUUUAGACUUUAUAGACUAUAUAGAUACCUUUAGGUAACAGUACCACUUUCAGGAUAAAGGUUGACCGUUUUUUUUAAAUACAGAUACAUCUAUAGUAUAGUUUUUGUACCAAUUUGUGUAUUAAUAGCUCACUAUAAAUUUACACUGCUUUCUGGGUGAAGUUAUUGUUGAUAAAUUCAUAUACAUAUACUAGCCUACUAAUAAAUGCUUAAUAGUAAAAAUUUGUAAAAACAGUUGCCCAAUGCAAAAUUAAAGUCCAUACAAUAUUGAUGAAAGUAUAUUAUAUAUUGCCAGUCUUCACAGGGGUGGAUUCAAGUAGGUACCAAGGGGUGGCCAUGCCCCUGCACCCCCACCCCUCUUGAUGCUUACUCAGCCACCCUCAAAUUCUCCACUACAGUUAGCUGUUGCCUCAUCAGAGGGAACUUAGAGUUACAAUUAUUUUUUACGGCUGUGUUGCAACAGAUUGUUAGUAGCUUUGUUCAUAAAUUAAUGUUGUACUUGAGAUUUUGGAUGAAUCACUUCUUUUUUAACCACAUCUCCUAGUGCAAAGAAAAUGUACAUAAUACCACUCUAUUCUUAGAUUUGAGUUGUCUCCAAAGAUGUGCCCACCCUAAAGUCAAAACUGUAGCUGGGCCACCCCAGUCCAAAAAGUUUGGCUCUGCCCCUGUGUCUAUAAUCCAAAUAUUUUACCGUUUGUGUUUGAGUUUUUUUUUUUUAUUUUGGCAGCAGCGAUAACAACUUUAUCAGAACAAUGGAGGAUGGAUAAAAAUAGACUUUAUGACAAUGUUUCAGGUUGUCAAAGUCUGUUUGAAUUCUGUGUCUCAUCUGUUUCAAAUUUGGCAUCCGUACACAGCGCUCGUUUUCCCCUGUUAGGUUUUUUUUUAAGCCGUCUUUGAAACCGUAAAGCUACUGAAUCUCUUCUCGUGAAUCUUUUUGGCUUUUGUGUCACAAGAAGCAAAGUGCCUGUCAUUUACUCUUUUAUAAUCCACGCAUAGUCGGGUUCAGUCUCUUCUGAGUCACACAGGUGGCUCAUUCUCUGUUUGACUGCAGAGUUCUCAGCAGCGGCAGCAGCCUGGCAGCUCAAGCUGAGGCUCCGCAUUGAAUAGCAUCAGGUGUAAUCCUCACCUGCUCCCUCACUGUUAAAUCCUGAAUGUUUUUGAUUUAUUUUGUCUCUCCUCUCCAUUUGUUUGGGUCCCUUUUCAGCCGUGGAAGGAUUUAGCACUCAGGGAUUAGGAAAAGUGGGAUCUGUUUAAACAGUUCAGAAAAAAAAUGAUGUUUUUGUCUUUUUUUUACAAUGGACCAUACACACAGAAUGUAAUCAUGAGGACAUGCCUGUACAGUUUCACAUGGUCAAACCAUUCAAAACUAUUCAAAUGUUUCCUAUUCACAGUUCAUUGCACCCACCUCCAGUUAGCUACUCUAUAGAGGACUCUUCGCUCUGUGUCAACAUCUCUUUCUCUUUCUUUAUUGCAUGACUCAAGCAGCAUAAGAAAUAGAUGCCGAUGCACAAAGCCUCCACACUGACACACCUGAGUCACAGUCUAGCUAGUUUUCUCUUUUCAUGUUGCUGCUGCUUUGAAGUCGCUGUUUUGUGCAUCUGAGCCCCUCAACAAUGAACCGCAGUGGUGAAUGUCCAGGUUGUGUCUGUCAGUGUUGGGGUUUUCUGUGCUUGUGUGCAUAAGAGGAGGGGUCUGGGUGGGGAGAGUGGCCUCACUGUUCCAACACAUGGUACCCAGACUAAACAACAAGAUGAAUGUUUCCUGAAUCAAACCUGGCAAAGAGACUUCCCAAUCUGCUGGGGUAGCUGGGUAAAAUAACCGCAAGUACAUUCAAAGAGGAAGAAUAAGGGUCUUUGAACAGGGUUUAAAGAAGCGCCACACCAAACUUACACACAGCUUCGUAUACUAUACAUGUAGACAACUACUAGGCAUGUAAAACUUUUUUAAUAUCUCUGAGGUUAGUUGAUGUCAUCCUGAAGUAUUAGUCAAAUUAACUGGAAUGAGGUUCGGGGAACAGUACAUUUUCAACAAAAGCCUGCAAGAUUCAGAUGGGGAGAUUAUAAAAUGUGGUGCAAAGCAGGAAUAGAAGGUCACAUGAAAAAAAGAUGCAAUUGGAGUUGCAUUAUGGGAAAUGUAGGAGUCUACAUUUUGGAAGCUGACUCAGACUGAGCAUAUAAAGUCUCAAUAUGUCAACCUCUUUAUCCUCAAUUCAAAAACUUUUUGGAGUAAAUAAUAAAUGAUUGGGGUUCUUCUUUGGCAAACUUUUAGACUAGCCAAACAAACAGAAGGUGUAUUCAUUAGUGUUAGCCUUCUGAACUUACUGUUUGUGCAACUGUUGUUUUACAUUUAUAAAUAAUUUAUGGCAUUUUGGCUUCUGUAUUAAUUGGUUUUACCUUAAAUAAGUUGUUGCCAUGUGUAAAACCUGUUGCACUUUGCAACACUGUUAAAUACUUGUAAAUUACUCACAUCAGAACAUCCUGAAUCACAACAUUACAAGAAACUUUGAAUCUAAAAAGACAUUGAAGAAACAGUCAAAAAUGACCAUGAUUUAUCCAACUAGAGUAAACACCUGAUCACUGAAUCUUUGGCUAUGAUUUGAGAUGUGGUUGCUCAGUGAGAGGAUCAGAGUUUACACCACCAGAUUUUUGGUCCUUUUUUUCAGGUUGACACCCACAUAUAAUUCAAGCGUUGCAGCAUUAGCCAUUAACCUGCAAAUCCCCAGCUACCCGCACCACAGGUACUCUACAAGAUAUACAAUCUUAAGAGGGCAUUUGAGACCUGCAAAAACAGACUAGUAAUUUUAGAGCUGGGGUGAUGAGAUUUAAUUGUUUGGUCAUCUAAAAAUGGAAAUAACAAGUCAUUUAAAUCCAUCACUUAAAAAGGCACAUUUUGUAUGAAGUUUUCUUUUGGUUAAACCUCUUACCCAAUGAGCAAAAACAUGGAUUUCAGUGUUGACGUGUGUAUGAAAACAGGGUGAAAUCAGGUCUGAUUGUCCAUAUUCUUGUUUUAACCCAUAUUUGAAGUGUUUAUUCAGUGUAAAAAUGCCAACUGGAUAUACCUAAAGCUUUUUAAUCCUAUGGAUAACAUUUAAAUUCAGGCCAGAAUAAGUCUUUUGCCUCCCAAACAUCAGGAAACUCAAACAAAUGUUUCAAGUUCAACCACCUUGAAGGUCGGUUUAAAUGUGAGAUGUUUGUUCUGAACUCUUCCACAACCUGCAAAGUGAGACAAUCCAAGGAUGACUGAACCGUUAACAACACUAACAAAAGCUCAGUGUGCUGCUGUCAACCUGUCUCCUCCCACAUGUCACCUUUCACCUUUCCUAGCCUGCACCCCCUCAUCACACCUCCAUGCUUUUUACUCCGCUCAGAAUCCUGGAAAAAAAAAAAGAGCUGGUCUGGCUGAGUUAGGCCAGCUUUUGGUGAAACAGGGAAUUAGAGGCUGGGGCAUCUGGGAAAAAAGAGUUGAUGUCAAAUUUCUUGGCAGGCUACGGGAAAGUCGCCUUCUUUUGGAGACUGAACUCUUAUUAGAUCCUCUGGGGGUUACCAGGACCAAGCCCCAUUGCGGUUUGUUGCAACAAGCUGUUGGAUUUAGAGAGAAAGUUCUAGACACACCCCCGAGUCUGACUCGACUCAGCUGCUCCCCCUUUUCCUUUCAUCCUGAGAAAGCAGGAAGCCCCCAUCCAUGUGGUUUUCUUCAGCCUACCAGAAUCUUAAGUUUGCUCCUUCUUCUUCUUCGUCUUCUGCCCGAGGAGACCCAGAUUUACAUUAGCGGCCAGACAUUCCCCCUUGGUCAGAGGGAACACACACACUCACAGACGUCUACAUGUGACAAGCCCCCAAAGCCAAACAAUAGCUGUUGGCUGAGAGGGAGAGCGCUGAGGGUGGAGGGGCAACGGCAGUUCCUUGGAUGGCCCGAUUGGAGCAUAAACAAGCAGUCCAGGAAGUGCUGAAGUAAGAGGGAGGGAGAAAGAGAGGGAGGGGGGAGUAGAGAAAGUGUGCAGAUCAGCCGGGAGGGAGCAAAAAGUUUUGGACUCUGACGGCGUUAGCAACGGGCGUUUUAGAGAGUUGUGUCACUUUGAUUUUGAGCAACAGGUUUGGCUGUUUUUCUAUCAGGACUUACUGGGUUGCAGAGAGGCAGAAAGAAAGGUGAGUACGUGCAUCUCAUGAGGACACACACACUUUCAUACACACACACACAAAAUAAAAAAAAAUGCACAGAUGCAAGUACAAACAACAAAUUCCCUCUUAUUCCAAGGCAAUAAUCUUGCAUGACUUGGGAUGCAGCUUCUUGUUUUUACAGCACGCAAUGUCAUUUGAAAUCCCAGAGGCUUGUUUGAAUGGUAUAUUCACUGUAGUGUUCUCAGAGUGUGUGCUGUUUGCUGAUGGUCUCCCCCUGCCUCGGAAAGCUGCUUGUUUUGCAUAGCUGUGUUUUUGUGGUGCCUUGAACUGUGGCCAACCAUUCAGUGAGAGGAGUAAAAAAAAAAAAAAAAAAGAGGGGGGAACAUCUAAUGUGUGUGUGGCUGUGUCUAAUUAAGCUAAUGGGGGAGAUGAGGGGUGCAGGUCAGACCACGAGAGGAUUGAACUUGAAAACACCUCGGUAACUUUCACGAAGGCAUCCUAACGACUAAGGCUUCUCCUAAUCUUUGUCUGGAUGAUAGAUUAUUUCUAACAGAGAGUGAAAAGAGAUGAUCAGAUUGACUCUAAAUGUAUCCAUGUAUGGUGCUGCUUGCUCUCUGGAUCAAAUGGAUUUUUUAAUUUUCCCAUCAGGGAGAUGCUGCAUUCCUCCUCUCAAAAUGAACAUCAAUGUCCGUCUGUAACUUCAAAGAGGCGUCUUAACUCACGUGUUUCACAGAUUCACAGGCUGAGCUGAGGGCUAAACUACCGUACAUACUGAUAUCUUGUUAUUGGAGAUAAAUGCCUGUAAAUGACUGACAUGUCACCAGUUUGUCACCACACUGCAAAUAAAGUAGCAUUUGAGGUACUUAACUGUCUUAACAAGCCUAUUUUCCUGUCUCGAUCUUUCCAACACCACUGGAAUCACUUCAGCUUUUUCCACUGUUGAGUAGAUUUACAUCUGUGAAAGCCUGGCCUGACCCAGCACAAAAGAACGGAAAAAUAACUAGAAAUAAACCUAGUUCACAUAAAUUCUUAUGUAAAUAUUUGAUUGGAUCCAAGUUUAAAGUACUUUACUUCUGUGGAAAAAGCCUGGGGUCAAACUAUGAUGAAGGUGCUUUUCUUCUGUGUAGCGCAAAGACAGUUUAUAAGGAGAAUAAAACCAAGGCACUCUUGUAAAAAAUUGGAGCUCUUAUUCAAAUUGGCAACUUUAAAGUAAAAUGCUAGAAGCAGAAGCUCUUCUUACACUGAGAUUAGAAAAACUAAACCCUUUUACAUUCACCCACAAAACACACCAUGUUGAUGACUUAGUGUUUCAUGUUAAAAUAUGUUAAGGGGGUCUUAAAUGAACAGCCAGAGCCAGGCACACAUCUAGUAGUCCAUCGUUAAAUAUCUUACUUUUGUACUAGCUGUAAAAGUAAGAGGGUUUUUUUUGGGAUUGAUAAAAUCUUAAACUUUUAGGUUUCCUUUGACUCUUUUUUUAUUAUCACAUCGCCUGACAUAACUGCAGGAAGGAAGCGCUGUGGCAGCAGACAUCCAUGCUGAGUAAGGGAGCCAAAUUAUGUGAUGGUUUUGACUGACUCAGCUUUAAAAAUAACAACUGUUGGACGUGAAUGAUACCGAAAGAUAGUUAGGAGCCAAAAAUAAAAAAAAUCUCUUCCUGUGUCAAAUGAUCCGGAUCACUAAAAAGUGCCAAAAUUCCCAUCACCAGGAGCAUCUAUGCUUUGAAGAAAGAAGGAUUCAAACCCUGAACUUACAUGGUAAAACAGAUCACAGACAACUUGAGCAAGAGCAUACAGCCUUUGUAGAUUUUUAGGUUAUCCAUAACGUGUAAGUCCUAUUAGAUUGCUGUCAGACUAUAGGUUUAACUUCAGUGUCAAUAAUCUCAAACUGAAUUGACGGAAUAAUUGUUAUCAAAGGUAACGUCUUCAUUAAUGGAUAAACAGUUGACAGACUUUAAUUUGGAUUUACUGUCUACUUCUGCAAACAGCACAAUACCAGCGAAAUGCCAGAUAUCAUUUCACUUUUUUCACGCUGCUGUUACUGUCUUUAAAAUCAUAGUUUGUGUUGAUUUAAGCAGCUCCUGUAUGCAGAGAUCUUCAUCUUAUGGCUUUCCCGUAGCUUCUUUCCUCUAUGAAAAGACACUCUUGCCCUGCCUUCUGAGAGUUUUGAGUUUUGAAGUAUUCUUUUUUCUUUUUUUUUUUUCUGUUAAAAAAAGAGACUCUGAAGUGCUUGAAGAACAAACAAAUUGAAAUCAAAGUGUCAGAAAGGAAAACAGAGCAGGAGCAUGGCGAAGAAAACAGGAGAUUUAAAAGAGGAAAAAUAAGGCAUCCUCGCUGUAAAAACAGUAGCUCAUACUCAGCUGCUAUUUAAUUCUGAAUUCGCAAAAAUUAUCUAGAAGUCAUGGUUGAAAAGUAGUAUGGUAAAGUGAUGAAAAAGAAUCUUUCAUUCUUCAUAACUUUACAUUAUUUACCAGUCAGGUAUUUGAGGAUCAACUUCAGCUCCAACCCGCUGAGUUAGAAGGUAAACAGGUUGGAGGAGAAUCUCCUCGUCACAAAGACAAACGAUCUAGCACCCUUGAACCCCACCCGGAGCCCCUGAACCUCAUCUUUCAUCGCUCGUUUUCUGCACUUUGACAGCUCCAGACUGUCUCUCACAAGUUUUUACUGCGCUCUGCUGAUGUAGCAAGCUGUCAAUUUGUCACAAGACCAAAGGAAACUGUUAUUAACUGUUAGGCCGUGCUUUGGCUGCCAGUUUAAUUCAGCUUCGCUAUUUAUCUAAGUGUUAGCAUGUGAGGCCUUGUCAGGGUUUUUACACACAGUAGCUCCUGACCAUAUGCCUCCAUUUGUCUGUUAGCAUUACAAAAAGGUAAGGUAACGUUUGACCACUUGAUUACCUGGCUAGAACUCUUCCUUGCAUCAGAAUCUAGACGUAAUAGAUCAAGAUCAAUAGCUAACUGAGGCCACAUGUAGUAGCUGAUGCAAAUCUGCUGCUGUGCUGUUUGAUGGUUUCCACAGGAUGUAGAGCCUGAGUGGACUGGUGGCAUUUGGCCGAGCAGCGUAGAGGCAGGGGAGAGGAGACGAGGACUGGGAUAGGGGGUGGGGAUUGGGGGGGUACAGGAGGUCUCGCCAGGUGUUUCUCCCGUGAGCUGUCUGCGCUGUCAUCCCUCAUCGGGCCCCAAGCCAACUCACGCCACGUCUCAUUGAGCUUCAGGGUUUUGAUCAAACCUCAUUACACAGCUUUCAUUUCAGCUCCCAUUUGUGGCUGAGUUAUGGAUAUGAUCAAGCAUGCCCCCCAGAAGAAGCUCCAUGAAGUGUACUGACUCAACAUACGUUUAAUAUAAGAUAAAGACAAAGAAAUGCUAUGUUUUUACUUUUAAAAAAUAUAAAAGGAUCACUUUUGUGCUUAUUACUGAAAAAAAAGACUUUUUGCUUUUGUAAUCACGCAGAUAACUCCAAAUGUUGUCUUAUUGCUUUGUUCAAGGUUGUAAGUUAUAUAAAGAAUAACACAGGCUUUUAGCGCUACACUUCCUGCUUUUCAUGCAUUUUAAGUCCCAGUUGAUAAGCAACUCAUAAAAACAAUUGGUAGUAAAAAUCCUGAGUGAUAUCAGGCCAACACGAGGUUAAAGUCCUCCUUUUGGUUGCCUUCAGAAAUCAGCUAAUAUUAGCCUUAAAGGGAUACAGGAUAGUAAUACACAGCAGUCUGAGGAGCCAUAAACAAACCUCAACCAAAACACCACUCUAUAACCACAAAAAAUGUUCAGAACAGCACCUAACUUCAUCAACAGUACAUAUAGGGUCUGAGCAUUAUUUGUGGCUAUAGAGUGACGUUUUGGUUGAGGUUCGUUUAUGGCUCCUCAGACCGCUGUGUAUUGCUAUCCUGCGGUCGUUACUAAAGUUGGUAUAACUAGAGAAGCAAGAGGUCAGCAACAUUCAUCUCUCGAGGGGGUGUCUAACUCGAUGUUACGCCGUUUCACCCUAAAUGAACUUUAUGCUGGAAUAUCCCUUUAAAAAUCUGAAAUACGCAAAAAAAAAAAAAAAAAAAAGUUUAUGCUCUCUUGGAUUCUUGGCAUUUCCUCAGAGAGAAGUUGAUUUGUAACCACCAGUGUAGCAGUGAUGUAAAUUAUUUGAGAAGGAGGACCUUUACAAGAAUUUAUGUAGUACUACUUUUUAAGGUCAAAAAACCUUACGUCAAAAUAUCCUACAAAAAAGUUAAUCACAACCUUGGUCUACGGUUUUGAAGUUUGAGUAAACUGACUUCCUUCCCAGGGUCACCUUUGAGCACAGUGAAGCAUUCAGGGCUUGUAUCACAUCAAUAGUUGGGUUCAAAAGCUUUUAGAUUUUGCCUAAUUAUGUUCCCAAUUAGCCGACUGAUCUUGUCCUCUAGGAAGACUUUCUAUCGUUUCAGCAGCUCAGAAGAGCAGCCGCCUUUUCGGCCAAAACAGCUUGAUUCUAAUAGGGGUUGGGAAGAUUGCACGCUAUAAUCAAACACAGUCAUUAUCGUGUUAAUUGCCUACUUCAUGUUGUAAAUUGACCUCGUCUUAUGCCAAAUAAGCCUUUUUGGAACAGUUAAAGGCACUUUUUUCUUCUUUAAAGGUAAUGAAGUAGGGUACACAAGACCACCCUAAAAGGGAUUUUUCUUAUUAUACACUCUUAAAACAAAAGCAUUUCCCAAAAAAUACUGAUCUUUUACUGUCUGUCAUGCUUGGAGGAAUGUAUUAAACCAGCAUAAAAUGGUUUUCUAGGCAACAAAAAAUCCUUUCAGAUAUCUCUAGUAGCAGAAAUAAUCGACCCUUCACAAUAAAAUGAUCUACACAGAUGAGUUCGUGAUAUUGAGAAUGUUUUCCUUGCAUCGGCUCAUUUUGUUAUGCUUUUGGCCGAUGCUUAACGCUUAUAUUACAUCUUUUUAUUUGCUAGAGUUCUUGUUGUUGUUUUUGGCUCAUCUUUGGUAGAGAAUCCCCAGAGAAAAGUCAUGCUUCCUGCCGGCAUGUCUUACUCUCUAGGAGCAAAUUGAGCAUUUGCCAAGACAUGAAAUUGUAUUUUUAGUUGGCCUUGUUGCAAAGAGUGAGUAUGCUGAGGAAGUCACGUAAAGUCAACCUACAAAUGGGCUUUACAGUAAAGAGGGUAGCAGUAAAAUGUCUGGUUCAAGUUUAAAUUUGAUUAAGGAAAUGUCGUCUAUGUCUUCUUCUUGUAAGAAUAAUGCCCUACUUUUCCUGUUUUCUCUACUCCCUCUUGACGUCCAUAAGUUUGACAGACUACACCGACUCCACCCAUUCAGUGAAGUCAUUUGUUUGACCAUCUCCUCUUUGUCUGGCAAUAAUGAGAAGGGGGGUUAGACAAAUGUUCUCCACCCACGGUCUGAGACGAAGGCGGGAGAGACUCAAACAGACACUGCUCUGACACUCUGCUGUCCUGAUUAAACCCCCCCCACCCCAGCCUAACUCUUUGCUCACAGUGUAAACAUCCCCCCUCCUCUCUCAUCCGUCCACUCCUUCAGGCAUUCUGCUGGACGUGGUGCCUCUUAAAAACACUCAAACAACAUACCAAGGUUGUUUUUGUGUCGUGACAGACAUGCUUUGUAUACAUGUAAAGAGGAGUUGUGUGUUGUCGUCAUGUGUCUGUGACCUGAGAGCCGAUUCGUCAAUGAGAAUAACAAAAAUGGGGUCAGAGGGGUGGUGAAAAGUAAUAAUUUGUCUCUAUAAAGCCGUAAAAGCCCUCGUGCGCAGGCUGUAAAACUAAAUUUGCUUACAUCAUUCUCACUCCUUGAAAGAGCAAAGCACUCGAGGUUUUCUGUCCCCCCGUUAAGGGUUGUUAAUUAAGAGAAGUCUGAAUUUAAGUAUUAAAGCUGCUUAAUCCCAAUAAAUAUGGAUGAGAGUUCUGUCCUGAGUGGUAUUUAACAACCUGCUGUGUCAUGGCCUUUUCUCUUCAAUGUUAGCUGUUUUAACGCUUUUUAUCCACCCUACUGACCGCUUACUAAUGAGUCAUUAACGUGGCAUGAUUUUAUAAUUUUCCCAACUCAUUUUGUCGCAGUUAAAGUUGUAGAAGUCCCAUUCCUGAAAAUACCCUGCAAAGCCGGUGUCACAGGAUGUUUUGCUUAAGCCGGGCUAUUCUUGGAACUGCAGCUAUACCUGAAAUCUGGAGUUGAACAUUUGAGCAGAAACCUUCCUUCUCCUUCAUGGUGUGUUUGGGUCUGUUUAAGGAAGUCCUUCCUGCUCUGGCUGAUAACUGGACUCGCUUUUGUAAAUACUAGAGAAAGGCGUAUCAGGGCACUUACAUGAGCACCAAACAGAAACAUUUCAGGCUAAAUGUUACAUCAGAGAGUAACAGAAAAACACAUUUUUUAAAAUCAUUUAUUCUCUGCUUGAAGUUUACUUUUAAGACCUUAUAUAAGUAGUAGUAGGAUUAAACAACUGUGACACCUCUUAAUUUCAAAUCCGUGCUUAGGUUGAUGACAGAUUUUGUCACAUGUCGUAGAAACAGCAUUUAGUGGCAGUGAAUCUGAGUGGAUACGGUACAAGUUUCUGACAACUUACCCAGGCUGUCUGCGACUGGCUGAUCCUGUUCACUCUGAAAUCUGUAACAACUCGCCAUAAAUAUAUACUAUAGAGGAAGACUAAUCCUCUACUUCUGGACCGUUUAUAGUAGCUUAAGGAUACGUUUUCAAACAUCAGGAAAGGAAAUAUUAGUCAGGGACUAUCUUCAGUGGUGCACUGCCUCGUAAACUCUAAUCUUUGGUGCUGAAUAAACCCAAAUUAAACUUGAACGCCUGUGUACAUUGAAUUGAUGAUAGUCUAAAACUAACCUAGACACAUUUUAAGCUUUCAAUAUUGUCUCCCAACACUGAUGCAUUUUGCUAUAAACACAACUAAAAGUGCAAAAUCAAGUGACUUACUUUUGUCAUGGUAACAACUUUUGACAGAUUUUCUUCACAUCAUGGUUAUCGAUGUUAAAUGGAUAGAUUUCACCAAGUCUACUUGGAUUUGUCUUGGAAAAUAAUGAAAACUUUUAUUUCGAGAUGUUUCCAAGUAACUGACCAGCUUAAAGGUAGGAAACCAGUCCAAAAUAUAGCACUAUUUAUUUGACACAGAUUUCUAUGAAUUGAAUACUAUGAAUAUGAAUUGAACUGUGUGAUGUUAGCUAAAGUUAGCACCACCAGCCUUCAGUCCUCUUUUCAGGACAACAUCCACAUGCAUGCUUAGACGGACAGGAUACUCAUUGCUUUGGCAGAGUUGUCGUCUGCCAGAUUUUAACCAGACACAAACAACUCUUUCUCCAUUUCUAGAACUAUUGCCAAAUUGAUGCCAUCUGUCAUCUUCAAUUUUUUUUUUUUUUGCAUAAAAAGCUGUUGAGCAAGAUGUCCUGGUCAGUGGUGGGUAGCUGCACAACAAGGAAGACACAACCUAAGACACAACUUACAUAUUAAUAGUUUAUUUAACUAACUAAUAAUUCUGAUGCUGACUAGUGGGAGUCAUGAUGUUCAAUGCAUCGGUCAAUAACUUAAUGAGCUGAGAGUUUUACUUUCUCACGAUAUUCAAUGUAAUCUUUUAAGUAGCAGGAUUAACGCAGAUUAUCAGGGCUGAUAUUUGGCCACUAACUAUCUGUAGCCUUUAUUUACAGAUCGCCAAUAACAUUAAUUGGUUAAAAAGUGUGCGAAUUUGGCGCCACUGCUAAAAUAUGUUUCCCUUUUUUCACCGCUUUAUACCACCUAAUGUCCCACCUGGAAUACCAUCUGAUUGGCUAGAAGUUUCACAACCAUACGAUGCAACUUUACUGUAAGUGUAAGUGUACUUGUUUACUCUUGUUUAUGUUAAAGGUAGCCAAGCAUAAUCUUUUGUUGAGGUUUGUAAUAUUGGGACUUUAACAUUUUGAUAAAAGCUUGUCAGUCUUAUAGUAAAUGUAUAUCAUUCUCAAAUAUCACUUAUCAGUCUUGUGAACUUCUAAUAACAUCAAUGUCAACCCUAAGUAAAAUGCUUACUUUUCUCAUCCUUUCAUCCUGACUGUCUUGUACAUGGACUAAAUGGGAACAGUAAUACUUUGUCUUUGCAAGUUGGUAGAAGGGAUGUCAAAUAACACAGGGUAAGCCAAAAUAAAUUGUGACAACACACUAAAUGAGUUAAAACAUUGGCGUGUCAUUUUUCUGUGAUUUGUUAAGACAAGGCUUUUUCAGCGUCUUUAACUCUAAGAUCUUGUCGCCCAGACUGUACCUCUGAGCCAGUGAGUUAUUCCGCCUCGGGCUACACUCACAGUAAUGAGUAAAAUCUGACAUUUUCAAUCAUGGAAUAAGUCUGUUAACAUCCUGCUAAACUGCGUCCUGUGCUCAGUGGUAUUGCCAGAGUUAAUAAAAGCCAAAGGUAAAAGAAUAUAUAAGGUAUAUUAUAGCAGCCUUCACAGCCAUAUGUAUUUUCCAUAUUACCCAGCCUGGCAGUGAUAGGGUCCUUCUUUGAGUUUCAAGCCUGAAAGUCCCUUCAUAACACGUACUGAGAAACUUUAUAUUUUAAAGCUCGUCUUUACAGAUAAUAUCUGUAUUAUGGAGCAGUCACAUGGUUAAGCAGUCUAUCAUUACAUGUUCCAUAAAUGGGGGGAAAUGAUCGCCAGUAAUUCGUUUGCCUAGAUUUUCCAUUCCCCCAAAGAUCCCACUCGGCUUCUCCUUCAGAAUUUAAGGCCACAGGACAUUCCAUGAAGUUCUGAACAUUUCCAGGAUUUGGUAUAAUGGCAGGAAAAGGGGGAAGCAGACCCUUUUCGUUCAUCCACAUACCCAAUGCAGAUCUGUCUCCUGUGCCCCUUUAUCACCUUUUCUUAGCACUUUGUUUCGAGGUUUCCUUCCUGCCAGGUUUUCCUUUCACAAGUGAGUGUAUCCUCCCCGGCAGCACAACAACAAUGCCCCGCUUCAUUUCAACUCUCCAACAUCUGAGACCACUGGAGCCAAUAGGCUGCCAGGCACAUGCUAAAGCUAUUAGGUGGUGGAUGACGGUGGUUAGCCACAGAGGCAUCACAAAAUAACCAUCUCACUGCGUACAUAAUGAACCCGGGGGAAGGAAUGGGGUAGUCUGUCUGUGUGUGAGUGUUGGGCACAUGUUGCCGUGUAGAAGUGCGGCAUCUUGCCUGCCCAAUCAUGUUGACUGUAAGUCAUAAAGAAAGGCCAUCAAAUGGAUUUAUGUGCCCUGUAUGCUCUGACACAAGGCUCUUUAAACUUAGGAAAUCCAUCACAAGUGAACAGCCAGUGGUACAGUUUUAAACGUACCCAUGAUGCAUUCUGAUCCAAUCCAUCAGGCCACAUUUGAAGAUGGUUGUAGACACAUUCGUUUACAUUCACAUGGCAUGGCAUGCACACAUUUGUAGGAUCCUUGGACCGCCACUUUCUCUAUAUCCAAGACAACCAUUAAAUCUGGUUCAAUACAUAACUUUCUCUGAUUUACUGUCUGUGAAUGAGAAGUUCCACCAGUUACAAUAACUUAAGUGAUUGCUGUUUGGCUGUUUCACUAGCCCCUUUUACACUCAUACUGUACUCUGUGAAAUUCCAGACUUUGUCAGGUUGUAAAACACCAGCAGUCCCACACAUUCAUCACGACAUCCAUGUUGGCAUCAUUAAAGUUGAGUGCACUUUUACUCUAAACUGCUUGUCUCAGUUGCCAGUAUAUUGUUGUAUAUUGUUUCCCCUUUGUUUGUACGUGUUGUGAUACUCAUACAGGCACAGUUUCUAUUAAAAUAGAGUCAUCUACCUCUGCAUGUAUUGCCCAGCUGCGCCACCCUCACUCUAACGGAAGUAAAUGGAUUUGUGAGAUAAUGUCUGCUAUUCUCCUGCAGUGAAGUGCGUGUGUAAAAGGCAAAUUCCUUGUCUAUUUCAGGGCUUUGGUGUCCUGAAAUUGUUCAUAAGAUGUCAAGAGUUCAUGUGUGGAAGAGGCUUCUGACUUCUCUCUCUCUGUCAUGUGGAUUGCCGUCAAAGUAGUUUGAAUAGCUGUCUCUUAAAUGCUAAUGACAGUGAUUAAAGCCACUUGUUAAUUCACUUGUCUGAACUGUUGCUGAUUGGCUUCAGUAAAGGCAUAUCCUUCAAGUUGUUUUGUGACUUUAAAGCUGUGUGGAAAGUAGCACCCAUAGUUUGUUUCUAAGUUGAUAUCACUGGAAUAGCAGCUGAAAUGAAGCGUUUCAUUCUGAGGCCCAAUGUUGCUGAAAUAAGGGUUUUCACAGAUGCCAGUAUUAGACGAAGAGUUUGUUGAGCUGUAAAUCAUGCAGAGGUGUCCCAGGCUGACACAAUGAAAGGCUGAAACAAAUCGCCUAACGUAGACAUCUUUUCUGUCUUUGGAAGAGACCAUGCACGUGCAGGGAUAACAUUCAAACCCCACUAAGAAAAGCUCGGGCAGGCCAGCAGAUCAGUACCCACAACCUUCUUGCUAUGCACCCCCCACAUAUUCAGAAAUCAAUUCAUAUCCCCCUCUGUUAGAGCUUCCUGUAAAUCUGGCUAAAUGCAGCUCAGUAUCUCUUAAGGCAGACAGAUCCCGGCUAUGGCUGAGGAGGCUUUUUAUUAUUAGACUCAGACACAUCCCAUUUGGUCUCUCAGUCAGCCUCAGACAGUUUGAUGGAGGACUCUCUGCAGAGCCGGAGAAUGACUUAAUUACAGUCAGUAUCUCGGGCUGAAUUGACUGGGAGUGCAUUCAUAAUGUAUGUCUUACUUAGCAUCAGCAUGCCCCAAUUACAGUGGACCAGAAAUCAUGACAGAAAUGUGAGGAUGAGUUUCUGGAGAUGUGAAGCCGAGCGAGCUCUAAUGAUGGACUGUUUUCUUCUGUAAUCUGCAGAUUCUUAUAUUACUUUUACAAAACAAAACAUCAUAAAUCAUAAAAGCAAAGUACUCCAACAACAUUGCUGUCUUUGCUUUUUGGAGCGAUGAUCAACAUUAUUCAGAAAUGCUUCUUAUUUUGUCAAACAGACGUUUAACAGUUGAUACGAAUUAGACAAAAAGUUUGAGAGGAAAUGUAUUUUCCUCUUUAGACCAAGAGAAUUCAACAUUAUUUGUCUGUGUUGAGCUUCAAUUUGUUUGCGAGUUGUUGUAAGUCUGAGCCAAAAACUUGCAUCUGCACCACCGAGGGGGAAAUCUGUUCUUGGUAGCUUUCCAGAGACGACCAAAAGAUUCUCUUUGCAAAAGAAAAUGUUUCUAUGGAGCAGCUGCACACUUCACACUUGGUGACUGCUCUUACUUUGAGUGUCGGUUCUCUAACUCUCAGUACUCUGAAGGAUGUGAAGGACACACAGGAUUUUCUAAAGUCUUCUCCUUUGAGGGUCUUUAUUGCCCAUGCAGCUGCUGGUCUGUGCGUCCCCGGCAUGUACACACUUCGGUACAGUAUCAUUUCCAUUGGGGUAAUGUGUCACACAGUAUGCCGCAGUAAGCUGGAUUCUGUGCCGCUUUGAUCAGGGUAGAGUCCCCCUCGCUAAUCCGCUUGAGCUCUGGAUGUUUGCCCAGGACACGUAUGUACACACACACACAUAAACACACACUCAAACACACACUCACAAUCUCUCUCUCGCAAAUUGUGAUUAAAAAACAGAUGUAAAAGCUGAGCCAAAAAGAUGAAAUGGUCUAAAUACGUGAGAUGGGAACAAACUGACAUAACACUUGGAUGCGGGACUCCACAUUUGUGUGCGCUUGUGUUUCCUGUGCCACUUUUUCGUCAUUACACUCACUUUGCUUUUACAGAGAAAUGCUUUUUCUCUUUCGAAGUUAAAGUCACUAUUUAAUGACAUCUUCCACACCUUCAUUUUUACAUCUGAACUCACACCUUGUGGGAAGGAGCCGUCCUGAUAUGUGCUUUAAAUUUUAAUUACAGCUGCAGGACACAGACAGGAUUAAAACAUGGAAAAGCUCUACUGUCAUUUUUUUUCCUCCAUGUCUUUCUAGGAUUCAUUCGAAAGCUCCUAAUAGCUUUAAGCUCAACUGCAAAUUCUGCUAAUAAACAGGUGUGAAAGGGUUUUUAUCAGGAUGCAGCUGAUGAGCGGAGAAAAGGCGUGAUGAAAAGAUGGAGGAGGAGGAGGGAGGAAAGAUGGAACAAGAGGAGAAAAGAGAGGAAGAGAGGCAUGGGAGGAGAAGAAAAGAGGGGUGCUACUUGAGUGUCUGUCAUGGCCCACCCUGCAUUACAUCACUGAGAUGCUUCAGCACUGAUGACAUCGUCAGGCUGGGAGAGAGGCCGGCCCCAGGGAUGAUGUCAUUAAUAACCAAUCAGAGAUCUCCUGGCCGGUACAGUCUGGCCAGCUUCUCAGACUGUAAUAGCAGGAUCUCUUUAAAAAAUGUCUCUCCCUCCUGUCAAGCCACAGAGCCUUUGUGUCUUGCGAGCUGUUUUUUUUCUUGAAGUUAUUUAUAGGCUUGUGCAAAAACAAAUAUUAUUCAGACCUGCUCCUGUCUCCGUCACAGAGCAAAGAUUAAACCGAAAAGAGUAAAUAUUAGAGGGUUAGCAUUCAGCUAACUGGAAGAAAUGCUUUGCGCGGAGUGGUUUCAUCUUGACAGUGUUUGGUGUGGCGAAGAAAGUCAAUUCCAGGUCAGGGAGGUCACACAAACAGGUCCCUUUCAAUUUGCUUUGGGGAUUGUAUUUUCAGACAUUUGCCCUUUUCAGCACUUGAACAUGAGUGCUCUGUGAGUUUGAUAAGCCAUUAAAACUUAUAUUAGUGACCUUAGUGCUUCGACAUGUGGGAAUGAGCAGAUAUGUGUUCACUACAGGUAUAAACUGUAGAAAUCUAAACUGUGACUUUUCACUGCAAACAGGAAAAUAAUGGACUCAGCCAUGCAAAGUGAAGCGUAAAAUGAAAAUGGAAAAUAUGCAACAAAAGAACUGAACAGAUAAAAAAACAUUGAAGUAGGAUGACCAUAUUCUGACUUCCCAAAAAGAGGACACGACUACACAAGGGCGGAGUCAUGAAGUCGCCUGAAGUUAAUUUAGAGAGUUUUUCAGGUUGGAUCGAGUGUCUUUUACGCGCUUCUAACUCAGUAAGUCCACAUGACACAAACUCAAUAGUCGCGUACAAAACCACUGACAUUUGAAAGAUCUUAGAAACUUCCCUGGACAUUCCGGACAGCCCCCAUAAAAGAGGACAUGUCUGGGUAAAAGAGGACAAAUGGUCACCCUAAUUUAAGACUCUCAAUAUCCAGUUUUCUGCAUACUUGUAAUUAAGGAGAAUGAACAUGUCCACAUAGUAUGCCGCCAGUCAGGGUCACAGUUGGCAGUAGACACUAGUUCAAACUGUGAUAUGAUAUUGCUGUUUUGUGCAGGGAUACUGAUGUGCUAGCUUUGCCAGUCUGGGAAAUCUUUACCCACAUCCUGUAAAAGUUCUCAACUUUUAUACCCCUUUCAUUAUGUGGCAGCUGUUGUAUGUUAUUAUAUUUCCCCAAAAAAAGGGAGCGACAUUGUGAAGAUAAUGUUUACACUUGCAGCUCCUAACUUGGCGUCACUGCUGUGCGCAACAGUUGGUUUGUUACAGGCUUCAAACUUAGCUUGAUGUGAUAUGAGACUACUCACAUAAGGCAGACUGUCAGAUGUUGCAUUAGUCCGAUUUCUUGGUCAGCCUUGCAAGUAAGAGCCUAUUCCCUCUUUCCCCCUCCUAAAAUAAGUAUGUUGUCUUUUGGCCGUUAAAUGUCCUACUUUGUUUACUAGCCAGCUUUUAAGGUUUUUUCUCCGCCUGUCAUGCUGCUAAGUUAUUACACGGACUGUUGUGAAAACAGCUGCAUGUGGAAAUAAACACUUGUGCCUGUGAGAAUGAUCCAGAACAGUUAAAUUGUGGGUCAAAAACCAAAACAAUCACCUGAAGGACUUAAAAUUGUUUUGUGCUAUUAGCGAAGGGAAAGUGCUGAGUCUGAUAUAACUACACUGUAGGUGUAGGUGACCCAUUUCACUUUACAUCCAGCCGUUUGAUCAAUUGUUAAUAUAAAAGUUUUGAUUAUAGAGGCUUUAAAGCAGUGACUUUAGAUGUCUCUUUAAUAAGGUACCUCUGUCUGUGUCAUCCACUCAUAGAUCUUUAUAAUCCAGGCGGUUAAACUACAGCACACAGCCUAAUAACACAAGGGGACAAUACGACGCCAGGUCACUGUUUGGUGCACAGAGAAAUAUCAAUCACUGGCACUAUUGUGCAGUUAAAAUUAUACCCACCACAAACUCCUCUACUAUCCAUACACCCUGUGACCUGAUCUCCACAUGGCUGCCCAUUAUGGCUCCAUUGUGGGGAAACUAUUAAACUUUGCAGGCGCUUACUUUUUCCCCCUCCUCUCUCAUGGGAAAGCGGCAACAUUUCUGUUGCUGUAACCACAAUAUAACAAAGCCAGUGCUGUUUCUUCUCUUACUUUCCUUCAGGUUUAUCACCUGAAUUCUUGUGAUUUAAUCCCCCUCUGAAAAUAUGAACAUAAACCUGUUUUGUGUGUGUGUUUUUAAAUGACCUCAAACUAUUAAAAUUCCUCUUUUACAUACAGCCUUGAGGGGAGAGAAUGCGCUCAGCCUGCACCGUUACACUUAAUGCACAUUUGGGCAUUAAAGCUUUCUCAUUCCUCGCUCUGGAAAGGUCUGUCCAAGUUGCAGCACAGUCACAAACCUCACAGCUCCGUCUUCAGCUCAAGGCCUUGAAGCUUGGAUAUACUCCACCCUCUGACCCACAUAUACACACAUCUAUAGGCACAUGAAAAACACACACACAGGUUUCACAGAUUAAGACCAGGACAGAGGCUCCAGUGUUCAGCAACCCCACUCGCAGAGGCCCAUUUCACAUCUCUCUACCACCUGUAUCACGUAUCGCCUCUCCAAAGCUGGACAGAGCUACUCGUCUUCAUCAGCUCUUGACACACAGAUGUGAGGUUCAGCAGAGCAUUGGAAAUAAUAAAUCCUUAUUUUACAUCUAAUUUCAUUCUGUGUGACAAAAGCUGAUUUGGUAAUAUUUGAUUUAGUCACACACUUGCAUUUUCAUUACAUUUCUGAGCUUUUAAGUAUGAAUACGUUUAGAGCGUAUGCUGGUUAUACUAUACUUGCAUACAGAGAGGAAUAGGAGAGAGGGAAGAUAUACAGUGAAAAAGGGAGAGGAAAUAGGGAACACAUGAUUGACUGGCUGGCAAAAAAAGUCUGGGACCAUAAGCUGCUUAUCGCUAUGAAGAGAGUCAAUUGCAGCGCAAUCACUUUUUAAUAAACUUGUGAGAGAGCACGCACAUUCAAAGACAUAUUUAAAUGGAAGCCAUGUGCGGGCUGAACGCGUAGUUAACCCGCUGCUGCACUAAAUUUUUGCUUUGAUUUUGCUGCAAUAUCUCCACUUCAUUUAAAUGUACAUCUGUUUAGAAAUCUGUCUUAUGCCAUUUAAUUAUCACCAGAUAGUUCAGCCAUGUUAGCUAUAUGUGCUUGAGUGUGUCUAUGUAUGUAUGUUGAAUUCACAAGAGCGUUUCUGCUGUCAGCACUUGUACUGAUUGUGUUGACGCAGAAAACUUGUCAGACAGAUAAGGAAAUAUCUUCUCAACAGUUUUGAAGAGCCCUGAGAAUUAUUUUUCUUCUGCAAUUCCUACUGCAACACCCGGGCAACAUCCUGCAGGCUGAUGGACUGUCUGCAGACAGUCGACUUUGUGAGCAGAGUGAAAUUAUGAUCACAUGGUCAGAGUUCAGCAGAGAGAUGAUGGUGUCCCAUGCAUGUUCGAAACCUAGAGGAUGGGUUUACCCCAUGGUCAGGUCUACAGUACCAUGAUUGCUGAAGUCUGCAGGAGGAAUGUAAUGCUCGAUUUCUGUUUAAGCUGCUAUUAAGAGGUGAUGAUUCAACUUUAGCCCGGAGGCUGUAUUUUGUGAGUGGUUGUUGGAGCAUGAAGAUACACUAAAUAUACUAAAGUAACUUUCUUGAGAGGAGAGACAAGAAGAAGCCCAUCCUAAGAGUAACCUUUUAUUACUUUCACUUUUUGUGAACCGACUGGAUUAAACAAUACAGCUGAGGUAGUGUGUGUGUGUGCGAGUUAGGGCUGGGCGAUAAACCAAAAAUUUACCGAUACCAAAAUUUACGACAAAAAACAAGGUCAUUUUGCCCAUAUUGAUAUAUCCGGUGUCAAAAUAAAUAAAUACAUAAAUAAAAGUUGGUUUUGGAUGUGUGUAAGUAGGCUGUGGUCUCAUGUUAAGACGCUGUCCUAUGUUAGAGAUGUGACUCCACCCCAUCCAGUCUGUAACAAAGAGGGAAAGACAGGUGAGGAGAUGGAGGACGGUUCAAAAGUUGUAGUGGCAGGUGAAGUAGAUGAAGUUAAUGUGGGAGGUGGUGAGCAGCUUGUGGAGUAGUUAUCAUCCAUUUAUCGUCAUCGAGGUGAACUGCUCAAUAUAUCGUGAUAUUGAUUUAAGGCUAUAUCGCCUAGCCUUACUGCGAGGGAUCACUCUGUUUUGAUUUAAUUCAAUAAAAACAUCAUAUCAACCUUCUCUAGAGCCCUUUUGGACUUAAAGAGCCCUUUGGUUCAUAUACAGUUUGUUCCCUCCUGUCUAAGGCCUUGCUUGUCUUGUUCUUACUGUAAGUUUAAGUCGAUGCAAAGAAAUCAUGCCUCAAGUGGUCAGCCAAGGUUUGCUUCCAACCUGUGGUUCCUUUCCAUAUGUCAUUCCCCACUCUCUCACCCUUCAGCCUGCUCUGCCCUCUGUCUUAUCCUCUUUAAAUAAAGGCAGAAAUGCCUGAAAAUAAACCUCAAAAUACUGCCCGCUAAAUGAAAUUAUGACAUUAGUUCAACAAGAAGAAGCUAUCCACAGAAAAUAGUAAAAAAAACUGUAGGAUUUUGAAACAGAGAUAUUAGCAAAAGAAAAAAAAUGUUGGUAUACAAGCUGAGUUACACACAGUUGGGAUGUGAUGUAUUUCAAUUCUCAGCAGUUUAAGUUUUCCCACCUUGUUUUAUCCAGGGAGAAAGUUCAGGCUUGAGACCGCAGCGUUUGACCUGCAGUCAAUCUGAGUCCUGGUUUAAAGUUUAUCUUCUGCUGUAAAAAAGAAAAAAAAGGCUGCAUACUCCUCCUCUGUGGCUACUGGGUGGAUGUCCUCCACCCAUUUCCAGCUGUCCUCGGUCUACCUUCCUCCCUCCCUCCCCCUCCCUUAGGACACCGGUCCUCACUGUUGGCCUAGAGACGGUUGUCACAGGAGACCAGCGCUGUUCAGAGCCGAUGGCUAGUUUGACUUACACCUACUCUGGCUUUGGGUUAAUGAAGUGUACACACUGCUGGGGCUUAGUGGCAAACACAUGUGCAUUUGUGUGCACACAGACAUAAUUGCACACAGACACACUAACAAACACACCAGCUCAUUAAGCAGCACUUAGUGUCUCGGUUAAUAAAUGACGGGGGAAAUAUUCUCAAGCUUAUUUCCUUGUGCAAGAAAGAAGAGACACACACACAAAGUUUCUUUCGAUUUUCUCUUUCACACUCACUCUCUCACACUAUAUUAACCUUCUGAUCAUUGCGCAACACGCCUGGAGCAUGUUCAACAGCACCCCCUGGUGCGGCUUAAAUGCAAUGCAUCUUAAAAGGAGCAACAACUCGUUUAGUGGAGUGGAGGCAGUGGGAGGUGAUGUGCUUGGGAUUGAUCGGGUGCUGAUGUGUGUCAGAGAGGGGUAGCAGUCAGAGACAUGGUGUUUGUGCUGAUGAGUGCAGACAGCCAAUAAACAGAGCUGUUUGUUUGAGUUGUCCUCAGGCUGUCUAAGAGGGGAGUACCAGAGCUAACAGACCUCUCCUUUCAGCUCUUCUUUGCUUGUUUGUUUAAGUUUUUUUUCGGGAUGGCUGAAGGACACAGGGAAGAAAGAAAGCAAAAUUACUGAUUCAGAGAAAAGUUUUCUGUGAUUUCAACUGGAAUUUAAACACUAACUUCAUUCACAGACACUUUCAAGCUGUAGUCCAUGCAGUUGGAAAGGUAUUAACUUUUCACUUGAGUUAAAGAUCUACAAGUCGAACCCACUCUCAGGAUAAGCAAUUCCACUCGGAGGUAAAGCAGCAGUAAAAUCAAUUGGCCACACUUCAUUGAGUGCAGCUACAGUAAAGAGCCUUACUUAAACUUGCCUGGAGCCUCCUGUGUGAUUGUUAUGUAUACUGUUUAACCUUUUAUUUUGCAAUGUUAAGCAGCCAAAUGAUCUGCUGCUCUAUAACUGUUUUGAUAUCACAUCCGCUCACCCCAAACACCGCUGCUAUUCCCAGCACUGACACCCACACUCACACAGCACACCACAUGUCUGUAACUCAUAUCUUUUGGCCGUCUGCCUGUCAGGUUGGCAGCCCCGUCUGUUUAUAAGGUUUCACCCAAGCAGAGAGUCUGGACAGGCCUGUGGAUGCGUCCACACACACACCAUCCCACUGUACUUUCCACUGAUACACUUAAUUGUAAGGAGCAUCGCAAUCAGUGAGCGAGCCGCAGAGCUCCGGGUGUCUGCAAGUCUGAGCUGAGACAGAUGUUGUGGUGGUCUAAGCUAACAGGGUGGAGACCAGUGGUCAUUAACAGUGGCAUGGCAGCUGGGAGAUACCUCAUUAUGGGAGAAUUGAUAGAGGGAGCAGGCUGAUAGUGAGGAAGAAGAAAAUAAGGAAAUUGUUGUAAAAGAAGAAAAUGGGUGAUGGGGGUAGACAGGUUACCACCAGCCAGUCCAGAUCUGCUUGAGGUUUCUGCCUGAUAAUUGGAGGAUUUGUCCUGACGUGUGUGCUUGUUGAUGGAUUAUUACUGCGUCUCACAAAAAGUUAGAAAAAAUUAAGCGUAGCAUUCCCUCAUCAUUUAAAAAUGAAUGAUUUAAUUAAGCUCGAAUUCUUAAAAAGAGCAACAACAGCCUCAUGCUCUCCAGACAUUGUGAUGCUUUGACCUCAAACUCAUUAUCACCCCGAUGAAUCAAAACAAAGCAGCACUGAUCCACAGCCUACUGGAGGGAAGGACUUCAGGGUAAAGGUCCUCCAUUCAUAAUAGUGUGUUUGAAUGCUUGGAUUCAUUCGUGGACCAUUUUCCUUGGCGGUUAGCCUGAAGCUAUCAGUGAAAUCCCUCCAAUCUGAGACAAGGCUCCCACUUUCUUCUCCUAUUUUGAAGAAUCACUUUCUCACCUUUCUUAUCCAAUUAUAUGUGAAAUUCAAAAGUGUUGGCAUGCCUGGUAAUUAAUUCUAUGACUCAUGCAUGUAAAGCCUGAAACAAAGUCUGAUGUGAGUGCUAGCAUAUGACUUUAUGAUCGUGUGUAAACUUAACGUGUAAAAUGUGGCCCUGUUGCAUUUUGGCGGCACCUUACGGCUCAGGUGUCAGUUGUACGGAGAGUUUAUCAUUUAGAUCGGCAACUAGUGACAAGUCAGUGUUGAAAACAGCUUCUAUUUUUGCUUUGGUUAUGAGCAGGUCACCUCAUCUGCCUUCUACUGUAGCCUGGCAGGGUUGUUGUGCAGUGCUGGUUAUGUGCAGGAGACAGUAGUGUGAUAGUGUGAUAAGUAAAGGGCAUUAAAUCAGCUGGUGGUCAGCCUGAUACAGGAAGUAUGACUGGUGGGAAAACAAAGGUUCUUUGGCAGGGAGAUGCAGGGGAGUGGGAAAAUAUGUCCAUAGUUUGUAGACUUUUUUUUUUUUUACAAGUCCUCGUUUUGUUCGAGAUAUUGAAAUGAAUCUGGACAUAAUGCCCAACAAUAUACAGAUUUAGUGAUUGUCAUUUGAGUGUUAAAUAGCAGGUAUUAUGACUUUUAAUCUUGAUGUAAAGUGAGAGCAUGCAAGCACCGGAUGAACUGAAAAUUAAAACCCAAUUUUUUCAAGAACAUCUUUUCAAGUAAAUACAAAAGGAAAAUCCAGGGUUGCGAAAGGAUUCACCAUAAAAUAAUAAUGAGCCAACUUCUUUUUGAUCUGUAGCAUCCAAAGAGGCACACCGCUAACCUUGACUAUCAUCAUGUAAUAUGUCAUUAUUUUUUAGCCUGCUGACAGUAUUUCAAAAUCAUUUUAGUCACAUAUAGUCCAUAAUGGAUAAGGAGCACAGCUGCAGUGGAAUAAAAGCUGACUCCUUUUUCUUAAGUAAGAUCCUUUGAGUUCAGCAGGUUCACUUCCACAUGAGCAGAUCAUCUGAUAUUCAGACUUUGAUAACUUUUUCAUAAUAAAAAUACUGUCAUACACUCAGCAGUGGUUGUUAUGUGUCCACAUUAUGCGUGGCUUCCAGUGAGCCCUGCUUUUAUUGCACACAACAGGGCUUUGUAUCUAACUGCGUGCUUAUGGGACAGUAAUAGUAGAGGAGAGUGGGAGUGCGCUCAGGGAUACAUUCCUCCAUAAAUAAGUGACAAACCCGAGUGUGACUGCACACAGCAGGAGGCCCUGCUCCUCGUAAGACCCUGGGUGUUCGUGGGCAACUGUUUCGUGUCUUUCAGCUGAGAGGACCAUCAUUUACUCAACAACGCUGGCAGCUGUGAAAGAGAGAGCGACAUUCUUGAGCUAUCGGGGCAAGACACAAUUCAGUGGCAGAUCCCCUUGUGACACUGAAAGAAAGAGGUCAGUUUUUGGCCUGGAAUGCUGACAGUAAAGUGCAGCGAGGCAGGUGGUUAAAACCACAGGAUGUAAUUGUUGGUUUGGAGGAGCUGCUUUGAUUAUGAGUUUCGGUUUGCAAAGGCUGACCCGACGGUUGGCGGUGAUGAUGUGGGUCAUCGUCAGGAAUUUUGACACUGACACUAACUACUAACUACUGGGUCAAGGUGGAAAGUAAAGGCUUUCGAUGGUAUUUCUUCAGGUUUCAAGUUUGUGGAUUACUGACAUUUGUCAAAAAAGAAAGAUGCUGAAGUUAAUUUGGCUCAAUACCAGGGUUGACAUAAGACAAAACAGGUUUGACAUUUGUUGAAUGUCAUUUCCAUUUAAGUAUUUUCAUAAAAAGGAGAAUUUAUUCAAUCACAAGGUUCAAACUUUUAAUUUUAAGUCAAAACAUAAUAAAGAUAAACUUAAAAAGUGGCUCAUCUGCCUCCAGCAAUUAUGAAGAGAAAGAUCCAUCAGACAGGGAUAAGAUAGCUUUUUUCUAUAAUGCUAAAGCUGUUGCUCUCACCAUCUGCUCAUACAGCCGAUGAGCUGAACACAACAUGUUCAGUCCUGUUCUCAGGGGGUUAUAUAGUUCUGGGAGAUAAAGGAAACCACUUUCAUGCAGGAGCAGAUAACAUAGUUUGUGCAACAAAAAAUACAACAUUACUUUACGAGAAAAUUUUAGUUUAAAUAACCAUUGCAGCCAAGCUAGUAUAGGCUUACUCAAUUUAAUCAAGCAACCUUUAAUUUAAAAGCACCAGUUAAUAAAUGUUACUUAACAGAGACUUAACAUUAAUCCACCAUCAGCACAGCACUUACUUUGCAGCAUUCACCGAGCAAUAGUGAGGCUUUAACAGGCAGAGACCUGGAGAAGAACAGGACUCAUGUUGAACAGCCAUCUGCUGCAACUGUGAUGGGUUUCCAGGCAGAGAGAGAGACAAACAAACAAACAGGGACACAACAAUAGAUGAAACAGACUUUUGGCUACAGUGACGGUAAUGAUACUGAGAGUGUAUGCUAUUCGCUACAUCGGCAAAGUGAGAAUUAACCGAUUGGUCUACUAUUAACAUGAAUGAAUGUUAUGAGGAUAAUGUGCGGGGAAUUAUUAUAACCCUGUUUACCUUUUGACAAUAAGGACGAUAUAUGCUUAGUAGGGGUGUCCCGAUAUGAGAUUGAUAUCGGUCCAAUAUGAGCAAAAAGAAAAACAGAUUUUGGAUUAUAUCGGCCUGUAUCUAAAAUCUCCGAUAUCAGCACUCCGAUACAAGCAGUCCAUUCCAGACUCCACUCCGGCACCUCUAUCUAGCAGCACCCAGAUCCAGCAUGCAGAGCCCACAAAAUCAUAACAACGGUGUGUACUGAGGUACUAACAAAGUAGCAAGGAGUGGGAGUGACGUCUGCCUUCUGGUUUUUUUUGUUUAAGUCUGAAAAAGACAUUGCAGCUGAGUGAAAAACUUGUCAAGCUCAAUUUUGUGUCAAUAUCGGUAUUGAAGGUACUGAAGGCUACAAUAUCGGUAUUGUAUCGGAAGUCGAAAAGUUGUAUCGGGACACCUCUAAUGGUUAGUAACCCAGUGUGGCAGAACUAGUCCAAGUCUAUGCCAACCCAAAAAGGAAAGUUUUGAGCCUACCCUGAAAAGUUUCUACCUUCCAAACCCUGAUGAGAAGAUGAUUGAUGCCAAAUAACUAAAGGCUCUACCUCCCAUACUACUUUUAGAGACCACAAGAUAAAAUAUGAUGAUGCCUGACCAAAUAAGGAUUUUAGAUUAUUUCAUAUAUUUUAUGGAAAGCACGUGUGCAGAGAGGCUGUUGUACAGGAGAGAUAUGAUCUCCCGUUUCUUGUUUUAGUCAGAGUAUAAUUGAGAAAACCUGACCCUGCCCAUUGACCAGUUUACUGUCUGCCUAUUGCGGCUAAGUGCCUGAGCAUGUGAGCGUGUGAAAGCAGACAGAAAGUGGGUGGGAGCAGACUUGUCUCCAUAUGUUAGACAUUAUCUGUCAGCUGCUGCAUUGUGUUUGUUCAUGCGCACACCACCACCACUUUCAAUUACAUGGCCCACAAACUAGGCCAUUGAUCCCCUCACGUUUUCCUGCUAAGGGUUGUCAAUUUGUGCCUUUUCCUCGCACAUUUGGAUCAGGUCACUUACAUCAGCAGCUGCAAAGAAAGAAAAAAAACAAAAGAUCUAAAGCAGACCAUGAGCUCACCCCCUUUUGUGCCUUUUUAUAAACAGGCAUAUUUCCGUUACAGAUGUGUACUCACUGACAUGUUUGCACAGUACAUGAAGCCGGCAAGUGUGUUUGCACACUGUCAGGCAAAUAGGACAGUGUUGCUUCUCAUAAAACCCAAGAGAAGAAGUGAACACAAAGGCUGUGGUGUCUCCUGUGGGGUUCCUAAUUGGAAGCAACACUGUGCCUGCAGGAAGGGUGCUUGUCUUGAGUGUGUGUUGUGUUGAUCAGAUAACUCGAUCACAUAUUAGCGUGCGCUCAGAGCAGUUUGGAUGUGGCUCAGAAGUAGGUUAUGACACAUUUGGAUGCAUGCUUGCGUGUUGUGGGCCUCUCCGCGGGGACAGAGUUAAACAAGAGACAGAUUGCAGAAAAGUCCUGAUGGAGAACAGGACUGUGUGGUGGGUGUUUGCACGCCUGCAGUUUGAUUGACACCUGUUAGUCUCAGAGUGUGGUUUUAAGAGAAGAGUUGCUCAUUUUACAAUUCCCUAUAUGCUCUCUCUCUUCCUCGCACACAUUGACAUUCAAUGUGGGACCCCUCCAUGCUAACAGCAGAGCUUUUAGCCCGAGGGUGAGGGGCUAGUCACUCUGUGUCCUGGAAUGCAGUUGACUUUCUAAAUCCCCACCAGUCUAUCCUGGGGCUGCGGGGCAGGGCCUAUCUCAAGCCCCUUUUUUUUUCCAUGUGAGCUACGUCUGGAAUCUCUAAGCAAGCCGAUUCCCCAGGCCUCAGUCUUUCGCCGUCACUGUUUGUGUGUGUGUGUGUUUCCCAGAGUGCAAUGGAAGAAGAAAUAGCAGAUGAAGACAAAGAUUGCUCACCCGAGGAAGGUAAUGAGCUUUCUGACAUGCCACAAGCAAAUGUAUUCAGAUCUUUCGGAGGUUUGUCUAUGUUCUGUCUGCUGAGUGUAAUUUGGUUAGCGGUGGGGAAACUGUUUGGAAGUUAAAAAUAGGUCUGGAAGUACAUGAGACUACUGCGGCGCUGAACUUGAACAGGGUGGGGGUUUGGGCUCACGGUGCUGGUGACGGUGCUCAAUCAUGACGCACAAGCAGUUAGUGAAAUUAUGUUGUUUUGUAAUUAGAUCUGAAAAAAAAAUAGACUAAAACGGUGUGAGGAACCUGGAGAAAAGGAGCUAUCUGGGAGGGAUGAGUGAGAGCUUCUAGACGUGUCUUCUCUCUGUCCAAAGUUGUUGCACUAGUUAAAUAUGAGCUACCUCAAUCUCAGUCCUAACAUGUCUUUGAGGGGGGAAAACAUGAAAUUCCUUUUUCAUCUAUAGCUCAUAACGAGCUCUCAAGCUUUCAAAGAAAAGCGGGAGCCAUAUGAAGCCACUCACCGAAUAAGAGAAAAUCACUUGAAAUAUCCUCAUUGAACUGUUGAGGGGCUGAACUCCCUAAGAGGCUCUUUAUUUUCAGCCACUACCCUCUAAAAGGUGCACAUUAUAGCUCUACCUGCCUGUCUGAAAACAAGGCAGCAGAUCAGCCCUCUUUAUUGCUUCUUUACCCUCCGUUUUUAUACACGAGCAGCUCUCUUCCUUUGCUUCUGCACAGUCUCACCUUUCUGUCUUUCUUUUCCUCUCUCUUCUCCCAAAAUCUCCCUGUUUCACUUUCAGAUUGACAGAUUGUAAAUGUAUUCCCCAGGCCCUGAUUGAUUUAAGAUGAACUAGCAAAGAUGUUCAUCUGCUUGAGAAGUCUGUGUUUAUUUUAUCCCCCAAAUCAGCUCCAACAUCUUUCUCUUUUUGUGGUUUAAAGUAUUUUAUGUGAUUAUAAAGUCUCAGACAGUACCCAGCUGUUUCACACGGUCAUCAAAAAUAGAAAACGACAUUUCUUCCCGAUGUUUGAAUAAAUUAAUUAUUUUUGCAAGGCUCUGGAUGCUUAAACAGAUGCUCUGGAUAUCAUUUCCAAGUUUCCUCUUUUGAAUUAAUGGAUAUCUUUGGCUUUUCUUUAAAAACACAAAGCAAAAGCAGCUGUUUCAGUUCACUAUUUCCAUUGCCAGUGUUGUGCCUGUCACAUUAAAUCGCGGCUGUAUUGUAAAAAUGUAAAACAGUAUAAAUAUGAAAUGAUCUGGAGCUGUUGUAAAUCAGACAAUGUUUAUUUCUGCGAGCUCUUGGAGAGAAUUUAACAUCCUUUUGCAUAUGAAGUCAGGCUGUUUUCUCUUUUCUCUGCUCCGUCGCGUUGAGUAUGUGAGAGUAUUUUUUUCUAUUUCGGUAAAGUAUCAGGUCUCAGAUGGUUGAAUUCACCCUGACAUGCCCUCUGCAUGAACCACGGAAGAAUAACAUACACACACGCACUUGUUGUUGAUGUCAAAAUAAUCAGCGCUGCACAUGUUGACCCCUUGUCUUUGUGUCCCCUCUGUCCCCUCAGAACAAACAAAAAGCAACCUGAAGGUAACCUCCCCGGAGGACGCUGAGCACGUAGGCCGCAGGCAAGCAUCCCCAAAUGGGACGCCUCCUUCAAGGGGGGACACCAAAGGCAGCCGCACUGUCCCUCGAAGACACACGUUAGGGGGGGCCCGCGGCUCCCGAGAGAUCCUGGCUAUGCAACCGUCAGACAUGGACAAGAAGAGGGAGGCCUUUCUGGAGCAUCUGAAGCAGAAAUAUCCACAUCAUGCCUCAGCAAUCAUGGGCCAUCAGGAGAGGCUGCGAGAGCAGGUCAGUGGGUUUACAGAACCAUGAGUGUGCAGUCAUGUUUUUCAUUCAGCCUCCUGUUAUUAGGAUGAUUAAAUGUGUUAACCUUUGAUUUGUUUUGUUUCAAAUGUUAUCAUUGUAAAAACUUGAAAGCCUAACUAAUGAACAUUAUGAAUAAGCAGAAGAAUAAAAGCCCUGGUUCAGCUUCUGUAGGCUUUUUUCAAACCUCUCUACACUACCUGUCAAAUAGUGCGGGGGUGAAGGACAGAGUUAGCAGCUUACAAGUAAAUAGUUCAUCAGGAAUAGAAAUUAAAAAGUAUGCUCAUAGGGCUGGGCGAUAAACUGAAAAUUAACCAAUACCAACAUUUACGGCAAUAACCAAUGUCAUUUUACCCAUGUCAAUAUAUUCUGUGUCAAAAAAAUAGAUAAAUAAAAGUUGGUUUUGUAUGUGUGUAGGUAGGCUAUAGUCUUAUGUCCCUUUAAGACAGUCUUAUGUUAGAGACGUGACUCCGCCCCAAAGACAGGUGAGGGGAUAGAGGACAGUUUAAAAGUUGUAGUGGCUGGAGCAGCGGCUGAAACAGGCAAAGUUAAUGUGGAAGGGUGUGAGCAGCUUGUGGAGUAGUUAUUCACCAUUUAUUGUUAUCGAGAUGAACUGCUCAAUAUAUCGUGAUAUCGAUUUGAGGCCAUAUCGCCCAGCCAUAUAUGCUUAUGUCAUCCAUAUCAAGCAUAUGAGGUGAUAGUACAACAGAUGUUUUGUUGGAGCCAGCCACUUAGCUUAGCUUGCUAGCCUACCAAGACUUAAAUCUGGCUUUGGCAUAUUGUUUUGAUUUACUUCAUUACUUUUGGGGAAGUAAAGUGCUUAUUAAGAAGUUUUUAGUGCUCUGAUACAUGGAUUAUGCUAACCUGAGCUUAAGUUCACCAUGUUUUCUAUCCACAUAAAUCAAUGUCUUUUGACACGCAGGAUACUGAAACCGUCAUUUCAUAGGCCCUAGAGCUAAAUUAGAUCAGAAUAUUUUGGCAUCUGAGUCAACUGUGCUUCUGUUUGGUUACCGCUUAAAUGCUCGCUUUUACCAUACAUGACUUCAAGACAUGACUUUAUACCUGUGCAAGUUUCAUUGAAAAGCAGCGAUACAUAAUGGUGUCAGUCUCUCUCAUCCAGAGCAGAGUAUUUUCCAAAACAAAUUGAACUAUAUGCUUCAGCGUAGGAACAGAGAUAAAACAUAGUUAACAGCAGCUGAUAAAUAUUAACAUUAAUAUUAACAGAAUAAAAAGUGAACUGCUGAGUGCUGUAGUGUCCACUCUGAGUCUGAGGUAUUUUUAUUGUCCCUUGCAGACUGAAGCAACAGUGUAACUCCAAAGCAAUUUCCUCUUUUUUUCUUUUUGUUUGCCGCAGGUUAAAUGUGAAGUCUAUCCUAUAAAUCUGCCUGUCAAGUUUUUCCCUCCCACAGUGGCUGAGAAACACUGAGGUUUUUGUGAGUAGGUAGAGGAAAACAUGUGAACCACAAACUGCUUUAAAUUGUCUAUACUGUCUGAGUCCUGUUUUGAUCGCCAUAAUUGCACUUGCUUAUAGUUUCAGACUAGUUUGUGUACAGAAGUUGUCUCGGAGUUGUUUGCGAGUCUGCACCGCCUCAGCUUUUUGAAGACGGGGGAGGGCGACCCUCGAGAGAGGUCACUAGGUGGACGUUUGGCUCACCUGGUCAUUGUCUGUUUGUUGGCUCCAGGUCAGAGGAGACAAAAGGGAGGGGCAAGCUUGGUUUUGUAGCCAAAACAAUUGAAGUAAUGGUGAGACUGGCACCGGGCCACAGGGGAGCUCCAGGCAUUGUGCAAGAGGGAUUUUGUGUGCUUUUUUUUUUUCAGACCAGCCCACACAGCUCUACCUGCAUGCAAAGUUAACCCUUUUCAUGAAGUUCUGUCUCAAUCUAGCUCUCUGAUCAUAAACUUGAUGAAUUUGCAUAGACAAUAUCAGGCAGCAGAUGAGUUGGUGUCAUGUUCUGACAACCCUGUCUCCUUGAAGGGGAUGAUCUCAGCGGGUUUUGCAUUAUUUGGUUCAACAGGUGCUCAGCAGUUGGAGAAAAACAGCGUGCAAGUUCUGUUAGUUUUCCACUGCUGACAAGAAGGGAGGAAAGAGUUUGUUGUGAAAUGUAGGCAGUCAGACAGGUAAGAUCGGCUCCGGAUUUUGGGGUGGAGUCAGCGUUGUUAUAGCGACCCAUGAUGUCACCGCUGGAGGGGUUCAGUUUACGUGUAGGUGCCUGCUGAAGCGGACAGGCUGAGAGCUGUGGGAGUGCAGGGAAGCCGCUCUGCGGAAGAACAGGCGAUGGAUCCGAAGAGCGUCUGGAAGCAUGGCUUUCUUUACAAGAAGUCUGCGGAGGAAUAAAAACUAACUUCUCAAGAAGAAGAGACGGAAUUACUUGUCAUAUCGGUGGAGAAAUAUAAGAGGUAGGAAACUAUCGAAAAUGUUGUGGUUCUUUUCGAUAGUCGGUGCUCUUCUAGACUUUAGAAAACCGCCUUAAAACGACUUUUUUUUAUGCGGGGACGCUUUUUUUCCGCUGUAAGGAAAAGUCUAAAGCUGUUCGUGCUGCAGAAGGCGCGAGUGCACGGCAGCAGGUUGCAAGGUGCUGCAAAGUUAGAGGAAGGAAAAUGGAAGAAAAAAACUACAUGAGCGCGACUGUUUCUUCAGUUCACUGAGUUUUAGCCUUGCGAUAGUAAUGCAAAAUCACCUGCAGACUAACAGUCUCAAAAGACCAAAUUAUGAAAUGGAUCUCUUAUUGCAGAGAAAAAAAAUAUCAUGAGCAAAAGUUGAUAAACGCAUACCAAGCUUGCGCGAAGAUGGUGUUAUGAGCGGAUGGAGAAUGCUGGCUGAAGAAUAGUUUUCUAAUAGCUGCUGCUGUUUAUGCACGUUUUCGCAACGUCAUUACGUCCGAAUGACCAUAUUUUAAGCAAAUUUCUGAGAUUUUACGUGUCUGUGUCGUUUAAGUUGAGUGUUUCUGAUAAGAAGUGAUUAAUCUGUAAAAUUGAAUCUGGUGUAAAGGCAGAGGUUGAACUCAGAUUCGUCAAUUUUCGGUCUGAUCUUUCAUUUUGUCUUCCUCCUGGCAUGCAUAAAUAAGAAAGUUGUCUCCUUUUGGGUUAAAUGGUGCCGUCUCUCUUGAAUAAUGGUUUCAGGGUUGCUGUUGUUGUUUCAUAAUUUGAAAAAAAGUGUGUUUUAUACUUAAGUCUAGGGCCCGACUGAUAUAGAUUUUUUGGGGCCAAUGCCGAUACCGAUGUUUAGGGGGAAGAAAAAUCAGAUUACUGAUUAAUCAGACGAUUUUUGAAUUUUUUUUACAAAGUUCUAAUAAAUAUCUAUAUCUUUAAUACACUAUAUACUGUAGAUAUACUGUAGGCUACUGCUCUUCACGCUGACAGGAAGACCGACUGAUCAAACUCGGACCAGAAAAGCAUUUUUAACUGCGCCAUCUACAGGAUAAGUCGGGGAACUUUUCAAAUGGCGGAACGUUUUUGAAGUGAAACUGAAUCUUAUUCUCUGCAUUUUAUUUCUGAAAAUAAUCGGCGAAAAUCGGCGAGUUUUGGCUCAAACGGGCUAAAAUUGGCCAUUUCAAUCGGCUCGCCGAAAAAAAGGUUAGGCCCUACUUAAGUUUUAUACUUUUGCAAAGUAGGUGAUAAGAAGCUGCAGGAGGAAGACUAUUUUUCCAGUGUAUGAGCUUGUAGAGAAAAUAAUGUUUAGGGUUAUCUCAGGGUCACAGAGUUAUCACUUUGGACCUUCCCAUCCCUAUUACCCAGAAUUAUCUGACACAGCUUUUUAAUAAUUGAGUUACAGUUUAAAAACAUGAAGCUGUCUUAUUCCAAAAGUCUGUGGAGUUCAUUUCUUGGCUGCUCAUAUGCUAGAAUAAGCCAAGGCAGAUUUGAUCUAUUGGUGCUGAUUGUCAGUUUGCUAAGACAUGACACUUUCAAAUUGAUUUUGGAGUGAAACCCUGUCAUAUGUUAUUCAGAUUUGUGGAGUGAGAUCUGAGUGGUGCCGGCUGCUCUUGAAUAUAUCAUGUCAGUGAAAAAGAUUGAAGAUAGUGUCAAGGAACAGACGGGUCUGGGCUUGAAUUUUCAGGCAAACAAAUGAAGCUGUUGUAACUUCAAAAAAAGAUGAUUGAAGGUUUAAUGUGUCAUAAUCUAAUAUGGGAUGUCAUAUUAGAUAAUUCACUGCUAAUUUAAGCAGCAGAGAUUGGAAGCCAAACAAAUCAAAAAUGACAAGUUUAGUGAAGCAUUUGUCAUUUCAGUGUCCUGUGGAGAUAUAAUUAUGAUGGUGUGAGGAUAAACAGCCAGAAAACUAGUCGAGCGGAUGUGAAAUCUGCGGUAGAUCAUGUGGGAAAAACUUUCACACACUAGUGGAGUGCUGACCUUACUGGAAAGACAACAUCAGUGGCAACAGUGCGUGCUUCAGAGGUGACAAAGAAUCGUCUCGGGAGGUUUGAGUUACACAGGUGCAGAUUAAUCAAGGUCAGGCAGAGGUUAGGAAGAUGAUACCUCUUUGGUUUGAAGACUGUGAUAGGAUGACCCUGCUCCACCCACACACACACACACACACUGACUCAUGCACACACACACACGCACACAGACUUAUUCUUCUGUAAGGUACCCCUCGAUUCUUCCUUCUGUGAUCCUUAAAUCCCCGACAAAAGCGAGAGGUUUAAUUUCCUCCUCUCCUCAUCAGGCCUAGCAAAGACCUGAAUCCCACCCAAGGGAGAUGAGAUAACAUCCCUUUGGUCUGACUGCCACCCAUCCUCUCACUCCUCUUUCUCGGCCCAGGGGGCCUUUCACCAGAACAAACUGAACCGCUUGACCGAUCACAGAAACACACAUACACUCACCGACCAAGUUCCCUCCUUCCCCUUGUGUGUUAGUGUCUGUGUGUGAUGAGCUGUGACCUGCAAGGCCAACGGUUUCCCUGCAGGGAGGACGAGCAGCCAUGUUAGGACAGCUGUCUGCAGCUGUGGACAGCAGACAGACAGAUUGACAGACGGACAGACAGACAGGCUGCAGAGUGCAUAGAUCAUGGUACUUUGUCAGUGGGAAAAAAACAAAACAAGAAAAACCCAAACUGUUUUCUGUCGCUUUUAGGUGCACACAGUCUUGUUCAGUCUUGUCUUUUAUUUGCUCCAUAAAUUUCCAUUUUGAAACCAGUUUUUGGUUUCUUGUCAUUAAAGCAUGACAGAUGUGUGCUGCUUGUGUUUUAUAGAGUUGCAAUGACAAAACAGUCAGCUAGACUUCAAGUUAUCCCGCACUAUAUGUGGAAAUUAUGCAAUGUGCAAUAACCUUUGAUAAUGUUGCAAGAAGUACAUUAUGCAGUGUGAACUAUCAAAUAUUGUGAACUAUCGCAACACUUGAUCAAUGUGCGGUACCUUCAGUUUGUGUAGAUUUUGGUGCCCCCUGUGGACAAAGCACUUACUGUUUUCUCUUUGCUGAACUUGUCGCUUCAAUUAAUAAAUACAGUUUUGCAAAAGAUUAAAAUAGAAUAAAAAACAAACGCUGUCUGAGCAGCGUGCUGUUAAUCACUUGGCCUAGCACUUUCCCAGUGUUAUUGGACCACAUAAGACAGUUACAGUUACAGGCUCAUAGAGAGUUUGAUUGACAUGUUUUUCUUUGAAUUCACACAUAAUCAUCAUGUUGUUAACUGUCUUGUACUACAUCUUGUAUUGAUUUUCACUGGCAACAAAUCAUAGCAGCUUUUCUAUCAUGCUAAGUCAUGAUUUCAGACUCCUUUUAGCAUGUGUUGUAAAUCCAUUUAUUCACAGGCCAAUACUCCUUGAUUUAUUUGCACAGCAUGUGCGUGUUGUGGUCAGCAGAACAUUUUCUUUAUGGCCAAUAUAAUCAGAAAUUUAUACUGCUUGCCAAGUUGGGACUUAAUCACAGAGAUGAAGAGCCAACUGGGAAGAGGACAUCUGAUGAUGAUAUUACGUUUUUUUACUCCGUAUUUUCUUGAGGACUCCUAAUUUACAGAAAUGAUAUGUAAGAACUGACCCCCUGGAUAAAUACAACACUUGAAAAAAAGAGGAAAAUGAUCAGACUCUCUUGUUCUGAAUGAGAAAUUUGGCUGCAAGCCAAGAAAAGAUCUGCGACAUUAAUAGAGCAUGUCAAAUUGAUGCAUUCAAGUACAACACGGACAGAGCUGGUGGCAUAAUAUUUGCAUGCUAUCACUGAUUCCUGUCAAACAAAAACACAUAAGUUAGUGUUUGUCAUAGUAGACGGUAAAUGUGCUGUAAACCGUCACCAUGUGUCAUUUUGAGCCAUUGCUACAUUUCGGUCUGUCCCCCACACAUUUCUCCCUGUAGGCGUCCAGCGCUGCUACACUCCGGCUCCUCAGGACCAAGGUCAGAUAGAUAAAGCUGGCACCAAGCAUUCAUCAGCUCCCAGCAAGAAAUCUGACCAUAAUCAGAGGAAGAGACUAGAAGGAGGGAGUUUAGUGGAGCUUUGUGUCUCUUUUCUAACUAAACUCUAAAAGGAUCAUUCAUUCCCUUACACUCCAUGCUGGGUUUUCCUCCUUUGAUUAGAGUGACACAAGAGAUGACCUGGUAAGCACACACUAAAUCAGUUACACCCAUGGGAGAUUUCCAUAACACUUCUUUGUCAGAGCUUUAUACACCUUGUGUGUGAAAUCACACAAUCAGACACUGUGUGCAGCAGGUCAACAGGAAUAACAUCUGUUUUUAAUCAUCGCACCUCUCCUGCUGACCAUCCGCUGCUUUUAAUAGCAUCUGCCACCUCUGCAUGAACACAGUUACACAAACAAGAAGCUCAAGGUUAAUGGCGGGCAUGCGUUGACCUACUGCUGAAAGGGGGAUUUGUGAAGGGGGUUUUGUUUUUCGGGGUGCAAGACCCCAAUAGAGGGAACGAGUGGUCCAAGAAUGGCGCCAAGACCGGUCUAAUCCAGACUGCUAUGGGGAGGAGUGAGGGGGGGUUAAGCCUCCCUGACAGAAGGCCCUGAUGGACCAGCCUCUGAUCAUGGCUGAUAAUGAGUCGAGCCAGACAGAAUUUUACACUCCGUCUCGAGUGCAAUGGUGGUGCGUUAAUCAGACCAGCUAAUCAGGUCUGAGCUCUUUUUACAGUGUGCUCCUCAGCAUCAUAACAGAGCUGUAUUAAACAGGCUUAAGUGAACAACAGAGACCUUCUCCACUUUAAUUAAUUGUCACUCCUUUGCUUUAGCUUUUUAUAAUGAGGAUGAUAGAAAAAAGAAAAAAAUCAGAUUUCUUAUCAGAUCUGCAGAGAAUGGAGGUGAAACGUCUCCGGCCUCUUUAACCUCAUGCCCUUACAUUCUUUCAGGUACAAUUAAGGCCAUUUGUCAAUAAAGCAGCCUGAGGACUCUAUGCUUGGAGCCAGUCUGUUACGACAUUUAACAGCAUGAUUGUCCUUUUAUAAAACUACCAACCAAUACAGUGAUACAAAGAGAGUGAACAGACAAGAAAUUCCAGUGUGAAUUUUGAAAGGUGAAGUUGAGUUUAGGUGUACUACACAAUACAUGCUGCAUAUAUCACAACUGGACUUCUAUUUGUUUGAAUGGUAAAGACAGGUUAGAGACUUAAAUAUCUUUGUCCUCCUGUCAAGAACACUCCACUUAAAAACCACUCCACCUUCAACAGCACGCCUUUACUAGGUGUAGUUACCUGUUUGGUUGGUCUUUAUAUCGUUGUUUGUCAGUGGAAGGAAUUGUUUUGGGUCCUUCCUGGUACUGCUGAUCUGUUUCUGACUGAGAUGAUGCUAGAAAUAAGUCUCGUUUGGGGAGGUAGGCUAGGGGUGGAAAAUGUGGCCCCACAAUAUGAUAUUAUCACGAUACAAUUCGAUAUUAUUGCGAUUUUUAACUGUUUCACAAUACAUUGAGUAUUGGGAUACAAUAUAUUGCGAUAUAUUAUAUAAUAUAUUUUUAACUGUUUAGCUCAUUUUGCAUUUGGCUCUAUGUUUGCUUUAUGUUUGUCUAAUUUACGCUGUAUUUUAUUUUCAUUUUAUUUUUUUCCAACCUCACUGGACAAACAGUUGAAUUUAUUUUUCCAUUAUCAUAGAUUUGACUUCAUAUUAGCAAUUAAUUUGAAAAAUCGAUACUUGGUCAAUGAGACGAUACGAUAUAUCACCAGACAAAAUAUCGCGAUACUGUGCUGUAUCGAUUUUUUUCUCCUACCCCUAAGGUAAGCAUUAAAAUAAAAACAAGCUUAUGUUACUAAUCAGGUUGAUGACAUGUAAACAGUUUUGAUGCUUUGUGUCGUCUUGGCCAAUGUGCCGUAUCAGUCUCACUAGAUGGUUGAUAAGUACAUUUAAAGAGUGCUACUUUGGUUUUGCUGCAGGUCUCACCACUCUGUCUGAUCGGCUAACAGUUACCUGAAUGUUUCAGUUUUGAUUGAACAUUCAUUGAAGGUACUAAAACAUAGUUUUAAGUUGGGAUCGUAAGUGCAUAUCAAUUCAAAAUAUUGAUUAUCGGUCUCAUGCAGUAUUAAAAUCUGCACCGUAUCAGUUCCAAUAUUGGUUAAUCCUUACAUGAUAACCAGAUGUCAGUCUAAAAUUACAUAUUUUUUAAUGGUCUGCCAUCACAGUCACAGCUGCUAACAUUUUGAUGUAUUGGCAAAGACAUUCCAGGCUUUAUGACCAACAGAACCAAACGCUGAGCAAGCAAAAUGCCUAUUUUCUCCUGCUGCCUCUCUCCCCCUGCACCUUUGCAAGUCAUUGCAUGCAGCCCAACAUCUGGACUCCACCUUGGGCCAAAGGUAUGAGCUUCACUUCAAAAGGCGGUGCAGAGGCAAAGGCACACCAGGAUGAUCUUACCACUGACAGGACCAGCUCCAAGCAUCUGGUUCAGACCUGAUUUUGAUCUCCUGGGCUUUACUUUCAUUUGGCCCUUCUCACUGAGGAUAGAAGGGGAGGAGAGUGGAUGUUGGGUAGAGGGGAGCAUGGCAGCACUUUGGCCCAAAGGCAGAAAAAUAUCUCAUUUUUUUCAGUCUUGAAAAUAAAUUUUCAGCAGAUAAAAAGAGUAGGCAGAAUUUUCCACAGUAAACAACAUGACAGAGAUGAUAUGGAACAUCUGGAGCAUGCAUGGAAAUGUAUAUAUUCUGGCAACAGCAGCUAAUGGAAAUACACAUAAAUUAGACAAUUUGACAGAAUAGGAGCAUGUGCCGCAGUUUAUCAUAGCACCUCCUCCUCAAAUUGAUGCAGUGAUAUGCUUUAGCUCUAGCUCAUAUGUUACAUUUGUAAUCUUUCACUGUUUCAAGGACCUUAAAAAAACAACAUGUAACCAAACGUAGUAAAGGGAAAUUAAAUAAUACGAUACAACGCAAGACAAAAUGACACAUGCCAUAGGUUAUGUAUUUGAAAACAUAAUGAAAAGUAGAGCUGUAAGCAACUUGAUGUGUAAUUAGUCAAAUCUAUUUAAUUGAAAAUGCAUUGUACGAAUCAGUGCACAGGGCUGGAAAAUUGAUACACAGUCUUAUCUUGAACACAAGUAUCAGGAUAACUCAAAGUGUUGAAAUGUUGCCACAGCUCUGGUAUGUUCGUGCAGCUCAGCCCGAGCUUUGUUCGGCUUGUAGUUUUACACUUUGCAGUCAGUGUUAACAUGAUUUUAAACAUAACAAGCCUGUCAUAGGCCUGAAGGGAUUUAACACUCCCAACACCAAUAGGUGCUGCUGUUUAUCGACAGCCAGAGCUGGUGGAGUUUCACGCUUUACCACAUGUGGUUGACCGAGUCAUCUCCAGCUGAGAGGUCACUGACGUGUGUUUAGCACUGUUUCUUAUUGUGUGUGCGAGAGGUGAAAAACAGGUCAGUGUGGUCAAAAGUGGAUAAUGAGGGAAAAAUGCAUGAUACUACCAGGAAGUGAGCAAGGAAAGAAACAAUGGGAGGUAAGAAAAACAGGCAUGAGUGAUAAGCGGAGAGGUCAAGUGCAGAAUGAACUGUAUCUGACAGUGUUUACACAACAUGAUGUGUUGCAGAUCGUUUUGUUCAGGAGAUUCAGGGGUUUAAUUAAAACUUUGGAUUAUUUCUGAUUAUUCUGGCAGCCCACACACAAACACAGACCUAGAGAAAGGGAACCCAUCCUGUGGGAGAGUGGGUAUAAUAAAUCUUAGGCUCAGUGGAGGAGCAUAUGUGGUCCUCUGUGACUUGUUAAUUAGACAUAAAUAGGAUAGCCAUUAUCAGGCAAACAGGCGACCUGACAUUUGACAAAACACAGUGAUUUAAAACCAAACCAAGCAAACAAAGCUGCAGAAAUAAAGUGUAGCUUUAGAAGUGCAAGAACUAUUCGCUUUUAAUGACAUUAGUUUACACGUGAGACCGAGUGUACAGCAUGAUGCGGAGGAUGCACAGCUCUGAUUUCUCCUGAGAGAAGAAAGGCAGUCUUUGUCUGGGUGACCACAUGCUUAGAGCCAAACACACAUGCAUCCACACAUUCUCAGAUAUACGCCCCAAGAGGCUCAAUCAGACCUGGAAGGCCUUCAAGUCUACCUCAUGGGGAAGUUCUCUGGAGUACAACAAGGUUCAUGUGAGGACGUGUCAAUUAAAUAGGCGUCCUGAAACAUGAGCACAGCUUUGUCCGUUAAUUCUUCAUUGAUAGACACGCGCUUUGUGUUUCACCAUGGAGAGAUUCUGUGUGUUUUUGUAGUUUAAUCAAACAUUUAUUGACUUAUUGUGGGAAUCUGUAAGUGUUCCAAGCUGCAGAAUGUGUCUUGCUCUCUAUGAAGUGAUACUGAAGAGCAUGUCCGGGCAGAUCAUAGCUCUGCAGCCCCGUCAGCAAAUACUUUGCAUGUAUUUGUUUGGAAAGAGAGACAGGGAUGAGAGGCUGUACUUUAUGUGUGUACAGGCUCUGGGUGUGUGCGAAUCAUUGAAUGCAUGACUGGUAAAUAAUCUCCCAGCCUGGGUCAAGUUUGGACCUUUAAUAUUAUGUAACAGUUUGACUUGAAGGCAUGACUAAAACCACAGAAAGUACUAUGUCAGGGAAACAGGGUUUGCCUGGCAAAACACUCUGAUCCUUUUGUAAUGUUCCCAGCAUUUGCCCAAAAAACUAAUAAUAGAGUACUUUGUUAUGUUGACUUGACAUGCUUUGGAGUGGGUGUGGAGUCUAUUUAAGGACCCAAAUCCACAUGAAAUUUAGAAGAGGUGGGAAUCACUAGUGGCCCCAUGAUACAAUAUUAUCACAAUACUUGGGCCAUGAUACAACAUUAUUGGGAUUUUUGACAUUUUGCAAUACAGUGAUUAUUGCAGUCCAAUAUAUUGCGAUUUAUACAACUUUUUCAACUGUUUAGCUAAUUUAGCAUUUGGCUUUCCUUUAUGUUUGUCUUAUUUAUGCAGUAUUUUAUUUUCAUGUUGCACAUCUUGUAAACCUUUUAUGUAUUUGUUGUACUAAUUUUCUCCUGCUCUAUGAUGUCUCCUCUGCCAACCUCACUGGACAAACAGUUGAUUUUAUUUUUCCAUUAUCAUAGAUUUGACUUCACAGUAACAAUUAAUUUGAAAAAUCGAUACUUGGUUAAUGAGACGAUAUGAUAUAUCACCGGACAAAAUAUCACAAUACUAUGCAGUAUUGAUUUUUUUCCCCACCUCUAAAAUUUAAAUAGUAAUCUGAUGUUAAAAUCCUUGUUUGAAACUGUCAGGAUAAAGGUUCAUUGGCAAGCCAAAAUGUUAUAUUAGGGUAUGUUCAAGUUGAGUUUGGUAAAAUGACUGUCAGGCAAAAGUAAAUAAAACAUCAUCAUGUUUUUUGGAUGAAGAAUUUAUUAAUUUUUAAGUAAAAAAAAAAUUUAAAACAGAUUUUAGGGAUGUAAGUUCAACUUGUUUUACCUUCUAUCAUGAGCUGUUAUAUUUUAUCAUUAAGAAUACUGAUGCGAAGAUAUUUCAAAGCGAAAUAAACUCGAUAAAGGUCACUAUCAAUGAAAAUUAACAGUCCUCAUCCUUGGGCUAAAAGCCUGCUUUGCAUAUCUCACACGGGCUUUAAGGAUAGCUAAGGGUAGAAUUUGGUCUUAUCUCCUUUAGACCUAAGUGUCAUCUGCCAGUUUUCAGCCACGGCCUCAAGACUGGGAUGAGAUCCAAGCUAAGAUUUCAAACAGGGAUUAGCGCCGGAGCUGCCGUUUUAAGAUAAAGUGAAUUUUUUGGAAAGUUUAUGGAGUUUUAAAACUAUUUCAGGGGUUGAGUUUUCUCAUGCUGCUGGAACAGUGAGGAAUAUUUAAAGACCGCGAGUCGUGCAGUUAUCCUGCACUCUCACACAAUCUCUGUCUGGCACAAUGAUGCACAUUUCAAAAAGCACACAUUACAGACAAUGAGUUUCCCUGGGUGUGGAGUGUGUAUGUGUGUGCGUGUGUUUGUAUUGUGCUGUUGGAUAGUUUUAGAUGUGGGGCGGUGUAUAUUGCAUUGGAUGGAAGGGCUGUGAGAUAGAGCAGAAAGGAAAGAGAGCCGGACAGCUCGGUUGUGCAGAGCAAGUGCUAGAAGGGCUGAAACAACAGAGGAGGAAGAGACCCUGUUUCCUUUAGAGCCGGGAGUUUCCAGUCUCACAUGGAAGUCACUUUAUGGAAGGAAUUCAUCACUCGUUUGAUAUGGUAAAUAGUGCGAUUCUGUUUUUGAAGAUAAUUCAGAACGUUUUAUCAUUUUGUCAUGACUUCUGUAUUUAUAAGGGCUUUAAUUUCCUCCUCUUCAGAAGAGUGGAAUGAGAAAACUGGUUCAAGACGGCGUUUUCUCCUCCACAAACUCUUAUUGGCUGAUUUAUCUGAUGGUUAUGCAGAGUUGACUUUAGUAACCUCGCUCUUUCAAGAGGAGGGGUUGAUGUCUGCCUGUGAUAACCGUGACCGACUCAUGUAUGCGUGAGUGGAUGAAAUCAAUUGGACGGCGUAGCUCAUUUGUUGGAAAUGUCACAAGUGGCGGAAGAGAUAGUCAUCUCGCCUUCUCUCUGCACCGGUCAACAGGCGCAGCAUUGUGUCUUCUCUGAUUAUGCACUUCAUUUGUGGUCUGAGUGACAGAUCUGCUUGAUUGUAUUUAACUUGCCAAUGUCAUAUUUUAUUAAUGAGAUGGCAUCAGUACUGGUCAUGUUUUUAUCGAAUGACGUGUGUGCGAAAUGGACUCGAACUGCUCCAACUUCUGCACACAGCUUCACCUUCGCUGUCAGCUCUGUCUGUGUGGAUACUAUAAAGUCAUCCACUUUUAACACGCCAAUUAACAAGCCAGGCCCAUCUCUGAAAGGUCAUUUGGGGAUUUGGAUGAAGGGAUUAGAAGAGGAAUGCAUCAGAGGAGGGGAGGCAAAGAGGGAUGUGGUGGCAAUGAAUGGGAAUGGAUGACUAGGGGGAUUUUGGUAUAAUGUCAUUAAGGCUGGGGGAGACAAAGGAUGAUGGUCCAUCCACAGACAGCAUACGGACUGAGCACUGACUGGUUGAUUGACAGGGGCUUUAUGCUUCAAAGAUGAGCAGAACUGCUGUGACACAGAGUUUUAGACUCAAACAGGUGUUUGUAAUGAGCCUUCAUCCACUUUUGGGACCAUCUGCUUUGAACCUGUUUUUGAAAAACUUUGACAUAUUUUAAGGGAUAAUAGUGCUAGUUAGUUUUUUGCCAAUAGUCUGUGUGAAAAGUAGAUGCAGUUACUGUAUUAUCUAUUUAUUUAUAGAAUCAUACUUUUUAAGGCAUGGAUUUAGAGUUUUAUUUAUUUAUUGAGCAGAUUGCAGCUUCUCACCCUGUAAAAAACAUGAAUUAUUAUUUUUAAAGCUCCUUUGAGGAACUUUUGGUUUACAUUGUUUUUGGUGCCCCCUGUGGACAAAGCAGUCCUCUCUUCUCUUCAGGUCGAAGUAUUUAAAGUCCCACUCCGAUUGUUUCUUUUUUUUUUUACUACUUAAAGUGUUAUAAGUGGUCUUUGAUUAUAAAGUUUUUAGCCAAAAUUGUGUUACUUUUUGAUUUUCAAGGGCUUUUCUUCUGCAGAGCUCUAGUAGCUCAUUAGCAAUUCACCUCUGAGUCGUGGGUAGAGACUUUCAUACUUUCUCCGAGUUAGUUUGGAGCCUAACAUUUGCUGAUGUAGUAGAAGAAACAUGUAACAUAGAAGCUUUUCCACUCUCAGUCACUAUUGUCUUUAGGGGCAUGAUGAAAGCUAAUAUCAUAAUUAGCUUUCUUACGAGCAUUUCAAUUCGCUAACUCAGACGCUUGCUCCACGAUUGUCCUAUUUCUAUUUCUCUAAGCCUGACUUGCAUAGUGGGGCUCCAGGGGUGGAGCUUGGAUUGGUUACGUGACAUCUCACUGUAUCUGAUCCUGCCGUUUGGGUCUGCCAGAGAUUCACAGCGAUUUGAGUGCAGAAAUACUCAGAAGUGCAGUUUCGCACUUCUUUUUCUCACAACAUGUCCUCUAGUAUCAGAAAAAUGCCAUAUGAGCAUGUAGACAACAAGAAAAACAUGAUUUUCAUCGGAGUGGGUCUUAAAGUAGUGUUGUACAACAGAAAUCUCUUUCUGACAGUCAAACACAGUUUUUUUCUUACUGUUUUUAUAUCAUCAGAAUCAUUUUUGCCACCCCCUGCUGGCCAUUACAGUAAAAGCAGCUCUAACAUAAUUCUGCAUUGGCUUUACUUUUCAAACAAAAAGGCGAUGCCCACUUUUCCAAAAGUUUAAAAGUUUACUCAAGACGAAAAACACUAAAAGCCUCCUUCUUAAAUUUGAUAUUUACCACAUCAGCCUGUCAGACUGAGUGCUCUUAGUGGAAUAACAUGUCAAAAAAGACAAGCUAAGUGAAGGGUUAACAGUCUGCAGAGCCAAUGCUUGUUUGUGUGUUUGCCACUCAGAUCCGUCCAGGUAAUUACAGUUAGCUCAAUUUCCGCUCGCCAGCCAGAGCCGAGGCCAAAUUAGCAUCUUAAGUGGAAAGAUGUGCUCACGACAUCAGAGUUUGUGUAAAACAACGCACCAUCUUCCCCCUCCUCUCCUGUGUUGACAUUCUCUAACGAGACAAUAAGGAAGGAGUGAAUGGAACUUGUUCGUCAGGUUGUACUGUGUGUGUGUGUUUGUGUUUCGUCUGUGUACAUAAGAAGUGGUGCGUAAAUGCAGAUCAUGGUAGUCCGGCUGUUGUCGUGGAUGUACUGUAUAUGUAAACAUUUGUAAAAACUUUCUUCGGCUUUUGCCUGGUUUGUAAAACUAGUUGAUGCAGUUGUCCACAUGUGAAAAAAAAAUGGCCUGAUUACAUAGGUGUCAAGAGAAAGACCUCUUUUACAGAGAAAACCAGGCAGUAUUAAUGGAAAUCUGUUAUUACUCUCAGUAUGCUCACUCUAUAUAACAUAGGCACCAAUCAGUGGGCUUUGUGUUGGUCGGUGGCAGGUGUUGCUUUAAACACGCAGGUACUUUUCUGAGGCUGUGGCUACAUUUUAAUCUCAAUCAGUGACACAACAGGCCUCUGGUAUGAGGUGUCAUUAUUCUCAACAACUGUGAUCGGCUUUAAUCGCUCCAUCUCUGCUCAGCAUGCCGACCUGUCUGACUGGAGCUAUGACAGGGGCUGAACUGCACAACAUGAAAUGCAUGGUUGAAUCAUGCAGCAUUGUCCCUCUGGUUUGAAUAGGCUCUGUGAUGUUAGACAAUAGAUGAGCAGAAAUAAAGGACGCCCAUAAUGUUCAUGCAUGCUGCUUAGAUACAGAAAGAAGGGAAUUGAUGGUAUUGUAUAAGAGUACUAAAGGACCAGAGAGCGUACUGUAUGUCAAAACAUUAAAGGAUUGGACAUUACAUUGAUGGGGGAGGUAGAGCGUGCAGCCUGGUGGGGACUGUUGGCAGUGGGAGCUAGUGUGCAGAGGGGGUGUUCCAGGACACAGGAGCGAACUGUUGUGCCUCCCUGAGGGGCUGCAGGCCUGACUGGUCAAAUACCUCUGCAGUGAGGUGCCCACUCAAUAACACUGGUGAAUUUUUCAUUAGGGCACAAGUAUGUUGUACUUAAUUCAAAUCAUAUAUCUUGGAUCCACACAGGCUUGAGCUCUCAGCGUUUCUCUCUCUGCGGCCUCUCUUGCAUAAAUGUUUUUAGGAUGUCCUGGGUUCGGGUCAGAUUUUCUGGAACAAUGGCCCGACUCACUCAUGCACACACUCAUGUCUCUCUCUGUAUCACUCUUUUCUCUCUCUUUCUAACACAGACAAAGCACACAUAUAAAGGUCCCCUAUUUCUUCACUCUGCAAUGAAGGAUUUUUUUCCCUUACUCAGAUCACAGAGGGUAUUUGAUCCGAGUCAACCAACUGUCACUGUCAUAAGAAAAUUUUGCGAUCAAUAGGUUUUCAGAUUUUGAUACGUUGAAGAACUUUUUUCUCGACUCACAUCCCCCCCUCUCUCUUUUCAUGACUUUAUGACUUGCCAUAUUCUUGUGUAUCAGCUUAUGUCGGUGUCUUGCUUUCACAUUCAUCAUAGUUGUCAGAGCAAAUGUGGCGUUCAGAAGGAGCCGCUGCUGAACAGGCAUAUUCACAGGCUGUGUGGUUUUGACCGAAGCAGGGGAAAAUCGCUGGUGAGGAAUGCACUGUAGGUGUGAGCGGGUUAAGGCAGGUUUUAUGACGCUAAUCAGCGGUUGGCCCGCGGUUUUUACAUCUGGACUCAGAAGUGGGAAGUGGUUACCCAGGCCAGGAAGUGGCUUUUGAUACAGGGCAUUUCUGUAACAUCACACUGACAAAAUGAUGAUCCCUGAAAGCAGGUAAGAGAAAAGGGAAAAGAGAAAGACAGUGGAGUUCAUCUGAGUUAACUAACUGUCGACCUUUGGAGGGGACACCUCAUUUGUCAGAUGUGGGCUGGUGUGGAGUGGUUUAACUUAAUUACCCCUUUCCACAGGGAGGCAGAAGGUCUCAUUUGCAAUUACCUCCACUUUUAUAUGCGACUGCUUCCGCUAUCUAUCUUUUUAUCUGUUGGGUAAUUCUUCUUCCAGCUGUCACACUGCGACUAUUAAAAGCUUCCUGAAAUUUGGCAAGAGUGGAACAUUUUUAAUUAGCAAUUUCUAAGCAAAACUAUAGCUUUUAAAAGAGGAAAUAGACCAAUUUCUUCCUUUUAUAUUUGACCAAGUGUGUUUCCCAGGGCUAAACUGAACUCAGUAGUAGUGUCUUGACUUACAGUAAAUUUAAAUUACUUCCCAUGUUGUUAUAAUGUCAGGUAAAUGUUACCAAAAGAUACCUGUAGUCUGUUAGUUUUCCAUGUACUAAGCUUCAUUUAACAAUCUUUGAAAGCUUAAGUAAUAGGGGUGGGAGAAAAAAUCGAUACAGCAUAGUAUGGCGAUAUUUUGUCAGGCAAAAUAUUGAAUCGUCUCAUUUACCAAGUAUUGAUUUUUCAACUUAAUUGCUAAUAUUAAGUCAAAUCUAUGAUAAUAGAGAAAAAUAUCAACUGUUUGUCCAGUGACGUUGGCAGAGGUGACACCAUAAAGCAGGAGAAAGUCAGUAUAACAAAUAUUUAUAAGGUUGUUUGCAAGAAGUGCUACGUGAAAAUAAAAUACAGCAUAAAUAGGACAAAUAUAAAGAAAGGAAAAUGCUAAAUUAGCUAAAAAGUAAAGAAAAAAAAGGAUAAAUCAUAAUAUAAUGUAUCGCAAUACUCACUGUAUUGCAAAUGUUAAAAAUCUCAAUAACAUUGUACCGAGGCCCAAGUAUCGUGAUAAUAUUGUAUUGUGGCCCAAGAAUCGUGAUAAUAUCAUAUUGUGGCCCAAGUAUCGUGAUAAUAUCAUAUUGUGGGGCCAUUAGUGAUUCCUACCUCUAUUAAGUAAUAAAAAAAGUGUUUUCUAUGGACUGAAGAAGCUCAUGAAACAUGCAGGUCAUAUUUACUUUUAUACAAGUUAGUUUUUGAAUGCAUCUUCUCCCUAAUCCUCUUUUGUUAUUCAGAAAAUAUUGGAUUACACUGCCAAACUCACCCCGACUUCAUAACUAUGUACAGGUGAUGGAGAAAGCCAAUAUGAUUCAACAUUCCCAAGGGUGACUCAGUCGCAUAUGAGAGGAUAGAAGAGCAGUGUAGGAGGCCUUCUUGGACCCACCAGUGAAUAAAAGCUCAUAAAUCAUUCAGCGUUCAGGUUAAAUUACCCAACACAUGUCUGGUUUCAAGUGACAUGUCAACUCCAUGUGACCCCUUUGUGUUAAAGGGUGACUAUCAUCAUGUAUUUACAAUAGAGGGGCACAUUUCUAUUCAUGUAUUUUUAAUCUGCUGCUGCUGCAUGCUGAGUGUAUUUCAGCGGAAUUACAGGAGGCUGUUGAUGGCUCAGCAGUUUCACCUGCUGUGUUAGGUCAUUGUGUGAAGGUGCAUCCCAAAAACUACAGCACAUUUGGAAUCAGCAAAUAUCACACUGUGCAGACUGAAAGGGCAUUAGGGCGCUGAUGUUUUCAGCUAAUGUAGUUGUUGAAGUCAAUGGGUUUAACAGUGUACUCAAGAAAAAACAUUCAAAAACAGGUAAGUGGACAAACUCUCUGAUGUAUGUUUUUCCUUUUAAAGCUGUCGAGAUCCAUCUGUUUCCAUAGUUUCUCUGUUUUCUUUCAUGACUGUUUUUGUUUUUCAACUCCUGCUGGCAUUUGUGUUUAUUUUCUGUUUUCUCCUCUUCUCCUUUUUUUUCUCCCAUCAGUCUUUACAGGACAUGCUCUCCUCCUUUCACUCUGAGCUUGACAUUCAGGGGUACUUGAUGAAAAUCCAAUUGCCCCACAGAGUUAGUCAGCCUUUUUAAACUUAUCUGCAUCAUGCAAUUGCGUGUGUUUGUAUGUCAGAGUGUGUAGCUAUGUUCCUAACAUCUGCUGGGCGAUUGUGUUCAAAACUCUUGCACCCCCAUGUCUCCUAGCGUCUGCCCCUGUGUGUGCCUGCCAAAAACACUUGGCUGCGAGGCUAAACCAGUUCUGGCCGUGAAAGUCAACUGCAGUUAGUAUUAAAAGCUCAGUUUCUUUAUUUGUCUGUACAUGUGAGAGUUCAAAAGAAGGCAGUGUGUGUGCAUGUAGGCAGGCUCAGGAUCUCUCGAUGGACUCAGCCUUGUGUCUCCAGCUGCGUUAGCUCCACAGCAUAUUACAUGUCUGCAAGGGAAGAAGAGCAUUUCAUAAAGGGCCCACUGUUCACUGACCUCUCUGUUUCCCCCCUGGAACAGAUCAGCUUACAGCGCUGCACAGUAGCUCCAUGGGCUCUGUAGCCCUCUCACACAUUGUCUUAUUGUAGCUGUGGCUCGUGGAUGCCACGUCAUGCUGGUCAGAUUACAGAUGAACUAACUGAUGUUUAAGUUUUGAUGACACAAGUCAUGAACCUUUAUCAGUGCUUGGAAAGAAUUUCUUCAGCUGUGAGUAAGCUUCUGCUUUUAUUUCUUUGUGUGUCAUCAUCGUCAAAACACAUAACAGAUCCAAGACUAUAAAUGCAUUGGCUCAUUACUCUGAAGCUUCCUCGUUCUUGAUAAUUAUUAUUAACCCGGUUUGCUGUGAGACUGCUGUAAGUAGUAUUAAAAGUAUGAGCAUGUGGGAUUGAGACGUAGUGUGACAACUUUUGCAUGACUAAGACGUUUGGUUUAUUUUUCAUGAGCUGAAGUCAAGUCAAAGUCAACAUGAAAAGUGCUUUGUUUUUGUAUGCUUACCACUGAAAUAUAGUGGCUCCAACUGCUUCUAGUGUUCUGUUUUUCUCCGUGAUACAAAAUCUGAUCACUGGCUUUGAGUAUGAGAAACUACUGCAAAAAAAACACCAGUGAAACAGUUAAAUGAUCAUGAUCGUCUACUGACUAUUCCAGGAACCAUAUUUCCCCAAAAAUCCACAUCACAUGUAAGUCAUUUUUUAAUAUUUAUUCUUAAAUUAAAAAAAAAAAAAAAAAAAGUUUUUUUUAACAUAAAAAUCGAUUUAAAAUUUGUACAAGAAAAAAUCGCAAUACUUAUGUGAAUCAAUGUUUUCUCCCAGCCCUAAAAAACAGUGGUAUUGCAAAAACCAAACCAUGCCUUUAAAGAGUCUGUUUAGUGCUUGUGGUUUUUACUGUUUUAGGUUCAAUGUUUUACGUCUAACCCAUUACUUGUUUUGUUUCCAUGUCUCCCCCUCCAGAGCAGAAGCCCAAAGCACGGCCCCAGUCCACAGUCCAGCGUCGCCGACCAGGUUGACCACCUAUCCCUGGCAUCCCUGGAGUCAUUGGACACCAUGUCUGAGGCCGACGCACCCACAGCAUUCACCCGCGGCAGCCGGAUCCGUGCGAGUCUGCCUGUGGUGCGAUCGACCAACCAGACUAAGGACCGCUCCUUGGGUACGAUCUCAUUGAAGACAGUUAAAUCUGUCAGUCAGAAAAAAGUCUGUGUCAUGUGUUAUGUUUUUGACCACAACAUGAGCUGUCAAUCAGCCCCCUCUCUCUCUCUUUGAAUCCCCAAAUUUCCACAGAGAAAUUCAGAUAUCUGCUUUGUUGGGAACCUUUUGAGAAAAGGCCCUAUCUCAUAUCUUUAAUUGACUUUAUGAAUAGAUUGAGGUGAAAGCGACUUGACAUUAAUCCUUCUCGAUAACCUAAAUUUCCCAGCUCUCUUAGUAUAAUCUUUCUUAACUCUAAAACCCUUUAAAAUAACUCCAAACCAUACCACGAUCUCACCGUUUCACCUUGUCUGAGUCUUCCCUCUCGCUCCAUCCAUCCCCUCCACCUCACUCACUGCUGUUUUAAUUAGAAUUCAUUCCUCUGAAGUGAAAGAUUAGGGAACCUAGCCACAAUAUGCCAUCGUGUUAUUGACAGGAUUAGAAACAGGUCGUCUUAUCAAACACACAUGGUGCUUCAUUUGCAUCUAUAUGCAGGGAGCAGGGAGAAUUAGGCUGCAGCAUUAGGGGGACUGUGGUGGAAAAAGUUUGAGAACUCAUGCAAAGUGAAGAGUCUGUAUAUUUUUUUAAGGAGAAUAGUCUUCAAAGGUAGCUCACAGCUCAGCAGGAAGUUUGCUGCUAGAUUAUAGCAAAGCGUCUUAGUGGCACGCCUUUUGACCAAACUGAAAAUGAAUAAAACUUAAAGGUGCUUUUUGGUUUCAGACACAUUUUGCUCUGCUUGGGAAGCAAGAAUGCAAAAAUCUGUGGAGAAACACCUUUAAAAAACAUGCUUUGAUACGCAUGCAUGCACACACACCCUGCACACAUGCGUGCUCUGGCUCUCUUUUCUCUCUUUCACAAACAUCAGGACAAAGCUUUGUGACAGUGGGGGGUUAUGGUGUGAUGAAAGGGGAGGAGAGAAAAAGGGGGCACCACUUAACUACAGUGUCCCUCCCACAGACUCUCUCACACACACAUGCACACACGCAAACACCAAGGCACACACUUAACCGGGUCCCAACGGACAUUUGGAGCUUCUAUGUGGGGCUUAGUAUCUUCGGCGUGUGCUGUAAGAGUUGCGUGGUCUUUUCCAGAGUCUUAUAAAGCUCAGCAGAAAACAGGAAAUCCCAAAAACCUCAAAUGUGAGUAUCAAGUUUAAUCUGCAAUGUUGGAUCAAAGGUAUUGUGUUUCAUUUCAUUAUUCUGUGGUUCUUAGAGAGUUUUUUUUAUCUGCUUUUUAUCCUGCAUUGUGAACCUCUUUAGGCUAUUCAUGAAUGCACAAAGAUAUUCAGUUCAUUUGAACUUUUGUGUCUCGCUGGAGGUAAUGUGGAAAACUUUUGCUGUGCCCAUUUGGUCAGGAAACCAACAAACCAUUUGCUCCCAAUCCUAAAGGAAAAGCAAACGCUCAGGAAUGUAGCACAGCUCUUUGUUAACACCAAACUAUUCAACUCUCAUGCAGAAAAUAAAACUGAUGUUAUAAAGUUUCAAUCCUUAUAAAGCAUGCAUAAUCAAUGGCGCUUUUGUCAUCUAACCUUUUGGCUUUAAUUGCAAACAUCUGCAUGAAAACUAGCCGACUGUUACACUAACGGCUCUCAGGGGAAAAAUGAAGUUAUUCUGCAAAUGGGCACUUUGUUAAGUUAUUACUACCUCGAAAGCCAGACAGACCAGAAAGCUAUGAUAGACUCAGCAAUUUUAUUUCCUGGAUUUGCCUUCUGCCUGUCUCACUUGGUCUUGUUGAGCACGUAGGAUCUUGUAUACUGUUUCACUCAACAUCUGGUAGCUUUUACUGCUUUUACUCAGUCCUUUUAUGGGGUUACAUUCACCCAAACUAUGCCUCCUUAACUUCAAAACUACCAUUUCUUUACUUGAUAAUCUUUAAAGUGACUUUGACAUAAAGGAUUGAUGUGUAUUUGAGCAAACUCUUUUUCUAGGCAGUGACAUGCUCAUUAAAAUCUAAUGAAAGAUGACAUGAAAUAUUAGAGAGGAACAUCAAAUUAAGCAACUCCUUUGUUCUGUUUGAUGAAACUCCAAUGUUGCGACAGAUAACCCCUAUAAAAUCAAUGCUGUUCAAAGCAAUGAAUCAGAGACCAGAAAUAGAAAUGUGUUUUUUUCUCUUUCCUCUGGCAUUGUUUACACAAGUGCAGUGUGGGCGUGUCCAUAAAUUCAGUGUGGGAGACAUCUGUUUUUCCAAAGCACAGUACAGAAGCCACACCCAGGUUCAGAGGUUCAGGCUUUGGUCUUCUUGAUGCACAACUUGUGUUGUUCCACCACAGCUCCGCCUCUGGCGAUAUUCCUGUCCCAACUCACUUUGUUAAGAUUGAGUUGAAAAUCUGGAAUAUACAGCGUGCUGCUCCCAAACAUGUGUGACAGGAGCCGGAGUUGACUGGCAGGUUGAUAUUGUACCAUGGUUUAGUAGCAUACUACUGACAGACAACUUUAAAUGACCACAAAAAAAGUUCUUAUCUGUUCAGAGUCUGCAAGAAAAGGUGUUCAUUGUGAUAAGCACAUUCAAUAGUAAAAAUAACUCGAGGGGCAGUUUACCACCCACAUUACCAAAGUAGUGGCUGAUGCAGUGAACUGAUAAGUAGAUAUGAUGACAGAUUUUAUACUCUUGUUAAAAUACAAAGGGGAUACAAGGAUCGCUGUCAUAAACAGAGCUAACACAUUUACCACCAUCUGCUCAGUUGUGACUUUUGGUACAGGGUCUUCAUGUUGGGCUGCAAGUGACAUAAAUAAAGAAAUAAGACCACAUCCUACUGGGAAGACCAUGUCUCUAUUCCUCAGUCAUCUUUAGCAUAUUCCUUUACGUAAUAGUUGUCAAGUAACAGUUCACAUGAUGGUUAAUUUCAGAUUAGAGGUUGACAAAAGAGACCUGUGUUGACCCACAGAUUGCAAUUGAUUUAUCCAUCUGUCUUAUAAUGUGACGUUGUAAUACAUUUUCAUCUAGUUUUGCUUAGUGUUCUGCAGACAGUGCUGCAAGUGUUACAUUGGUUUAGCACUACCACUGUUUUUGCAGACUCAUCACAGGCCUGCUCCUCCACUUGAAGCUCACAAAACAGCAGAGUGGUUGCUCGUGGUAAAAUUGAGAGUCUUAAAUACACCCACAUAUUUGGAGGCAUAUACUUCAAUACCUACUUGGUAGGAGUGUAACUAUGCUGAUAAUUAUUCUUCUUUAUUUAAUUAAGUUAAAUAUCUAUGCAGGUUUGGGCAAAGCGCAGCCAUAACCAGAAAGGAUGCAGGCAGAAUACAGAAUUUGGACACACCUUGAUACAACCUCUAUGGUUGCAGGGGAUAUUGCAGAAGUGCAAAGUUAUGCCAAUGCAGAGGUGUAAAUAACUGCAGUUCCUUUACUGUCCACUUGAGGCUUGAUCCACAGGCCUAGGACAGCCAAUCAACAGCUUUGUUUCAUGUUUACAGCCUGGUACAAAGAGUGUUUUGGUCUGAGGAGCUCAUUUUUUUGUAUAUGCUGUUUAAGAAGUGUUUUUAUCUCUAACAUGGCUUAAAGUUAUAUAUAAAUAUACAUAAUAAGACACGUGACUGAUGUGACUGGCAAAUGUGUGCUGUAGCCAUGUGCCAGGAUGUCAAAUUUUCCACUCCCCCUUUUGGCAUGGUGUUCGGUUUACUGUAAGUCAGGUUGAGCCAGCUUUUCCAAUUUGACGACUACCAUUGUUUGGCUUAUUAAAGCCUCUUAAGAAACAAACAAGUGAUGUCAUGGAGAUUACAUCCACGUUUUAUACAGCGUCCAGCCUUAACACCGAUUAACACAGAAUUGAACAGAAAGAGAUUGGGACCAAAUUUAAUGGAAAGUGUAUUUUUAGCAAUUAUUGACAGCAGCCAAGACGAAAGACCUUUGUUACAUAGUUGGCAGGUUUUGACUGCUGAAGUUGCUGCUUCAAGUUUUGUUUUUGCAUCAACAGAUCUCCAAAGUAAGGGGGGUUGAACUUCUCAGAUCACACUUUGGGGAAAAAAAAAAAACUUGUUAAUUGCUUUUCUUUCAUGUGGGGAUUUUAAAAUCUCAGUCUUUGUCAUGGGAAAUAUUUUGUAUUAAAUGAAAGCUGCUUCCGUCUAGCUAACCACCUGCUUAACGUCUGUGUGUCUGUAGGUGUGCUGUAUCUGCAGUACGGAGACGAUACCAAACAGAUUCGUAUGCCUAAUGAGAUCACCAGCAUCGACACUGUCAGAGCUCUGUUUGUUAGUGCCUUCCCACAACUGCUCACCAUGAAGAUGCUUGAGUCACCCAGCAUGGCCGUCUACGUCAAAGACGACAUGAGGAAUAUGUACUAUGAACUCACUGAUGUCAGGUAUGUUUUUUGUGAGAUGAAUCCAACAUUCGAUGGGAUGUUUGGGAAAAAAAAAAAAAGCACAGCUAAGGAUUAUUUUGCUCCAUAGUGUCAGUCUUCCUCUGCAGGUCUUUUCCUUUUCCUCUUCCUCACUCAUGUCUUAACUCUCCCUGAACAGGAUGUGUCACUGGCCAGGAAACAUUUCCACCCUUCACUUUCAUGUUUCACUCUGUUGGAAUAACUUAUAUGGAGAUGAAGCUUUAUUGAAAGAUAUCUCUGGUUUACCUCACCACAGUAAGACGCGGUCUUUGAUGACUUUUUGUGCUUGUUGCCCUCCCUCCUGUGGUGAGACUCUGACUCUAGAAAGUUUGAGCACUGUCGGGUUUGACUUUUUGCACUUUCUGAGGUCCUUUUAUGCUUUCAAGUGUAGUUUCAAAAGUGUCGUGUGCCAUGCUGUGAGUAUAAUUUACAAGCACAGAGACACACGCACACACCAUCUCGCUGCUUUUUCUUGUUCUUUGCACCCUCCUGGUUUUGUAUUCACCAGGAUAUCUUAUCAAAAAUGCAGCAGAUUCUUUGUACAUGGAUAGUAUAAAGCCAUUUGUUCUUGUCUUAAACUUUAGCGUUUCUCUUGUAGGUAUGAGAAACUUUGCCCUGUUGUCUCUGGAGUUCCUGCCCAAGUGCAGUGUGUACUUUGUGACUAAUUCUUUAUCUGGGCUGUAAAAAAUUGUCUCGUGAUCUUUUAAGGUUGGUACAGGUAACCAGGGCGCAACACUAAAGAGAGAGAGAGAGUGACUGCUGCAAAAGAAAGAAGGAUCUAUUCUGCGUUUAUGUAGUCAAGCCACGUUUUAAGACAGUAUUAGUGGAUGUUUUUAUAGACUUAAGAGAUUUAGAGGAAAUGUCAUAUAGCAGAGGACAGAUUGAGCCGCUGUCAGGGUAUGUGCCCUUGGCGGAGCUGCUAAAGAGAUCCAGGCUCAGGCAGCACCGGCCGCGGUCAGACGGUGAUGUUUGGGCUGCUUUUUUACCAUGGGCCACUUCUUCCCCCUACAGGAGCAUCACAGACCACUCCUGCCUGAAGGUCUACCACAAAGACCCAGCACAAGCGUUCAGCCAUGGACCAAGACCUGCUAACGGUGAUGCCAGGGUGAGUACUUUACCGACAGGUAUGCUAACACAGAAGUGAAAAUGGUGUGUGCAGCUGCUAUGAGACAACCAGGCAUGUCACAGAUAGAUUAUCCCAGCCUGUGUUUCACCUCACUCUCACAUCCUGUUUGCACUUGAGUGGAGGAAUGUCCCCCUGCUUCUUUUUAAUCCAUUCAAGGGGAUCUCAUAUUGUUCUCCAAGGGGCCUUGCCUGCACACUCCGCUGCAGUUUCCUUAAAGGACAAUCAAGCUCAAAUCUAAGGAGUAUUUUCCUUGUUCAGUCUUCCUCUAGUAUCACCUCUAAUCCCUUACACUUUUUCUUCAAAUCCUAGCAUGUUUGUUCCCCUGCUGAUGUCACAAAACUACCCCCUCCUCCCUCCACAAAAAGCUGUUUCCUUAAAUGUUCCACCUUAAAUCCUCAGCACUAAUCCGCCUGACCCUUUAUCUAACCUGCUGCUCCCCUCAGCUUGCCGCAGUACCAUUGUGAUACUGCAAAAAACUUACAUUAGCCUUACCCAUGAUCCCAUUCUCACAUUCUGUUAUGUGUCACUUCAGUUGAAAGUGAAACGGAUAAAGUUUUGGAGGAAUGAUGAGGCAAACAUGACGAUGCUACAAGAGGCCUUGGUUUAGUUUGUGUCAUGACAGUAAGGCUGGCAAAAACUCUUUUAUUCGCAGAAGAAGAGCUGCUGCGGCGGCUCUUUGUGACAGGGGUCCUUCAAGGGGAAGUGAACACGAGACAUUUAUGAGAAUAGAUGGCAAAAAAAGACGUGAAUGAGAAAGUGAAAUGGGAAUUUAACAGUGCAAACAGUUCAAGAGCAAAAGAGGUUGCGAUCUGGCUGCAGAACAUAAAUUGUGUGCAGGUGUAUUUCCAGGCUGCUUUUACAACUCUGGAACUGGCUGAAUCAGCAGGAUUGCAGAAAUAUGACUUUGACUGGAUAAACUAAAACAUAUUGAGCGAGUCGACUUCACGAGGACUGUUGUGCAAACAUUGUGGAAUCUAGGCCUGAAGUGGGGAUAGGCAGAGGGAGUGUUGUCAUAUAAAAGGUCAGUCACUGUUUAACCAGGCAGUAAUUGACACGGAUAGAAGACUGAAGGUGGUUGUUGUUGUUGUAAAGAGGCCAAUCAGGUGGAUCACACUGUUCCUCAAGAAGAAACAAGAAGAAAUUGGCACAUUUUGGCAACACAGUUUUUGUUUUAAUUUUCUUGAUAAUCUCUUAUUAAAAGACCCUGGCAAAUACUACAACUUAAUAAGCUGUACACCUGUUUAAACACUCAAGCAUGUGGGGGGCAUCGUUAUUCUUCACAUCUGUUAGGCUAUUCAGUAUCCUCCGCCACCCCAGAUCAGAUUCACAGCAGGAUCCACAGCUACUUCUUUUUAUCGAUCGAAAGCUGUCCGACCAAAUUGAGAUGUCUUAAGUUCUGUAAACAUCCAUCUCACUCAUGUCAGGAACUGAUUUCAGGGAAAUAGAUCCAUAAAUGUAUCCAUGUGUGACUUGAUAAGCAGAAUAUGCGGCUGACGGUUUAAAUAAGGAGAUGUUUCCUUGAAUUGAAAGAUGUUUUUAUCUAAUGAAAGAACAGAGAAACAUUUUACAGUAUUAAUCCGUAUUUGUGAAAAGGACUGUGCCUAAAGCAGUACUCUAUAUUUAUAAAAUAGUAAAUAGCAGCUGUCAGAAGUGAUGUUAUGUACAUACUGCUGUUAGAGAUAUUUUGUAAACAGAGAUUCAGUCAUUGUCUAAUCUCGAGCCUUUUUUCCUCUAGGCAAACUACUUAAUUUUAGUAUGUAUCCUGAAGGGGAAAACAAAAAGAGUAUUUUUGUUUUUUACUUUGAAUUAUUAUUAGCAGUAAGCUUGCACCAUUAUGUGCUCAAAGGGUUAGAAAAGCACAUCCAGACCUAGACCCAGCUGCUUUAGUGUCCAGAUUCCUGCAUGAACAUUCAUGCACACCUUCUUUUUAUUUACUGCCUUCCUCUGAUUCAGUUUCAUCUCCAGCACAGACAGAGUUCUACGCCCAGGCCACAACAUGAAAAUGAUCUAUUUCACUCAUUUCUCAAACAGCUACACUUUUUAGUUUUAAGGUUUAAACAACAAUACAAGAGUGACAAAGAACGGUAACCUCCUCAGGGUGAAUCAGAGAUAACUGACAAUUAGGAGCUAAUCUCUCAAUACUGCUGUGGUGUAGCCAAUUGGAAAGUGAAUGUUACAGGUUUCCCCCUGUGCUGCGGUGACAUCACUUCUUCUCCUUAAAUCAAGGUGGUGCCCUACAUCGGCCUACCACCCGUAAACCCCGAGCAGCCAAUCAGCAGCAGGCGUUAGCACGUCUAAUUGCAAUGAUAGAUAGGCAGCAACUCGCCAAACACUCACCACACACGCUCCAGACACAAUCAGUUCAAAGAAAACACAAGAUUCAAUAAGAAAACAUUACGACUGCGAUUGUAACACAGAGUUUGGAACAGCUUCAUGCGCUCCUACCAGACAUGCUGCCCUCCUUAUUGGAAGCUUAAGAGCACAAAAACAGAGUCCACAGUCAAAUUCAAACCAAAUGUUUUUGAACGCAGCCUCCUGUUAGCCUGGUGUGCACACUCAUGUGUUCAUUUUCCCUGACUCUGCUCUUCUGUUUUGUGUCAAAUGUGUAAUUUAUUGUAUUGAGCAGAUGAACACAGACUGGUUCCAUAAAGGGAGUGUAUUUUUUCAGGAUAUUCUAAAAAUGGCUCGAGCUCCAGAGGUGCCUCAUCUGUUUGUGAUUGAACAGUUUGUCCAAAUUUUCCUCACCAGGCCGUGUAGGAAUUGGCAAAGCGAUGCCAGAGGGCACUUUCUCUUUUUGUGUGUUUGGGUACCCUGGAAAGAGAGUCAGCAGGUUAUUAUGAUAGUCUACAGUGGCUUUGUGUGUCUUGGAUUUCCUAUUAUGUAUUUCUGUUGCUUGGCGAGACCUGUUGCUGCCAUAUUAACGGGCUGUGUGUGCUUUCACUGCCAGCGAGCCUCUUUUUUUCCCCCUUUGUUAUCACAGCCAAGUCUGAGCUCUUUGUUAUUGUACACUUUGAGUGGUUGUUGUUUUCCACACACACUCCUACAUACACUUUAUUUUUUCCUUCACUGUAAGGAAAUCUGUAUUUGCACUGUUGCACAUCUAAAUAAAGGUACCAUCGUAAAAAAGCACAGUGUCAAAACCUGUACCUGAAAUUUCUGAAAAAAUAUUGCAUGAGGUUUUGACUUGUCUCCUUAUGUAGGUGUAACCUAUGAGUCAUACCUUGGAGGAACAAUGAGUUGUUUGUCUGGCAGGAACCGAGAGUUAGACGGGAGGAAAGAUAGAUUGGAUUCUCUUGUGACUGACACUCCUCUGCAUGUCAAAUGGCACGGAUCAGGCCUUGUUGCCAUUUUGACACAAUAUAUCAGCUGUGCUACCUAAGCCAGUGUAGCUUGCAUUGAUUUUACACUUUAAAAAAAGGGAAAGAAAAAAACACUUACCAUUUGCAUCCCUUCUUGUAGGCACAAAUGAAAUUUGAAGUGUUUAGUUAAAAAAAAGCCAUCACUGUUAUUAUAUAUCAAACUGUUGAAUAAUGAGAAUGUGGCAUCAGCACAACUAGAAAAGAUGCAUUAUCUGAACUGCUGUCGAUAGCAUCAGUGAUUUAGAAAUGCAGCAUCAACUAACUAAACGAAACUAAGCUAGCCUUAGCUUAUGUUGGUUAAAGCUAGCAAAGAUGUAAAUAUUAGCCAAAGCUAACAGUAAAAAAAUGCGAUGAGACUUGUUUGCAUAUUAAAACUCCAUUUAACAGAUGGCUGAAUCUGUAAAACUCUCUUUCAACCCACAUUCUUUUUGAAAGAAGUCUCCUAAUCUUAAAAGCUACUGUGAUUCAGGUUUGUUUUUAUACACUUUCAUACCCAAUGGUCUUUUGAUAGGUUUCCAGCUUAAGAACAGUGAUCCAAAUCGGCAUGCAGGUCAGAGUGAUCUUACUGCAGGCCAACCACCGACCUCUCAAGCCUGGGAGUGUGACAGUUAUAUUUUUCAAAGACCAUAACAUCUCAGACUUAGAGUAAAAUGCUGUCCAGUGUAGAGUAGCCUUGUGAGUAGCUAUUUUCUGGCUCUGGAAAAUUGCUGACAGUACUUCUUUUUUUUUUUUUCUUCCUGGGAAACGGCAGAGUAAACUCAGUGAGAUGGAUGUUUUUGUUUCAAGGGCAACCUCUUUCAGACAUAAAGGAUAUGUUAAAAAUAAAGAGUGGCUGAAGCUUUUAAGCAGACAGAGUAAUGCACUCUAAUAUAUUUACUGAUCCUUAACUGUGUAUUUCCUGGACUUAUUACAUUUUCUAUCCAAGUGAAAAUGAAAAUACUUUUUAUAUGUAACACGUCUAUCUGCUCUUGGAUUUUACAGAUGCACAGUGAGAUGGUAAAUGCUGCCCGUGAUGGACCGCACCCUCUGAGACAGCCCCCCAUGGGUCCCCCUCCACACCCUAUGCAAGGAGCACUGCCCCCAUCUCCCCACUCCAUGCCCCCAUCCCCCUCAAGAAUCCCCUUUGGCCCACGGCAGGGUUCUUUACCUGGUAACUCUACUAUCCCAAGAGAACGGCUGGCUAAUGCCAACCCCCCAGCCCGCUCCAUCUCACCAUGUCCCAGCGCCAUCCUGGAGAGGCGGGACGUCAAGCCUGAUGAGGACAUGGGGGGUAAAAGCCACACUCUAUCCAGGGCAAAUGAGGGCUUGUAUGCAGACCCAUACCUACUCCAAGAGGGAAGAAUGAACAUGGCUGCCCAUGGACCACACCCCAACCCCGGGCUUGACGGUCCAGACCACAUGGGAGGAUUUCACCGCGCCUCCAUUCGCUCCACGAGCUCCUAUGGAGGUCCAAGCCCCACAGACAGUUUGGAUCAUCCCUCACUGUACAGGCAGAAAUCCAGGAACAGCCAGUUGCCUACUUUGGGCUCCAAGACACCUCCUCCAUCCCCUCACCGCAUGGCUGAGGUUCGCAUGAUUGACAUCCAUGGUGGGCCUCCUCAUGGUGUUCCACCUCAUGGGGUUCCCAUGGAGAGGAGCUCACCUGUGCGCCAGUCCUUCAGGAAGGAGGAAAUGACAGGGGCCAAGCCGAGGAGCAACAUGGGAUCUCCUGUAGUUGCUGACCUCCAGGGUCACCUCCAAGGGCCCAUCCCACCUGCAGGUGACCACCAAACACGGUAAGACAAGCACCAGGGGAUCAUUACAGGAAAAGGGGGUGUGGGGAUUGUUAAAAUUGGAAUUAAGGAUUUUGCAUGGGAGCAUGGACUAACUCUGCAUCCCAGUUUCACCCUAACAAUGACGCUGGAUUUCUCUGACUGUUCAUCAUCCAUGAAUGAAGGCAAGAAUAUAACACCCUUUUCACUAGCUUGAGCGUCAAUAGCUGCGUAUUAAAACCAGCAGAAAAAUCCAAGGCUUAUGUAUCACUUUGGUUUGUUUGAACAACCAGUCCUGCUUAUUUGACCUUGAUUUUCACAGUUCUUAUCCAAACUUUGGAGCUUACAGUCUGAGUUCUUGUAGUGUGUCUAGACCCAGAAAUGGUCAAAAACCACCAGUGAAACAGGAUAACACCUGGAGACCCUUUAGCCCACUGUAUAUUUUUCCAUUAGUCUGCAACAGUUUUCUAAAAACAAUCCCUGUGUAGAUUCAAUUCAGUUUGGAUAAUCCAUCAGAUGUUUUGGUUCCUGGUGAAGGUUUGCUAACUUUGACAAAGAGCACAUAAACGUAGAAGGAAAGUGGGGGUGUUUGCCGUUUAGCUUGGCAAGAGUGCUUUUGUCAAAAGAGGAGGUUAAAGGGGCUUUAAGGACAACCAAAGAAAAUAUUGACAAGGUUGUAUAAGUAUUAGAAUUGGCCCAAUCAGUCAACCAGUCAGGUCAGACCACCUCAGCAGCUAAAACCCCCCUGUAAGAAACUCCCUGGGACUCUGGGAAAAAAGGAAUUUGACACUGUACUUAACUUUGAAAAAUAAACUUUGUCCCAACACUCAGCGCUCUAUAGCUGUCAAAGGAUUUUUUCAUGUGAAACUUGCUGUAUCACUGAGGUUAGGCAUUGUUAUUUGUUGUGUCUGUUCAUUGUCUAUAGCACAGUUAAAACCACAGUCUGUCCCCAGCUGGCCCCACAUCCAUCUUCAAGAUAAAUGGUGACAUCUGAGAACAAAAGUUGAUCUCUUUUCCAGCCUCUAGGUUUACCAAACCAUCACAUUGUUGAGGUCCACUAUUCACUCGUCAAGCGUUUGGCCUUCUUACGGCUGUGUAAUUUCAGGAAUUGGCCUUUAUUCUCCUCUAAGUGCUGACACACUUUUGUUUUAUUAAAAAAACAAUACAACUCAGACACCCUCUUUGUCGACCCUAGGGUUCUUUUCUUUACUCGAGUCAUCCAUCUUGUUUACUCCAUUGAGACUCGAGCUUUUUUUUGUCUGUGAAAAGACUCAGUCAAGUGCUACAGCCCUGUUAUAACUCAUAAACAAUUGAUUUGAGUCAAUAUUUACUCAGGACCUAAUUGCAAAUCAAUCACAGAACAAUCUCCAGUGUGUAAUCCCAUAAAAGAACAGAAAGAUUUACGGCUAGGUAAUUAAAAACAAUCGAUUACCCUAUUGCAGUCCUCCACUUGUCAUUCUGAGCUCAUUUUUGCUCUGGUGGCAGUUUGAAUCUCCACCAGGCCUCAGUGAUAAAAGUAGAAUUUUCUGGUGUUUCUGCAGAGAGCGAAUGAAGGCUAUGGAGCAACAGAUUGCCAGCUUGACUGGUCUUGUUCAGCAUGCACUUUUAAAGGGGCCAAACACUAGUGGCACCAAGGAGCCUCCAAGGUAAGCAAUCACAGAGGAGGGCAGAGUGAGGCAUUAGGGGAAAUGGAGUUUCUAAUGAAAGGCUUGGCUAAAAAAAACAGGGUAAGAAAAGAUAAAGAAUCUCAUCUGUUGCCUUAAUAAACAGGUAAAACAACAUCUGGUAGAGAGGGUUUGAUUGAAUCUGAUGUGCUCACUAGAUAAACGGGCUCUGUUUAUGUUUUAUCUGGCUGCUUUCCAACUCUUUGCACUUUGUUCGUCUCAGUGCAGACUUUAUGUUAAUGUUUGUUAGACUAUAAGGUCUGUUUAUGCAACGAUUUUGUGUGUUUCUGUGAACACUGAUGAAGCUUGUUAACUUCAUUAACAUCAUCUUAACCUCUUUGGUCUGUCAAGUCUUUCCCAUCAUACUUUGUUGUGAUGUGUUGGUUGAUACUGAUACUAAUACUAACCUUAAAAUUUGAAAUGCUCCAAAACACUGUUUUUUUCCCCCACAGCCUUAAUCCUGUUCUUAACAAUUUUUUUCUCUGGCUGCAGUGAGAGACCACCGAAGACGUCAUCUCCAGCCCACAGCGCCCAUAGCUCAGGUUAGAUUCACUGUAAUCCUGUUCCAUUUCAUUACUUCUUCUUCCUCUAGACAAGAGUCUUAGCGCCAUAAUGUCUUGUGCAGACAAGCCCACACAUCAAUGUCAGUCAACAGUCUGCAAUGAGCAGUGCUGGAGGGAGGGAAAACAAAGUCAGGCUUCUGCGCUUGUCAUCGGUUCAUAUUUCCUAACAAUCUUUCCCCUCCACAUACAUCCAGUUUAAUCGGAGAUAAGAGACACGGGCCAGCAGAGCUAACACAAGCUGCACGUCUUAAAACAAGAUGCCUUUACUUUUCAAGCCUGCCAAGACUAUUCAGCCAUUCAAUCUGUGCGGUCAGAUUUUGAUUUGAUAAAAAGAUCUGCAAACUUACCAGAGGCAGAAAGGGAAAAAAAACAACAACACUAUUCAUCUGUCUUGAGAGCUAAUCUCUUGAUUUGUGACAGAUUUCAUGUGUAGCUUUCAGAGGGAUUUACUUGUCAUGUUAUGCUUCAGUGAAAGUCCAAAACAUCAGAAAUGCUCCAGCUACAUCAAACAUGAGAGUUUUUUCUACCGUUCCCAGAGUCACUGUCACUGCAGAGCCUGCACUAUUUUUGAUGGACAAUGUGUCCCCAAGGCCCAGAACACCGGCAGCUGUGUACAUUGUAACCUGUACUUCAGGUCCGGGCAGCUGUCAGGCUGUGUGUUAGGACAAGAGUUUGGGGAUUACGAAGACAAAAGUUUGUUCUUUUACUGCCUCAACAGAGAGAGAGAGUUGCUGUUAAAGGAGCUUAGAGUACGACAUUCCCUGAACUAUUGCGUAACACACAGGCAGGGUCACUUUUCGUCUUAAUGCUGAAUGUUUCUGAGGUUAAAGGACUUGUUCACCUGGAAUUUUUGAUCAUUUUCCUUCAGUUUCACCUGGCUAAAUGAUAUCUUUACCUUUUUUUUUUCAUGACAAAGAUGAGACAUUGAUGAGCUUACGGGUACAUCAGUAAUACGAAACUCCUAGGAGAACAUGUUUGGUGCCGUGUAGUGCAGCUUUCUCUUGUUUCUGGGUGAUGUCAGUUAAAUAUUUGAACUUUUUGUUUCGUGUGAGUGUUAUCUUGCAGUUGAUUUAUCCUAAAUUGGGGACAUAUAAGGAAGCAUAUUUAGCAUGACAUCUUACAGUUUUGAUUAACUCUAGAUCCUCAAAGAUGAUGAAAAUAAUGAGCUGAGUAUCCGUCCAAAGUGCUGUACAACCUUUGUCAUUCUUGCACUGGCAGAGAAGGUUAAGUCAGGCUUAUAUGUCGAUCAUCCAGUGCUCUGUUUGAGACAUGAGUUAAUUCUUCCUCAGAAGAGUCAUGCUAUGCAGGACAACAGGGGGUGUGAACUUCCUGCCGCUUAAGGUAAGACGACCCAACCUCUGUAAAUUAGCUAACAGACAAUGUCGUAACAUGAAGUGACUCUUCUGAGGAAGUCUGCAGGCAGUUUACAGUUGAAACAUGUCAAGGUUUAAAAGACACACUGGUCUAGAUCUAAGAAAUCUAAAUAUAUGGCCAAAACUGGAGAGUGUUUUCAUCCAAAGACCAUGACAGCUGCCACUAUUAAUACCAUGCCCAAUUCCAAAGUUUGAUAGUUGUCUUGAAGCCUCUUUAGUGGUGCUAAAAGGAUUAAAAAUGAAAUUAUGAAACACAAAGAUGUCUCGUCAAACUGUAGAUCUACUUUAGACCCUUACAUAGUCCCCAGCAGGCUUUUAAAAGGUCCUUUUUCGGGAAAGAUGCCAAAAAAAGCUCUUGAUAUUUGAGCGUUAAUGUUGAGCUACUAAUUUCAACCCACUCUCAGGAGCCCCGGAUCGGAGGAAGUCAAAUUGAACUAUUUCUUAAGUGAAGUCUGGUCUUCCUUCAGUGACCAUCCUGUUUUUGAUUUCAGGUGAAAAAAGUAAGGGUCAUCAAAGUCAAAAACCUGUCUUGGUCUUUUUGAAAGGGUUGAAUUAAAUUAUUAUUGCUGUCAGCCACUUAGGCACUCUGACCCAAACAACAAAUAUAAGCUCCCUUAGUUUCCAUGGUUUCUAGCACUUCUCUGCUUCCAGUGGUGACUAAAAUGUCAAAAUCAGUUGACAGACAUUUCAGAGGUGCAGCUUAUAUAAGUGCCAGUAUAAAUGUGCUUUUAGUGCAGGUGAAAUGACAGCCUCAGAAAGUUCAGGCAAUCACUAAUAGACUUUAGAAAGAUGAAGUCAGAGCACUAAAAUCGUUCAAAUGUUGUGGACCAAUUAGAUGGUAAGUUGUUUAGUGCGGCUGAUAGAAUUGACGCUCCAUGGUUUCACAGUGUACAUGUAAUUAGAACAUUUUCUUUGUCUAAUGUAAGCAACAGUUUGAUUUAAAGGCUAUUUGAUCAGUUUUUCCUUCGUUGAUACAGGUGGUUCCCCCGUCAUGGCUCCCAAGAGGGGCGCACCACCACCAGACAAGGGCUCAGUUCCUCUAAAAGUCAACCUCCUGCAGUUCAGGAAGAAUGUUUCUGACCUCAGGAUACAGCUCCAUCAGAUGAGGACACAGCAGGCAAGACCUCUUUCCUCCUCUGAGUGAUUGUUUUUUUUCACUGUGUGCAUCUUAGUUUUGCAUGUGCAGGUUCAGGUCCUUUAUUAUCUCUUUCUUACUGUGCGCAGCUUCAGAAUCAGGAGGCACUACGAGUCCAGCUGAAGCGUGCAGAGCAUGAAAUCGGUGUCAAACUCGCAGAGGCCAUGCGGGGUCUUGAGGACCCUGUCCAGAGGCAGAGAGCUUUGGUAGAAGAGGACAGGCACAAGUACCUGGGUCUGGAAGAGCGUGUUCUCACACAGCUUGGGUAAGACGAAGCCUGACCCCAAGCAAACAUCCAUUUUUCAACUUCUCUUAAAGUCUUUUGUGAGGUCUAAAAUGAACCUGUUUGGUUGUAUUUAGGGUUUUGACUCCUUUUAUAAAGGUUUUCAAAAGUUUUAAAGCUGGUUUAAUACACACCCAUGCAGCUCAUUUCAAGGUGCUUCCAUUGAAACAAAAUCCCCAAAAGGCUUCAUUUUUUAUCAGCUCACCUGUGCUAUUCACUCCUAAACUCUUUGACAAGCCAACGCCCUCCAAAUUACAGCUCACAGGUUUAUACAGGCAAGCAGCGUCUGCCUACCAGAGACAGCACACAGAACAAUGGACCCAGCUAUGGCGCUCAACUUCUCGCUACCAUGCUUUCAUUUUAAUUCCCCUGCUUCUAUUUCCAACAGGGAGCAGUAAUUGAAUCCGUUCAUUUGAAUGUUUACAAGGAAGGUCAAACAGUGUUGUCUUAAUAAACACGACCAAACCAGCUCCUGCAGACUGGGUAAUGAACAUACGGAAGUCAGUGGAUUUAGAUCUCUGUUACCCUUGGUUUCCAGCCAGUUGUGAGUCAGCAAAACACGGCUGCCGGUACUUUAAAUAAGGCUUUGUAAUUAGGGCUGCUUGGCUUUAAGACCAGCGGGAGAAUGUGGUGUGAAAACCGCUGCCCUCUCAGGAGGGGGACUAAAUCUAUCACGGCCUGUUAGGGCAUAUUCUGCUAGAUGUGUAACUCUGUUUCAAAACAGAAGAAAGCCUUAGUGCAACGACGAAUGUGAGACUUUGUGUAGUAGGUUGUUUGUAACCCAAGGACAGCAGGGCUAUAAAUGCUUAGCAAAGAAAAAAAAAAAAAAGCAUUACUGAUAAUAGCUUCCACAGAGGAAAAAAAGCGUGUCAUAGUGUGCCAUGAGCCAGCCUGCAUGCCUGCUAUCCUCAUAUUAGUGCACAAGUGAUAAAAUAAACAUUAAAGGUAUGAAAGAUGAUGACAUCAAAUGUUUGCGAAAGUAGAGAUUGCGAAAGUACCAUGUAAGAUGUAGACACGUGGUAGGAGAUAUUCAUGCUGCACAGUAUUCAUAGAAGCACCUUAAACUAUGAGCUGAUUUCUUAGUCACAGUUUAUGCAAGAGAAAAUGCAGUGUAUGAUUAAAUCUAAAGCAAAAGCUCUCUAACUUUAAGAAGUUCAAUAAUUUGAGGGCUGCAGUGAUAUAUAUCAUGUCGAUUUAUUAUGACUGAUUUUGUCCUUUAGGGUGGUAAUAAAAAAACAAAUCUAUUUCCUUUCUUCUCAGCUGGACUAUCCCUUCAUAAUUUCGGUUCUCGAACCGGCCUUGGCACUGCCUAGUAUUUAACACACUGUCUCCUUUAUUGCCUUUUCUCUCUCCCUUUGGGGGAGUUCUCCAAAGGAGUGUUUCUCAUGGGUACCUGGCCACAAUGAAACACCAUUUCAGUCCCUCUCAUGCAAUCCAACACUGCACACAAUGUUAUCAUUCGGCACAUUUCCCAGCAGAGCUGCCAUUUUGCUCCAUCAUUUGGAUAGUUUCUUUCAAUGCGAGGAAGUGUUUUUCCUUCCACACACAAAAAAAGCACGACUACGCCGUGCAUUGUGGGUAACGGCGAAACCCAAACAGAUCAUUGAAAUUGUACAAAUUUUGAAUACAUACUUUUGAAUACUUUAUUUUUCAUGGAUUAAAUCUUAAAGUCUAGUCUGAGUGUCAGUGUGAUCUGUAAGAUAAGUGAUUGUAUCCUGCCCCCUGCUGUUUAUUAUGAGUAAAUAACAAACAGCAGCCAAGUCGAUGAAUGAAGACUUGCAAGUAUUUAGAAACUCUAGAUCCCUGUUAAAUCAUUUCUGUUGUGUUUGUGUGUGUGUUGUUUGUCUGUGCAGUGAUCUGGAGCAGUAUGUAGGCUCUCUGCAGAAAGACUCGGCAGCGACACACAGAGUAGUGACCCUGAAAGAUGUGGAGGAGGGAGCAGUGACUCUGAGGAAGGUUGGAGAAUCUCUGGCGGGGCUCAAAGGUAUAAAAACAGACAACGAUCUUAAUACUAGAAAAGUAAUGAUAAAGUAAUGACCUCCAGACUUUUACACAGGAUUAGAAAUAAUUUAUGUUACUAUUUGAUAAAGUUUUUGAACUCUGGUCUGGACAAUUAAGAUCAUUCAACUAAAAUUUCUGCAUGUUCUCCUGUGUGUGCCUUCAGGAGAGUUUCCAGCCCUACAAACCAGAAUGAGGGCCGUGCUCAGGGUGGAAGUAGAGGCGGUCAAGUUUCUGAAGGAGGAGCCUCAUAAGCUGGACAGUAUGCUGAAAAGGGUCAAGAGCCUGACGGACACACUCAGCAGCCUGAGGAGGUACGGGGAGAAAACGAAAGAGUAAAAAUGUCAGAGGAGAUAAAAGUACAAGUGUAGAGAUGAGGUGCUGGAGUACGGGGGCAGAAAGUGAGAGGGGGGAUUGAAGAUGAAAACAAAAAGCGCCCCACAGAGCUCCUCUCAGGGGUCUGUGAUGUGGGAGAUUGUACUGUUUGAUUAUACUGGCAGGAUCGACUUCAUCCCAUCAAAGAGGCCAUUCUGUGUAGACAGAGGAGUGUGUUGAUGUACUUCCAUCGCCUUCACUGAACCGAUAAGUGAAUUAAUUUGGUGGACACGGCAGCACCUCAUUUCCAUUUUAAUAUGUCACUGAUACCAAAGUCUUGCUUGAGUUUCACUCACUCUCUCUCUGUGACAGGGAGUCACCCAGUUACAAACCAAUGACACUGAAUUCAGAUUUUUGUGGCGCUUUCAUCUCCCACUUCAGGGGUUAUCAUUACUGUAGACUUGCUUAGGUACUACUUAGAGUGCACUGGUAUCAGAUGUUCAACAGUGGUGAAGAAAUGUUACUGAAAUGUCAAGAACUUGACAAUGUUUAACAACAGACCUCUCAGUAUGAGUGUACAGAUGUUAAAAAGGUGUAGUUUAAAAUCACAAUGGAAAAGAACUGAUAUUCAGGAUGUCAACACAAAAUUUCAAACAUCAGAAUCAGUGUCAAGAUGGUACAAAAGAGGAUUAGGCCCUAAUUCCUUCCUGCAAUUAGGGCCUAAUUGCAGGAAGGAGAUUAAAGUUGAAAUUUUGUCAUUAAAGCAAAAAUUUCGACAUUAAAAAAUCUAAAUUAUGUCGAAAUUUCAAGAUUCAAAAUUGAAAUUUUGAGAGUUAAAUCGACAUUUUGGAAUAACGAAUUGUCGUGAAUAAUGUCAUAAUUUCCAGAUCAAAAAAGUUAAAAUUUUGAGAUGAAGGUUGAAAUUUUGAGAUUAAAGUAGACAUGAAUAAAGAUGAGAUUGACUUUUUUAAAUUUCGACUUUAAUGUGGAAAGAGAAAUUAAAAAAAAUCUCCCUCAUGUAAUUUUUUUUGUCUUCUUGUGGCCCUAAUCCUCUUUGGUAAAAUGGAAAAAGUGUUCUUAGAAACAAAUUAUUUUCAGAAAGGUUGAAAAAUCAAGAAGACUAUAAUGAAACCCUUGAAACAUUAAAUUGUACUUAAUGUUUUUGGUUUUGUUUCCUAAAAAUGUAGUUGAAGUAUGACCCAGUCAUGCAAAGAUGAUAAAAAAGGAAAAUCACCCUUUCAUCUGUUUUUAUCUGGUUUGUAACACCAUCCUGUUUCCCCUCCAGAUGUGCCUCUGAGAGCUUGCAGAAAGGAGCUGAAUCAUCUGCUAAUGUCCAAGUGGAUAACAGCCCAGCAGUGGUUGCAGCAGCCCCUGCAGACGCUCCCCCAACACCAGCCCAGCCUGGCCCCAUGUCAGCCCCGCUGGAGCCUCAGAGCUCCACCAUCAGAUCAGAGGUGAUGCCUUCCUCUCCGGUGGUCAUCCAUCACGUCCAGAGCGCCCCGGUCCACAUGCAGCAGUGUCAGCAGUCUGCAGCCCUGAUGGCUCAGCCUAGUCCUCCCGUCUCUCCUAGCCCCAAUCCUGGCAAAAAUCAAGGUCGGGAAUCUCCCAAGGGGGCCGGCUCGGACCCACCAAGUCCUGCACAUCUUAAGAAGACACAUGGGAACCCAGUGAACGGCAACGGCACUGCUAACCAGGGUCUUGUUAUAGAGGAGCUCCAGAACAGCAAGGAAAAGAGCAAAAACAGAGCCAUGUCCAUAGAGGUGAGAUUUGAAGAUUAGCUGUGUGGUCACCAGUGAGUGUCCAUGCACUUACUCUGACCAUUGCAUCAUUUCAGACUACUGAAUUUUUUUUUUGUUUUGUGUUUACAAACUUACUUAUAAAAAUUAAAAAAAAGAAAUCUCUUCACUCAGCAUCCUCGUAAUAGAACAACUUAGAAGAAACUUUCCCUUUUGCUCUCUUCCUCCUUAUUUUACCUAAGGCUGCUGAGAAGGAAUGGGAGGAGAGGAGGCAGAACAUGGGUCAUUAUGAUGGGAAGGAGUUUGAGAAGAUCCUGCUGGAGGCUCAGGCCAACAUGAUGAAGGGCAUUCCCAGUCUGGAGGUGGAAGAAAACCCUGCGGUGCCUCCUGUAGCCACAGAAGAGCAACCAGAUAUCAAAAACAACCCAGUGGAAACACAGCCAGGUACAAUUUAAAUAAAGAAGGGCAGAUUCAGGUCAUUGUUUUGAGAGCCCAUUUUUAAGUAUGCCACCUGCACAUAAGUAAAUAAAUUUUUUUUUUCCUUUCAGAAGAGGUCCAGUCUGAGCCUCUCUCUGACACAGCAGUCAAGAAGGGGCCUGAGAAACUCCCAAAGCCUGUGUUAGAGAAACCUGCCAAACCUGCACUGGAGAAACCCUCCAAGACUGCCAUCAAACCGUCUCCCACUGACAGUGUGAACAAGCAGGGGUCUGAAAAGGUCAGCAAGUCCCCACCACCUCCUCCUCCAAGGAAGACCUUUCACAGCUCGAGCUCAGGCAUGACCACCACACGCUCUGGUGAGGUGGUCUACACGAACAGGAAGGAGUCCGUUUCAGCCCAGGUUGGUAUGAGAAGAGGUCCACUGUUGUGGCUUCACCUUGUCUGUCUUUUCUUGACUUUUUAUGUUCUUGUUUUUUCUCAGUGUACAUGUGUGUGUGUGCCUACUUUUCAAAACUUAAAAAAGGCAUUAAGGUGGUGCUCCAAUUUCACAUUUACUAGGGUGACCAUACGACCUCUUUUACCUGGACAUGUCCUCUUUUUUGGGGGGGCUGUCCAGCCUUGUCCACAGAAGUUUAUAAAAUCCUUCAAAUGUCUGCGGUUUUGUAUGGAAGUUUCGGGUUAGUUACCAAGUUAGAAGCGCAUAAAAGACACUCGAUCUGACCCGACAAACUCUCAAAAUUAACUCCAUGUGACUUCGUGACUCCACCCCAGCGUAGUCGUGUCCUCUUUUUGAGAAGUCAGAACAUUUACCUUUGACUUGUUAUUAGGGAUGUUCUGAUACCGUGGGUCCCUUUCAAACCAACUCCUUUACACUUCUUUGUUUCCUUGAGGGUCUGUUUACAUCCAAUUGUUUGUGGACCAAAACCUUCAUGUACUUGAAUUUUGCCCCUGUACCUGAUCUCUUCCGCUUAAUGAAGAGAGUUCUAUUGAUUUGUAGUUGUGACUUCAAGCAAUCCAUGUCUCCUUAUCAGACUUGUCACUUGCUGAUACCUUGUACAGCAUAAUAAGUGUUUUGUUUCCCUCUUAUGAAUCUAGGAGGCUGAAGAGGAAGCUCCGCCUCCCUCUCCCCAAACUAAGCCUGCUAAGAUUCCACCAGAAACCAAGCCGAAGCCAGCCACCCCUCCACCCGUCACUGCUUCUGUCGCCAGAGAAGAGGAGGAUGAAGGGGACAAAAUCAUGGCAGAGCUCCAGGUUAGAUGCAUAUACACACUCAAACACUCACUCACAAACAGAUUCUCUCAAGACAUGUUUGCAACAUGUGAUUUCUGCAUUGCUGGAGCGGGUGACCUAUCAUUUCUUCUGGUGGUGAUUGACUGUCUAGCUUUUGGGGUCUACAGCUGUGGCAAAGGUGACAACACUUAAACUUCUUCCUUCCUCAAAACCCUAUCCCCAUUUCCCCUUCACUUCUCCCACUCUUCAGGUUUUCCAGAAGUGCACAGUUAAGGAUGUAGGGGUGAAAAAUUUGGUAGAACCAACCACUCGAAUUGAACCACAAAUCAGAGAACUAAGACCAGGGGCUUUAAUGCCUCUCAAAGAGAAAAAGGUAAAAUAUGCAUCGCCGCGCGGCUACCCAGCUAACUGCCUGCCUCUGCCAACUCUCUGAAACAAUCAAUGGCUGUGUCUUAACCCUUAAUCAACCUCUGCACCCUUGCUUUGGCCCGAGAGAAACCUGUAACAGCUGCCUUCAAAAAGCUCUUUUCCUCGCUGCCUCAGUUUCCUUCCCUCUUGUGAUUCUGCUGGAUAUCACAACUUGAUUAUUUCAGGAUUAAGUCUGCAUAAAGUGAAGCCUCUGAAAAGAUGCUGUGUCUUUUUGCGUGUCGGGACCAGACAAUGAUGUGUUCUGCGACUGAUUGAAUUAUUUCCUUGUCCUUUUCUUCCAAAUCAAUAAAGACCUGGGCACUGUACUCCACAGGCAAUUCAAUCGUCUUCUGUCUUUCUUUAAUGACACAUCUUCAUACAAAAUCAGCUGAAAAUAUUACCUUGAUGAUUGACAAUGUAGAAGGGAAAAAAAAGCAUGGUUAAAACUGCUUCUUUGACACCUGUUUUUGCAGACUUGGUUCACUAGAGGUCAGUGUGGCCACUUUGCAUGCUACUCUCCCCGACUUGUACUUUUCUAAAGACCCACUUUUCUUUUUUCUUUUGUCUUUGCACAACUUUACUUCAGUUUGCUUUCCCGGCUUUACACCUAUGUAACCAGCACAACCCUAUAGUCAUUAUUCACUCUGUAGGCUAAUCAAUGUACACAUUUAACAUAACAACUGCUGUUACCAAAUGAAUAUGUACAUUUCAGUGUGAUUGAUCAAUGUGUGGUUAAAUUGAGUAAUUCAACUGCUUCUUGACCAGGAUUUAAAGUCUACAUGUCAGCUCUGACAGAGUUUUAAGAGUAAAUACAUUUUAGGCUACUGUAACCCCAAUUCCAAAAAAAGUUGAUGCUGUGUUCAAACAGGUUUUGGUUUUCUUCAAAACACAGAGAAUCGUGCAAAGAUAGCAUAUAAAUUUCUAAGUAAAAAUGUGCUUAUUUUAAAAGUUAAAGCCAGCAACACAUUGAAAUAAAUUUGUGAAAGAGACAACCAAAAAUGAAAUAGUUGUGAAAUGCUAAAAAAAAACACUAGCAUUACACAAUGAGGUAAGUGACAUGACAGGCUAUAAAAAGGACAUUUCUUAGAAGUUGAGUCUCUUACGAAAAUGAGAAGAGAGAGACAGUGUGAGCUAAUAGUUUGACAAUUUCUGAAUAAGAAUUCAAAGAUUUUAUCAUCUACAAUAUAUAAUAUUAUAAACCAACAUUUUUAGUGAUUCUGACAUGGGUAGCUCACACAGCGGGAAAGCACCAUUGAUGCUGAACAUGAAAAACAAGUUUUGGAGCAAUAUAUGCUGACAUCCAGAUAAGACCUUACAUUUUUCAACAAGACAAAGCUGAACCCCAUUUUGCAUGUAUGUCAAUAGCAUGGCUCUGUAGUAGAAGAGUUCAGGUGCUAAACUGGCCUGCCUGUUGUCUCAGCUUAACAGCCACUGAAAGAAACAUUUGGUGCAUCAUGAAACAGAAACAGAACACAGGAGACCCUGAACUGAACUGAGAAGCAGUCCUAACAUCCCAACAGUGUUUGAAUGUCUCUUUACAAAAAGCACACAUUUUAUAUACAAUAACACAAUUUUCUUUAAUUUUUGGUAUGUAGUCUUGGCACUAUUUUCUGUUAAAUACACCGUUCAAAUGGUUUGCAAACUAUGAAAUUUUCCUUUUAAUACUAUUUUGCACAGCAUCCCACUGUUUCUGGAAUUGGUGUCAUUCUUUAAUAUCUAUGUAUUGCACAUCAGAGAAGGCUGUAGAAAUUCUAGCUCUUAGUAUUAAGCUGGUGUAGGAGUAGGAAUUUUUUUUGCAUAUUAGCAGUGCAUUCUCGAUGACAGGAAACAGGAUGUUACACGGUUCAUAAAAUAAGCUGCAAACAAGGUCAAGGUAUCAAAAACAGAGUGAUAAGAAAUCCCCUCUGAGUGCCAAAAAGAGGUGUGAAAACAGGAUUUAGUGAUCAAUAUUUUGCUAAUUUGUCUGAAAACAAAACUGUCUGUAGUCUUGGCUGUAAAUUGUUAUCAUUUAGUAGUUUCUCCUGCAUGUAUUUUAAAAAGAGUAAAGACACAAAACUGUAGUUAUUUGUGCAGUUCACACUGUAUGCAGUGUUGACACUGUGGAUGCAUCUGAUUAGUGAAUGUGGAUUCAUAGUUAAUCAAAAGGCACCUUGCACACCAGUUGCACAGUAAUAUUAUUCCCUCACACACUGUCCUAGCAGAGCUCAGAGCCCAAUCAUGAGGAUAAAGAUCCAGGCACAGAUGAAAAUGGGAAUACUACUGUCAGACAGAGCCAGGGGGUAUGUGUGGCUUUCACUUAUUCACAUCAUUUUCAUUCAUUGUCAAUAUAUGUGCGAGAAUUGGAAGGAUUUUGAGCUGAUAUUUCUUCAUUUCUCAGGUCAUUUAUUAUGUGACUGGACAGAUUCCCAAAGACCAUUCCCCUCCAUCUGGAGCAGAGGAAACCCCCGAACAUCGAGAAUCUGCACAGCCUCCAUCACAGGUGUCAAAUGUCAAUGCUAAUGACAAUUCUUCAAGCCAGCAGGAGCAGCAGCAGCAGCAGCAGCAGCAGCCGCCGCCACUGUCUCCACCACCCAAAUCCCCUGUAACACCACCGCCUAUUUCCCCCAAGCCUGUGGGACUUAAAGGAUUCAAACUUCCAAGGAAGCAAGUUAAACGCUCGGAAUCCUUGAAGACCAGUGCUGAAAUGGAGAAGGGAAAAAUCCUGAACAAAAUAAACACUGAAAAGAAAACAAAAGUUGUCAAGCAAAGUGUAUCUACUGUUAAGAAUAUUAUACCUGAGCCUGUGGCAACCACAACAACCACUACUGUUGAGGAGUCUUAUAAAUGCUCUGUUGUGCCACCAAAUCCAUCCCCCAGUGAGAACAGUGAUCCACCUAAGGAUAGAUGUGAUGAUGACAAUGAUGAGGCUAGUCUUAGUCCAGAUCUACCAGGAGAGGAGGCUCCUCCGCCACCUGAUAACAUAGCAUUUAUGAUCACUAACACUAAAGUUCAGGCCCUGUCCUGUGGCGAGUACCAGGAGCUGGUCAAUGCCAAGAAAGGGAGUGUCCAGACUUUCACUGUGGGUAAUGCUGCGAAUCGGAGCAACACCACGGAGGAUCCUGUCGAACCACAGGAUAAUGGCUUCAACAAAAAGCCUGUCAUUAUCAUUUUUGAUGAGCCCAUGGACAUCCGUUCUGCGUACAAGCGCCUGUCCACCAUCUUUGAAUGUGAGGAGGAACUGGACAGGAUGCUCGCGGCAGAGCGUAUCGAUGAGGAAAGCGAAGAGUCAGACCAGGAGAGGAGCGGUGGGCUGCAUGUUAAAGCUGGAGGGGAUGAGGUGGUUGAUGGCUCAAAGGGCAGCUCCUCACAGGGUAAUGUAGACCAUGGUAGCUCAUCAUCCUCAUCUUCAUCCUCAAUUUCUGAGCUGACAGACAGUGGAGUCCAAGAUUCAAAUGGUGAUGCCAAGCAGGAUGGUAAGAAAAAGUUCAAAUUUAAGUUCCCCAAGAAACAGCUGGCGGCACUGACACAGGCCAUACGAACUGGCAGCAAGUCAGGCAAGAAGACUUUACAGGUGGUUGUGUAUGAAGAGGAGGAGGAAAGUGACGGCACCAUCAGGCAGCACAAAGAGGCGAAAAGAUUUGAGAUUGCGCGGUCAAAGAACAUACCAGAACCUCCCCAGGAAAUGGCCUCGACCGGUUUGAAGAAGCAGAACUCAGAUUCAAUCGGCAGGACCAAUGAGAUCCGGAAGAACACUUAUAAAACACUGGACAGCCUGGAGCAAACCAUCAAACAACUGGAGACCACCAUCAGUGAGAUGGGGCCGUGCUCCCCCGGGGAGCCGGCCUCCACCACGGAGGAAGCUAAAACAGGCAAUGGGAAAAGUUCAGAAGGAGUGGGGCUGAAGAGGUCCUCCUCUCUCCCUACAUCCAGAGGGUCAGGUUCUAAGGUACCAAGCAAACAUUCAUUGCAGAAGAAGAGUAAACCUCAGCUUCUUCCUCGCCCUGUAAUCAUCCCUACUACCACCACCACCACCACCACCACCACUGUCCCCAGUGCCCCCAGCACCGUACAGCAGGUCUCUCUCUAGCUCUUGUUGCUCCUGGAGGCUUUGGGUCCUUCUUCUUUUUCCGUUUACCCUCACUUCCACCCUAACCAUGAAAUUACCAAAUCAUUAACCCACUCCACAGGUGCUUGGAAAUGUUCGAAAUGUCCCCCAGUGGCUUUCUCCCUCUGUGAAAUCAUGGUGACAUGAUUGGGGGUGGCAUUUUAUCGGGGUUCCAGGCUACCAUAUUUCUCCUUCAGUUCAUUGCUAAAACUGAGGUUUUCAGCAAGUGGCAAACUCAUCAUCAAAGACACACUCAUGAUGUCUAAACUGAAAUCCUUGAAUGCAUGUACUACUGUGUAUUGACUCCAAAAAGGUUUAUGGUCUCACUGGGUGCAUGAUCUUUCACUGGUGUUGAUGUUAAGGUGUUGAAUGAAGUUCUUUUAUCUCUCUGUAAGUGCCUUGAUUUUUCAUACUUCCUAUGUGGUGUUUUUUUUUCUUUCUUUUGUUUUAUUUCUUGUUUUGUUUUUCGUUUGGAUCCCCUUGCAGAACACCAGUGUCGCUUCCCCCACUAGUCGGAUGCCCAUCCCUUUGUCCACGAAGUCCAGGCAGUCGCCGAGUACAACAGACAAAGCAGGAAAACAGCAAAAACUGCAGGAUGCUCAGAGGCAGUUCCGACAGGUAGUUUUACUGUAGGGCCUUACCAGAGACUACAGGAAACAAACAUGUAGGGAUGGAAAACAUGAGGCAUGUGUUAUAAAAGGGGAAAAAAGACUACCAAAGCUGUGAAAUUUUCAGUGUUUAAAAAAAAAAAAAGAAGGCCACUGUGGUGGUGACUGGAUCUGUUAUUGUUUCUCUCGAGUCUGCUCUGACGAGAAGGCAUGCUUGACUCUUGACUGUUACCCCAUAACAUCACUGUACUGUAUGCUUCUGCAUGUCCACACUGCUCAUGGUUUCACUGUGUUGGUGACUAAAAAAAAAAAAAGUGGAAAAAGUGGCAAAAAGAAAAGUGGAAUCCUAUCCUGUCAUCAUCUGAGUUGUCAUCACAUCUCCAGAUCCCAUCACAGCUGAGCUCCUAAACAGUGUUGCCAAAUCCCAGGAUGCUUACGGCUCUGUUAAACCACAACCUAACUGACAACUUGGGCUCGGCUCUUCCUUUCUCACAAUGCACCUCUGCUCAAAACCCAACAUUACUGCACAGCUUCUUAACCUCACGGUGGUAUAUUAUUUCCUUACCCUCAAGACCUUGCGAUGACUCACUAUCUUGCACCAUGAGUUUCAAUGGAAUACUGGCCCACAUUUCCCCUGUCCGCUCUCACUCUUCAAACCCCUAACCCUGUCAUCUAAUCCUCUUCAGCCUUCGUAUGCAUCUCUUCCUUAUGAAUCCUCCCCUGACAACCCCGUUAAGAGGCCGAACUAUCUAGGAGAUCUAACAUCCCAGAAUAGAGAUGCUCUUCCUGCCUGCCUGUCGUCGUUGUGCUGUCUAACUCAUGCAAUGUUCCUUUUCUUGGUCUUAUUUGUCUCACUUUUCACUUUACCAAGUUAAAAACAGAGCUUCUUUAUGUGUUGUUUUUGUGUCUUUUAGUUGUGUCUUAGCAAUAUUCAUGUUUGUGUAGUCAUAGUGUGCUUCUAUGUGUAUAACUAGUAGUUUUUUUUUAACAUCAUCUUACCUUUUGUAUGUUUUAUUUGACCAGAUUUCUUUUUUGACAACCAGUUUCUGUUUUGGCAUCUCUGUUUGCAGGCUAACGGAAGUGCUAAAAGAGUGGGAGGGGAUCAUAAAACUACUUCCCCUACUAUACCCAUCUCUAAAAUCCCUGCUUUUUAUCCUAGCUCUACUAAAGGCAGCUCCCAGUGUGCACAAAACUCAGAUGCUACUAAUCCUAUUAACCCUUCCUCCUCCCCGUCCUCCUCUUCCUCUUCUGUGAUAAAGUCCUCCACCCUGUCCUCUCACAGUCCUCGUUCCGGCUCCCUCCCCUCCUCCCACAUCCCCUCCCUGUCUAACGGAUCCCUCAAACUCCACACACCAUCACAGCACACAGGUAAAGCUCUCUCGUUCUCCUCGCAGACUCAGAAUGGUCGAGUGCACUCCUCCUCCACCUCUUCAUUCUCCUCCUCCUCCUCCUCCUCCUCCCCCUCCCCUCUGUCGCCCACACCUUUGGGCCCGGGCGGAAAGAGCAUCCGCACAAUACACACCCCAAGCUUCACCAGCUACAGGUCCCACAACGGCAGCAGCGGAAAAUCCUGCAUCCCAACCGCCACAGCAGCUAAGGACGCUACCUAGCUCCAAAAUGGCUGCUCAGGCUUUACCACACGGCAGGUAGAUCAGGUCAUGUUUCAUGUUAUAUACUUUUGCUUUGUUGUUUUCUCUGUGUUUUUGUAAAUAUUACAUUAUGCACUCCCCCAAUUCAUGUUUUCUUUGACACUGGCAUCAUCACAUCAAUGCUUCUUUUUCCAUUAAGUUGCAUUUUAAGUACUUAAAAAACGGAUUCUGCUUCUUUCUUGAAGGUGUACCAGAUGUUUCUGACAAAAUGUUUUAUAACAGAACUAAAAAAAUAUUUAGUUUUACCACUUUGUAGUUGAAGUGGAAGUGCUCUCAUGGUGUUGAAAAUCUAUUUUUCUUGCUGUAACUAUGAAUAGAGAAUAUAGAGUUGAUGUACAAUCGCAACAUACCUUGUAAAAAGUUUGUUUUAUUUUUCAAACCAGAGAUUGAAUAACCAUAGUAUAUUUAAUCUUCUAUAUUUCUUAUGUUACCAGACAUUCAACAGAACCCUUGUAAAUGCCUUUUAUGAAUGUAUACAUAACGUAUACAGACAUUUUAAAGUUAAACUCAUUAUUAACCUCUGUUUUUUAAGAGCAUUUCCUCAUUUUUGACCAUAUGAACUGCCAAUUUCUUUUGCAGAUGUGGUUUUAUGAGUAUUUUUUUUUUCUUUUAGUGUGCCUAUUUGCCAAAGUUGUUGUACAAUGACUCACUUCAGGCCUCACCCAGUCACAAGAUUAUGGGGAUUAACAUGCACUCUCUGGUCAUGGUAUUGUGGCUGAAGUGUCGACCUCAGUGUUCAUACUGCUGGUCUAAGUUUGUUUAAGUUAACACGUACUGUUGUCAAAAUGUAAACUGUACUAAAAAACAAAGUGAUGAAUCAGUUCUACUACGUGUACAUAGAUGCUUCUACUAAGAAAAUAGGUAGUUUUUUUUAACAUACCAAAGUUUAUUUGUAUGCAUGCCUUUCAAAUAUUCUAGGAGAGUGGUGUAAAAGAAGAAUGAUGUUUGCACAGAUAGAUUUUGUAAAUAUCUGGUUUUCUCUCAUUUUGUAAAGCUUUAAAUCAUACUAUAACAGAGCAGUGUGCUAAAGACAAAACUGUGUUGGAGUAGCAAAAAAUAAAGACUCGCAUGCUUGUAAUGCA